GAGCAGUUGGAGCAUUCCCAGCCUUGCCUCGGGUGUAGGGAUUGCAAGGGAAAAAGCAAAACUACACGGCUAAGACCCUGUGUAGUUUUGUUUUUUGGGAUAUUUCGAGGCUCAACGGUUCUCACACUGUGUUUUCUGAAAUCAUAUCUGGAUAAGGACUUUGUUUCAGAAGACCAAACCCUUUUGGGCUUCGUCCCUCCAGUUCAAGGCACUCUUGUGGAUACAAGGUGCCUUCCACCAUGACAACACAGGCACCAACAUUUACACAGCCGCUUCAGAGCGUUGUGGCACUUGAGGGUAGUGCUGCAACGUUCGAAGCUCAAGUUAGUGGUAAUCCAGUUCCAGAGGUGAGCUGGUUUCGUGAUGGCCAGGUUCUUACUGCUGCCGCUCUGCCCGGCGCUCAGAUCUCGUUCAGCGAUGGCCGCGCUGUUCUGAUGAUCCCCGCCGUGACAGCCGCACACAGUGGAAGAUUUUCUGUCAGAGCCACCAAUGGUGCUGGACAAGCCACUAGCACUGCUGAACUGCUGGUUACAGCCGAAACUGCACCACCAAAUUUUAUUCAGAGACUACAAAGUUUGACUGUGAGACAAGGGAGCCAAGUGAGACUGGAUGUUCGAGUUACAGGAAUCCCUGCACCUGUGGUGAAGUUCUACAGAGAGGGAGCCGAGAUUCAGAGCUCCGCUGACUUUCAGAUUGUUCAAGAUGGAGACCUUUACAGUUUGUUGAUUGCCGAGGCCUUCCCAGAGGAUUCUGGAACCUAUUCUGUCAGUGCUUCUAACAGCAGCGGACGUGCAACUUCAACUGCUGAGUUGCUUGUUCAGGGUGAGGAAGAAGCCGUACCUGCAAAAAAGUCUAAAACUAUAAUUUCAGCCUCUCAGAUAUCACAAACUCGUCAGACUCGGGUGGAGAAGAGAGUGGAAGCUCGUUUUGAGGCCACUGCCACAAUGCAAAUGCAGGUUGAAAGUGGAGUUGUUACAGAACAUCUGGCACAUAAGACUCCACCUCGUGUGCCUCCUAAGCCAACCUCAAAAUCUCCACCUUCACAACUGACUAAAGUUUCAACUGCUCGCCAACAGUCUCCCUCUCCUGUGAGGCAUGUUAAGGGCCCGACACCCACUCCUGUCAGAGCUGUGUCUCCAUCUACAAGAUUGUCUGUUUCCCCAAUCAGACCUGUCAAGUCCCCUGUGAUGACCCGCAAACAGGUCACGCCGUCCUCUGAGGUCUUGCCCCCAUGGAAGCAGGCAGGGUAUGUUUCAGAGGCCAGCUACACCCAAAUGAUUGCUGGAACAACACAAGUCCAGACCUCCACCCAGGUCCAAAUGGAGCAGCGUUGGGAGGGAUCGGUUGCAGGUGUCAAAGAGGGUGAUGGGAAAAAAGCAGAGGCUGUGGCCACUGUGCUUGCUGCUGUUGAUCAUGCACGUAUACGAAAGCCCAUGCAUGUUGAAGGGCCUCAGAUGGAAGAAGAGACUGAUGUAAGACAUCAAGAAAUGCUUGCAACUAAGCAACAGGUCACAAGUAAAAAGGAGCUGUUGCUAAUUCCCCCUGAAAUGACAACUACUUCUACUGAGAAGACUGUGCAUGUCACCCAGAUUCAAAGAGCUACUGAGGUAAGCUCCAAGGUGGAGACUGACCUUGCACCAUCACCAGUUCCACAUUUCACAGUAUCAAAAGUUACUGUACCAAAACCAGACCAUAGCUAUGAGGUUUCAAGGGCAGGUUCUGCUAUUGCCACACUUCAAAAAGAGUUAUCCACAACAACUGCUUCUCAAAAGAUCAUCAAGCCUGUAAAGCCUCCAUCACAUAAGAUUGUGGAGACUCAUGUGACCCCAGAGCCGACCCCAUCUCCUUUUAGAGACACUACAGAGAGAUAUCAGACUCAUUUUGACACAGAGUUGCACAGAAAGAUAGGCAUUUCAUAUGCUGGUGAAGAGUGGGACACAAAGGUUCCUGAGACUGCAGCAAUCCCUUCAGCUGUCAAAGAGCCUGUUGUGCCCCCUACACUGAUAGCAGGUUUGAAGAAUGUGACUGUCACAGAGGGAGAGUCUGUCACUCUGGAAUGCCAGAUUUCAGGUCACCCCACUCCAGCAAUUAUGUGGUUCAGAGAAGAUUACAGAAUCGAGAACUCCAUUGACUUCCAGAUCACUUAUGAAAAAAGUUAUGCACGCUUGAUGAUUCGUGAGGCCUUUGCUGAAGAUAGUGGCCGCUUCACUUGCACUGCUACCAGUGAGGCUGGAACUAUCAGCACCUCCUGCUACCUGCUCGUUAAAGUAUCUGAAGAGAUUGAGAGCAGAGAGGAGAUUACUGUCCAGGAGAAACAGACUGUCGUUGAAGCCAAAGACGAGACCAUGUCUGAAAUAAGUUCAGUCUCCGUGGACACUGGAGCACCUGCUGCUCCUUUCUUUGUGAAGAAGCCAGUGGUUCAGAAGUUGGUUGAGGGAGGGAGUGUUGUCUUUGUGUGCCAGAUAGGUGGAAGCCCUAAGCCUCAUAUUUAUUGGAAGAAGAGUGGAGUUCCACUCACUACUGGAUACAGAUAUAGAGUUAGCCACAACAAGGACACUGGUGAAUGCAAGCUGGAAAUUUCUAUGACAUUUGCUGAUGAUGCUGGAGAAUACACAAUCUUUGCCAAAAACCAACACGGAGAGACAUCUGCUUCCACAAGUCUCCUUGAAGAAGAGGAGUUUGAAGCCUAUAUGAAGAAACAGGAUGUGACAUAUGUAACAGAGGUGACAGCAAUGGUGCAAGAGCCCAAAGUGGCAGAUGUGCCUCCUGUAGUUGUAAGUGAAUAUGAAAAAGAGCUCAUACAGAGGAGGAUGGCUCAGCAAACACAAAUGAUGCAGACCUUCAUCUCAGAGACGGAGUUUCAAAUAUCUGCAAUUGAAAGGAAAAUUAUCCAAGAAAUUGAAAUCCGCAUCCUUAAAAUUACUUACCAAGAGCUGGUGAUUGAGGACGGAGAGGAGAUGGUCAUAAAUGUUGCUGAGCAUGAGGCCGUUGCAUCUUCAUUUAGCACUCCUGUGAAAAGCUACAGAAUUCUUGAAGGAAUGGGUGUUACUUUCCAUUGCAAAAUGGGAGGAAAACCAUUACCAAAGAUUGCCUGGUACAAAGACGGCAAGCGUAUAAAGCAUGGAGGACGCUACCAGAUGGAGGUUUUACAAGAUGGUAGAGCCAGUCUGCGUCUGCCUGUGGUGCUGCCAGAAGAUGAGGGCAUCUAUACUGCAUUUGCCAGUAAUAUGAAGGGUAAUGCUGUCAGUUCUGGAAAACUCUAUGUGGAGUCCACUGCUGCUGCUCAGCCUUACUAUCCUCAGGCUGAAGCUGUGAGGAGAGUCCAGUCCACAUCUCCAAUGUCUGCUCGCUCAGCCAGCUACUCCCCUGGACGUUCUCCUGCUCGCUCUGUUAGCCGAUCUCCUGCACGUAGACUUGAUGACACGGACGAGAGUCAACUGGAAAGGCUUUAUAAGCCUGUUUUUGUACAAAAGCCCUCUUCCUUCAGGUGUUCUGAAGGACAGACAGCAAGGUUUGACUUAAAAGUAGUUGGAAGACCUAUGCCCGACACUUUCUGGUUCCACAGUGGACAACAAGUGGUAAAUGACUACACUCACAAGAUUGUGGUGAAAGAGGAUGGAACUCAGUCAAUGAUUGUCGUUCCUGCCAUGCCUCAGGACUCUGGAGAGUGGACAGUUGUUGCUCAGAACAGAGCUGGAAAGACAACUGUUUCUAUGACUCUCACUGUUGAAGCAAAAGAGAAUUUAGUUCGACCUCAGUUCAUUGAAAAACUGAAGAAUAUCAGUGUUAAAGAAGGAAGUCUGGUUGAGUUGGCAGUAAAAGCCAUUGGAAACCCCCUGCCUGACAUUGUCUGGCUAAAAAACAGUGACAUCAUCUCUCCUCAUAAAUAUCCUCACAUCAAAAUUGAGGGCGCCAAGGGACAGGCACAUUUUCAGAUUCCUCAAACUUCUGGCUCUGAUAGUGCAUGGUACACAGCCACAGCUAUAAACAAAGCUGGCAGAGAUACUACUCGCUGUAGAGUCAAUGUGGAGGUAGAAUACACUGAACCUGUACCAGAGAGAAGACUUAUCAUCCCCAAAGGGACAUAUAAGGCUAAGGAUGUUGCACCACCAGAGAUUGAACCACUGCAUCUUCGCUAUGGUCAGGAGCAGUGGGAAGAGGGUGACCUCUAUGACAAAGAAAAGCAACAGAAGCCACACUUUAAAAAGAAACUUACUUCAGUCCGGAUGAAGCGGUUUGGACCUGUGCACUUUGAAUGCAGACUUACCCCUAUUGGUGACCCUACAAUGGUUGUUGAAUGGCUCCAUGAUGGCAAACCACUCGAAGCUGCUAACAGACUUCGGAUGAUCAAUGAGUUUGGCUAUUGCAGUCUUGAUUAUGAAGUUGCUUAUUCCAGAGAUAGUGGUGUCAUUACUUGCAGAGCUACAAACAAGUUUGGUGCCGACCAAACCUCUGCCACACUAAUUGUGAAGGAUGAGAAGAGUCUGGUAGAGGACAGUCAAUUACCAGAAGGAAGAAAGGUACAAAGAAUGGAUGAAAUGGAGAGAAUUGCCCAUGAGGGUGGACCCUCUGGAGUAACUGGGGAUGACAUGUCUGAGAAGUCCAAGCCAGAGAUUGUCUUACUCCCUGAACCAAUAAGAGUAUUUGAAGGCGAGACAGCCAAAUAUCGAUGCAGAGUGACUGGUUACCCCACUCCCAAAGUUAAUUGGUACCUUAAUGGUCUGCUCAUUCGAAAGAGCAAACGAUUCAGACUACACUAUGAUGGCAUUCACUAUUUGGAAAUUACUGACUGUAAGUCCUAUGAUUCUGGAGAUGUCAGAGUAUUGGCUGAGAACCCAGAGGGUACAGCUGAGCAUACUGUCAAGCUGGAAAUUCAACAAAAGGAAGAUUUCAGGACAAUCUUGCGCCGUGCUCCUGAGCUGAAGGCUCCAGAGGCACCUGGCCCUGAACCGGGCAGAGUAUCCUUUGAUGUUGUAAAGGUAGAUAAACCCACAGAUGCUUCUCAAGCAAAAGAAGUUGUCCGACUGAGGAAAGCUGAGAGAGUGGUUCAUGAAAGGUCUACAGAAGAAACAGAAGAGCUGCGAAGCAAAUUUAAGCGCAGGACUGAAGAGGGCUAUUAUGAAGCCAUAUCUUCUGUUGAAUUGAAGUCUCGCAGGAAAGAUGAGUCUUAUGAAGGAAUGCUAAAAAAGAGAAAGGAAGAACUUCUGCACUGGACCAAAGAGGUCUCUGAGGCAGAAAAGAAGAAAGAGGAAGAGGAACGCAAACUUACCAUUCCUACAAUCAGACCCGAGAAAGUUGCACUCUCUCCUAGCAUGGAGGCUCCGAAGAUCUUGGAAAGAAUUCAGAGCCAGACAGUUGCUCUUGCUGAUGAAGUACGCUUUCGAUGUAGGGUAAUUGGUAAACCAGAUCCAGAGUGCCAGUGGUUUAAAAAUGGCAUUUUACUUGAGAAGUCAGAUCGGGUUUAUUGGUAUUGGCCUGAAGAUCAUGUCUGUGAAUUAGUAAUCAGAGAUGUCUUAGCUGAAGACUCUGCCAGUAUCAUGGUCAAAGCCAUUAACAUUGCCGGUGAGGCCUCAAGCCAUGCCUUCUUGUUGGUGCAAGCCAAGCAAGUUGUAUCUUUUACCCAAACACUGGAGGAUGCCUAUGCUAAAGAGAAAGACACAAUGGUAACCUUUGAAUGUGAGACAAAUGAGCCAUUUGUCAAGGUUAAAUGGAUGAAGAACAAUGCUGAAAUCUUUUCUGGAGACAAAUACAGGAUGCACUCAGACAGAAAAGUUCACUUUCUGUCUGUGCUGAUAAUCAACAUGCAAGAUGAUGCAGAGUACAGCUGUGCUGUAGUUGAUGAUGACCACAUAAGAACCACUGCCAGACUUUAUGUUGAAGGUGCACCACUGGAAAUUGUUAAAAAUCUUGAGAGCGUUGAAGUACCCGAGACAUAUUCUGGAGAGUUUGAGUGUGAACUUUCCCGGGAAGAUGCUGAAGGCACCUGGUAUUUUGAGAAUAAAGAAAUCACUCCAAGUCUAAAAUAUGUUGUAUCCUCUCGUCGUGGCAGACACACCCUGUCUGUAAAAGAUGUCAGGAAGGAAGACCAAGGAAAGUACACUUUUAAAGUGGGAGACCUGAAGACAAGUGCCACACUAAAGAUGAAAUUACGCCCCGUAACUCUGAUGCAAGGACUCUCUGAUCUGACAAUUUGUGAGGGUGAUAUUGCCCAGUUGGAGGUGCGAUUCUCUCAGGAAAAUGUGGAAGGAACAUGGAUGAAAAAUGGCCUACCAAUCUCUGCCUCAGACAGAGUUCACAUUGUCAUUGAUAAACUUGUCCACAAACUUCUAGUUGAAAAUGUCAAUAAGGAUGAUGCUGGAAUCUACUCAUUUGUUGUUCCUAUUCAAGACAUUUCUACGUCUGGAAAACUGACUGUGCAAUCAAUUGAAAUAAUUUCUCAUCUAAAGGACGUUCAUUCUAUCGAGGGUACAAAGGCAGUGCUAGAAGCUAAAAUCUCUGCCUCUGAUGUUGCUGCUGUUAAAUGGUACCAAAAUGACAAGCUUCUUGUGGCUAGUGAGAGAAUCCAGAUGGUUGCUAAAGGGACCAAACAGAGACUGGUCCUGAACAGGUCCUUUGGUUCUGAUGAAGGACAGUAUAAGAUGGCUGUGGGCAGAGUUGAAACCACUUGUAACCUGACAGUUGAGAAGGUCAGCAUCAUCAAGCACAUGGAGGACUGUGUGUGCACAGAAACUCAGAAUGUCACAUUUGAAGUUGAAUUAUCACACACUGGUAUAGACGCUUAUUGGACCUUCAAGAAUCAGCCUCUCAAGGCUGGCCCCAAAUACAAAAUUGAGUCCAAAGGAAAGCACUACAGUCUGACCAUCAUCAAUGCCAUGAAGGAUGAAGAGGGCUUGUAUGCAUUUGCAGCAGGAGAAAAGAUUUCCAGUGCAAAACUAACUGUGUCAGGUGGUGCUAUAAACAGACCACUCCAUGAUGUGACUGUAGCAGAAUCCCAAACUGCUGUUAUGGAGUGUGAGGUUGCUAAUCCUACAUCUGAAGGCAAGUGGCUUAAGGAUGGCCACUCUGUUGACUUCAGUGAUAUUGUCAGGAGUGAGGAUAUAGAUGCUGUCCGUCGACUUAUUUUUGUUAUCACAAGACCUCAGGAUAUUGGAGAGUACACAUACCAAGUGGCAAAUUCCAAGACAUCUGCCAACCUAAGAGUUGAAGCUGUGAAGAUCAAGAAGACACUCAAGAACCAAACAGUCACAGAAACUCAAGAGGCAGUGUUUAGUCUUGAACUCACUCAUUUAGAUGUGAAAGGAUCCCAGUGGAUCAAGAAUGGAGUAGAAAUUGAACCUAGUGACAAAUAUGAGAUUACAGUAGAUGGAUUAGUUCACACUUUAAAGAUCAAGAACUGCAACUCUCAAGAUGAAUCAGUUUAUGGAUUCAAACUGGGAAAACUGUCUGCUAAUGCCAGACUGAAUGUCGAAACCAUCAAGAUUGUGAAAAAGCCAAAAGAUGUGACUUCCCUGGUAAAUGGAACCGCCUCUUUUGAGCUGAGCUUAUCUCAUGAUGACAUACCAGUUAAAUGGAUGUUCAAAAACCAAGAGCUGAAACCUAGUGCUAAUGUUCAGAUAAUGUCUGAAAGGAAAGCACAUAAGUUGGUUAUUCAGAAUGUUGAAGAAAGCAAUGAUGGAGAAUACACAGCCGUUGUUGGACAUUUACAAUGCAGUGCAUAUUUGCAUGUUGAAUCUUUGAGAGUCACAAAACCCCUAAAGAACCUUGAGGUUCCAGAGACCCAUGUGGCCACAUUUGAGUGUGAAGUUUCACACUUCAAUGUUCCGUCCACCUGGCUGAAAAAUGGAGUUGAGAUCGAGAUGAGUGAGAAGUUCAGAAUUGUGGUGCAGGGCAAACUUCAUCAGCUGAAGAUCAUGAAUACCAGCAGAGAUGAUUCUGCAGAAUACACCUUUGUGUGUGGAAAUGACAAAGUCUCAGCCACCUUGACAGUCAGCCCUGUGCUGAUUACAUCUAUGCUCAAAGACCUGAAUGCACAAGAAAAGGACACCAUCACAUUUGAGGUGACCGUCAACUAUGAAGGCAUCACUUACAAAUGGCUGAAGAAUGGAGUAGAAAUAAGAUCCAGUGAUAGAUGUCAAACUCGCACUAAACAGCUCUCUCACUCCCUCACCAUUCGGAAUGUUCACUUUGGGGAUGUUGGAGACUACAAAUUUGUGGCUGGAUCUGCUGAAACAGCAGCAAAAUUGUUUGUUGAAGCUCGAGUCAUUGAGUUCACCAAGCACAUCAAGGACAUUAAAGUCACUGAGAAGAAAAAGGCUGUUUUUGAAUGCGAACUCUCUGAGCCUAAUGUCCAAGUAACAUGGAUGAAAGAUGGUCAGGAGCUUGAAUUAUCUGAGAGGUACAAGGUCUCCACAGAGAGACACGUGCAUCGUCUCAUGAUCCAAACUGUGCGCAUGUCUGAUGCUGGUGAAUACUCUGUGGUUGCUGGAUCCAGUGUAUCAAAGGCCAACCUCACAGUUGAGGGCAAGGAUGUGCGCAUCAGUGAGCCUGCAGAGAAAGAAAUUACUGUUCUUGAGAAACAGAGAAGUACAUUUGAAUUCGAAGUCAAUGAGGAUGACAUUGAAGGUCGUUGGCUAAGAAAUGGAGUGGAGAUCCAGUUUUCUGUUGAUCAGCGCUUUAACUAUGCCAUUAUUAGAAAAAUCCAUCGCUUGACAAUCACAGAAACGUACAGAAGUGAUGCAGGAGAAUACACAUUCAUUGCUGGAAAGAACCGGAGUAUUGUGACCCUGCAUGUGAACAUCCCUGAGCCUCCUCAGAUCAUCAGGCACAUGCAGCCCCUGUCUGUUGAAGCUGGCAAACCUGCACGCUUCUCUGUGGAGGUGACUGGAAUUCCUCAGCCUCAAGUGUCUUGGUAUAAGAACUCCCAGGCCCUGUCCUCUGGAUUCAAGUGCAAGUUCCUGAGGGAGGGAAAUGAGCAUACAUUGCUGCUCAUCGAAGUCUUCCCAGAAGAUGCAGCUCAGUAUAACUGUGAAGCUAAGAAUGACUAUGGAGUUGCCACAAGCUCAGCUUCACUAAAUGUUGAAGUUCCAGAAGUUGUUUCCCCUGACACUGGAGCACCACUGUCACCUCCCGUGGUCUUAACACCAAUACAAAAUACUUCUGCCAAUGAAGGACAAUCUGCUAGAUUCCAGUGCAGAGUCUCAGGAGAAGAUCUGACAAUAACAUGGUAUUGCAAAGACAAGGAAAUCAAGCAGUCAGACAUAUUUAGAGUGUCUCAGUUUGAUGAAAACUGUCAGCUGGAGAUCACCAGAGUUUAUCCUGAGGAUGAGGGCGAGUACACAUGUGUGGCCCGUAACUCGGCUGGAAUGGUCUCAUGUUCUGCUCUACUGAAAGUUGACGUUACAAGAGUACGAGAGGAGAUUGAAGCAAAAAUUGAGGAAGAGGUCAAAGAAUUUUCUAGUUUGACUGUGAAGACCGAAGAAGAGGAAGAAACCUACAGCACAUCACUGCAUUUGCCUGAAAAAUCAAAAACACUUGAACUUAAGCCAGAGCAAAAACGUUUUUCUAGUUCUUUGGAAAGAAAAAGAGAGAAACCAGUAUUUGAGUCAAAGCUUACACCUGCUGAAGUUACUAUUGGAGAGUCGGUUAGGUUUACUGUCACAGUAUCUGGUUUUCCAAAGCCAAAGGUUCAGUGGUUUCACAAUGGAAAGGCUAUCACUUCAUCAUCAAUUUAUACGUUUGUAGAGGAGAGAGAUGAAUACUCUUUAAUAAUAACAAAAGUCAAGAAAGAUUAUGAAGGAGAGUAUUCUUGUACUGCAAGUAAUAGAUUUGGCCAGACUACCUGCAAGACAAUAUUAAAGGUAGAACUGAGUCAGUUAUCAGCAGCAGAAAAGUGGGUGGAAAAAAUGUUCAAAAUACCAGGACAACCUCCAUGCUUUACUACACAAAUCCAACCUGUUCAGUGUGUGGAAGGUAGCGAGGUAAAAUUUCUGUAUAAAGUUACUGGUACACCAUUUCCUGAUGUUCAGUGGUUUAAGGGCAAUUCUCAAAUUAAGUCAAGCCAGACCUGUUCUGUUGUGUGCAAUCCAGAUGGCUCUGGCUUCCUUAUUAUGAGUAAUAUUCAACAGAGAGACAGUGGACUCUACACAUGCAAGGCUGUCAAUCCUUUUGGGGAGGCAAGCUGCAGUGCUGAGUUGAUUGUAUUCCACAAACAAGUCUCUGUGUUUCAUAAACAACAAUUAGUUCAAGAACAAAAAAGUUACAAGGUGUCGAUGAAAGAGGAAGCCACCGAAUCUCGUUUGUAUAGUGUUAGCCUGCCUGGACAGGCAGGCGCUAGUUUGCAGGGAGACCAUCAGGUAAUUUACACCAUUGGUACUGAAGACAGGCAAAUGGUUGAGAGUGAGCAGGUUGAUACACUGCACGACUUGGAUGUUUCCAUUGCAACCGUGCACAAAGAGCAGGUGACUCAUCAAGCUGCUUUGCUGCAGUCUCAUGAAGUGCAGGAGAGAGUAAUAUCAGCUCAAGUUCGCCCAGAACCAGUGGUAGCAACUCCUUUGAGACAGCUCCAAAUGGCCACUAUGACCUCCGCAGUUCAAGAAAGCCAAGGCUUCACAGAACAGCACUUUGAACGAAUCAAAAGUCCUGAGGUUACAGAGAUACAAAUUGCCAAAGAGCACCCAUCGCAAGUAAUGUCUGCCUUAACUGAGAGUGUAACUCCAUUAACGAUUGUCAAAGCAGAGCCAUUAUCCACUUUAGAAACAGAAAAGAUUAAGGCAUCUCCUGAGCCCAAGUAUCCAAUAUCAAGUCACCAAGUUGAGACAAAGCUCCCAAUUGUUAAAGAACAUUCAGAGGUUAUACCCCAUACUCAGCAAGAAAAGGGUUAUCAAGUUAAAGAGGGAGUUAAAAUUCUUUACAGUGCAGUUUCAUCAGAGAAACAACAGUUUACAGAGGGUCACUCUAAAGAACUAUCAACAGAAGAACCAACUUUUCAGACAUCGGUGAAAAAAGAACAACACAAACCGGUUGUACUUUCAGUUAAUGAGACAACUCAGACCUUAUCUAAGGAAGAGAGCUUAUCAGUGCAGAAACCAGGUGUUGAGACUGCAUCUCAAGUGAAAGACAGUGUCUUUAAAUCAGCUCUUGUUGCUGAGGAAAAGCAUCAGCUCCAAGCUGAUCAGUCAAGUUUGAUUCCAGGUUUAGACAGUGCAAUUUCAGUGCAACCCCUAAGAGAAGAAGAACAAGUUCAACAUUUGCAAGUUAUCACAGAUCAAGGUAUUCUUCCAGCUGAAGGAAGGUUUAGCAGUGAGAACCCAAGCCCAGAGAAAGCAGAUGCUCAAAAAAGUCCUCUACUUAAGCAUACAGUGUCAGUGGAUUUACAGCAGACAGUGACAUGUGAGGAGUCCUCAGAGUUUUCAGGACAAGUAACAGAGCUUUCUAUUCAGCCUGGUAAGGCAGCGCCUGCCCCUUUGCAUCUUCAGGCAGUUCAUUCAGAAAAUUUGUUGACGAAAGAAGGGAUAAUCUCAAUGGAAAAGCCAGAUGAACAGACUGCAGUACAGAAGCAAGAAAAAGCUCGGCAUCAUGCUGCUAGCACUGAGGAGAAAAUAGAGCAUACUGCAGAUUAUUGCAAAGAUCUCGCUGUGUCUGUUACAGGUGUGCAGUCUGAAAUCAGAAAAGAGCCCAAACCUGAAAGUAUUCUUCAAGUCAUUUCAACACCAGUGCCCUUGCCGAAGGAAAGUCCUUUUGUAAGCGAUGUUAAACAGCAGCGUGCCCUAGUUCAGAAAGAAGACCACUGGAAUAUUGUACAUGUGCCAUCUGUGUCUGAGAGUCAGGAUAUAGAAGAGGGACACUCAGAGACCAUAGAGUCAAUUGAGAAAUUUGUAUCUAAUAUCAAAGUUGAACCAAAAAUACCAUCUGAAUUAAUUUAUGUAGAAGAAAAGGCUAUCUCAACAGAGAGUAGCAUUGCCCUUGAGGCCACCGAACAAGACUUUGCACUUCAAAUUCAGGAAGGUCAGUCUGUUAGGCAGUCAGUGUUAAUGGAGGAAAAACGUGUUAUUAAAGGUGAGCUUUCUCAGGAUAUUACAAAGUCUGAAACAACCACAGCAGUUGUCAGUGAGCAGAAAAUGGGUACGCUUUUAGUGUCAGAGUCAAGAGAGAGCCAGAGUUUACCCAAGGAGCUCACUUUUGUCGUUUCUCCCCCUAAAUCACAUUCACUAGACAUUAAGCACCAGUUAAAAAGUACACUUGCAACUGCAGUCGCUCUUGACCAGCCAUUGAUCCUGGCCGAUUUUGUGGAGAGUUUGGGAGUUGUAGAAAUUCAUGAGGUAAAAGUAAGGAAAGAACCCAAAUAUCUCAUGUUCACUUAUCUUAUUACAAGUGCAAGUGCUCCACUUGAAAUUACAAUUGCAUUUGAAGGCGAGUAUCCUCAGACUGCUGAUCUCAGAAGUGAACUUCAAGCUGCUUUUUACUCUAUUGUCUAUCGAGAGCAGAACGUUCUGACCUCAGAGCAGCCAGGCACAUUACAAAUUGAUAGACCCCAAAGACUACAGGUCACAAAGGCUUCUACAAAAGAAAUGCUUUCACCUGUGGUGGAAAUGGUUAGGCUCUCAGAAAAUGUGGAGCCUUUCACAUCUCCAACGUCUCAGUCAGCAACUGUGAAAACUGAAGCCAAAACAUCUUUUCAAUCUGUGACUGCUAAAGAGCAAGCUUUUGUGCAAGAGUCAAUUCAUAUAGCAAGUGAAUCAAAAAUUGAGAUUCAACAGUCCAUUCAAGUUGAGCAACAGGAAACCAGAUCUGUGACAGUAAAAAGUGCUACAAGUAUGACAAGUGAGCUUGUUUUAGGACCUCUUCCAAUUGAACGGUCCACUGAAAUUGCCUUUCAGAAAGAGGAAAAGGAGGAAUACAUAACUGAAGCAUUAAUGGAAUUAGAGAAAGAAGAUAAAGAGGGAUACCCAGUUUUUGAAAACUCUUUGGAGGAUAUUAAAACAGAGGAGCAUUCAGAAGCUAAGUUUUCAUUGAUUAUCCGAUACGUAAAGAAAGUAAAUUGGCUCUUUAAUGGAAAAUGUAUUAAAUCUGGCAAAGAGUUCAAGUGUUCUAAAGAACAUGACACUUACACACUAGUAAUCACCAAGGUAAUGAAGGAUCAUGAAGGAGAAUAUACCUGUGAGGCUGUAGGUGAAGCUGGCAAGACCUCUACAUCGUCCCACCUCACUGUGAUCCCAAGAGUGCCACCCGUUUUUAGGCAGAGAAUUCAGAAUCUGGAGGUGAAUGUUGGCAGUUCUGCAAAGUUCGAAUGUGAGAUUGAGGAGGCUCCUGGUGUGACCUUCAAGUGGUUCAAAUCGGGUACUGAGCUCAGGCACAGUGAAAAAUGCAGAAUUAUAAGCCGACACCACACAUCAUCGCUGGAGAUCUUUAGCCCAGCAGUCGCUGACAGUGGAGAAUAUACCUGCAAAGCUUCUAACCGCCAUGGAAGUGAUAGCUGCUCUGCUAAACUAACUGUGACAGAGCUUUUCCCACCAGAAUUUGUAUCAAAGCCUGAUUCGAUGACUUUAUUUGUUGGCAAGCAGGCAAAAUUUCAAUGUGUUAUUUCUGGUUCUGAGCCAAUGAAUGUUGUCUGGCAUAAAGACAAUAUUGCCAUUUCACUUGAUGACCACUACAAAGAGUCUUCUGACAAGAACCGGUAUUUUCUUGAAAUUUUGAAUCUACAGCACAGUGAUCAAGGCACAUACCUUUGCAAAGCUUCCAAUAGUGUUGGUACAGCAACAUGCUGCACUGAACUGAGGGUUGUAGAUAAACCCAGCUUUGUGAAGAGCUUUGAGUCUACCACUGUUGCUGUGGGAAACCCACUACGUCUUGAGUGUCAGGUAGAUGAGGACACUGGUGUUUCCAUCAUUUGGAUGAGAGAUGGCAAGAAACUCCAUACUACAAUGGAUUGUAAACUAGCAUUUGAGGAGAAAAUAGCCUGUCUUGAUAUUCAGAAGUCCAAACUCAAAGAUACAGGCACAUAUACCUGCACUGCUGCCAAUGAAGCAGGAAGCAGCAGUUGCUCUUCUAGUGUGACAGUACAAGAACCUCCAGUCUUUGUUAAAAGACUAGAGCCUAAGAUCUUAUGGAAGCAAGGAAUGUCAUCGCGUCUGUCAUGCACUGUCAAGGGAUCACCAGAACUCCACGUGACCUGGUUUUUAAAUGACAAGCCACUAAACUCUUCAGAAAAACACAAGAUCACCUUCAAAACCAAUCAAGCCACUCUUGAAAUUAUUGACUUGUCUGAGUCUGACAGUGGAAAUUACACUUGUGAAGUGAUGAAUGAGGCUGGCUGUGAAAGCUGCAGCUCUCAAGUGACAGUAAAAGAACCACCUGCCUUUAAAAAGGAGCUGCGGUUGGUGGAAGUAGUCAAAGGGUGCACAGCCCAUCUUGAAUGUGAAAUGACAGGCACUGCUCCUUUUGAAAUAACCUGGUUUAAAGAUAAAAACCCAGUAUCAUCUGACACAAAGUACAAUAUUGUCUCAAAGGAGACAGCAGCCUAUUUGGAAAUCAAAACAUUUGAAAGUGCAGAUGUUGGAGAUUACCAGUGCUGCAUUUCCAAUGAUGUUGGUAAAAUAACUACAAAAGCGGUGGCCAAACUGAAAGACCCACCAUCCUUUGUAAAGAAAGUUGAGAACACUACUGCGGUUUUAGGCAGUGCUGUAAAACUGCAAGGGACUAUUAAGGGUUCUGCUCCUAUCACAGUUCAGUGGUUUAAAGAUACAGAGAUAGUCAGAGAUGAUGAUCCUAAUAUCACCACAACCUUUGAAAACAUCAUUGCUGUUUUAGCUAUUUCCAAUGUGGCCAUUAACCAUGGUGGGAAAUAUACUUGUCAAGCUGAAAAUGAGGCUGGAAAACAAAAAUGUGAGGCCACUGUAACAGUUCAAGAACCAGCUAGAUUUGUUGAGAAACCCCCAUGCAUCAGUGUGACUGCAGGUGACUCUGCAACUCUUGAGUGCAAGGUUUCAGGAAGUCCAGAUCUCAAAGUUAAAUGGUUUAAAGAUGGCAAAGAGAUGGCAGGGGGUCGAAAGUACAAAAUCACUUUCAAAGAGAAUGUGGCCGUCUUGAAAAUCCUCUCGGCAGAGAGAGGAGAUAGCAGUGAAUACAAAGUUGAAGUAUCCAAUCGAGUUGGAAAAGAGCAGUGUUCUUGCUCAAUCAAUGUUCUUGAUAAAAUAAUACCUCCAACUUUCACAAAAAUGCUUAAAAAGGUAGACGGUAAUGUUGGAGCUAGUAUUCAAAUGGAGUGCAAAGUGUCAGGAUCCCAGCCCAUAACAAUAUCUUGGUUCAAAGAGGGAAAGGACAUUACAACUGGAACAAAAUAUCAAACUGAAAUGCAGGAAAGCACUGCCUUACUCAAAAUAACAAAUUUAGAGACAUCAGAUGCUGGGGUUUUCACAUGCCAUGCAACUAAUGCUGCAGGACACAGUGAAACAAGUGGAACUAUUUCUGUUAAAGAACCCCCAGUCUUCUCUUUGAAACCUCAAAGCCAAGAUGUUAUACCUGGAACUACAGUUGUUCUAACAGCUGCAUUCACUGGAACAGCACCUUUCAUGAUUAAGUGGUUCAGAGAAGACAAAGAAAUGUUAACUGGAGGAACUUGUUUCAUCAAAAAAGAAACCAACUCAAGUUCACUGGAGCUGCACGCUCUGAAGCCAUCUCAGUCUGCAAAAUACACUUGCCAAGUUUCUAAUGAUGCUGGAAAGGUCUCAUGCACAGCUGCCUUGUUUGUGAAAGAACCUCCAAAAUUUGUGAUGAAACUUGAUUUGACUAAACUUGUAUUGAAUGGAAGUCUUGCAACUUUGGAAUGUAAAGUGGCUGGCAGCCCAGAGAUCAGUAUUAGAUGGUAUAAGAAUGAGACUGAAAUUGGCUCAGAUGAUAAAUACCAAAUGGCCUUCACCGACUCAGUUGCUACACUAAGGAUUUCCAGUUGCUGCAUUGAAGACAGUGGAGAUUAUAUAUGCCAAGCAUCAAGUGAUGCUGGCAGUGAUAGAUGCAGUUGCUUGGUUACAGUCAAAGAACCUCCCGAAUUUGUGAAACCUUUUGAAUCCAAAGAAAUUGUUAAAGGCACAGAUGUUGUGCUAGAAGGAACUGUGUCAGGCUCAGCUCCUUUUGAGAUUUCCUGUUUCAAAGACUCAAAGCAGAUCCGAAAUGAUAGAAGGCACAUCAUAAGCCUGACAAAAGAUGUUGCAGCUCUUCAGAUUCUGAAAUUUGAACCAGGAGAUGCUGGAAAAUAUCAAUGCACUGUAGGGAAUGAAGUAGGGCAGACCUCCUGUGACUUUCUUGUUACCAUGAAAGAGCCACCAUCAUUUGUGCAGAAGAUGGAUAAUACAAAUGUCCUUCUUGCCAAGGAUGUGUCUUUGCAGUGUGUAUUGAAGGGGUCAAUGCCAAUGACCAUCUCUUGGAUGAAAGAUGACCAUGAGAUCAAAGAAUCUGAGCAUGUUCAGAUAUCUUUUGAGAAUCAGACUGCAGUGAUAUAUAUUUCUAGUGUGCAGUUAAAACAUGGUGGAAAGUAUACCUGCCAUGCUCAGAAUGAAGCUGGUAGUCAGAAAUGUACAGCAGUACUGACAGUAAAAGAGCCUGCAAACAUCACAGAGCAAGCCAAGUCUGUCAGUGUAACAGUACGUGAUCCUGCCACUCUAGAGUGCAGGUAUUCUGGUACUAAAGUUCUUAAAGCAAAAUGGCUCAAAGAUGGCAAUGAGCUGACAUCAGGCAGAAAAUACAAAAUACAGAGUUCUGAUACAAGCUCCAUAUUAAAAAUUCUUUCGGCUGAGAAGAGUGAUGCUGGAGAAUAUACCUUUGAGGUUUCGAAUGAUGCUGGAAGGAGCAGUUGUGAGGCCGUUGUAACUGUGUUAGAACCUCCAUCAAUCAUUGAGAAGCCAGAAUCACAAGAUGUUAUACCUGGAUCCAAAGUUCAGUUUAACGUGCUUUUGUCUGGAACACCACCGCUGACCAUUAAUUGGUUUAAAGAUAAGAAAGAAGUUUCAUCAGGAAUUGACUGUUCAGUUCAGAAAAAUGACACGUCCAGCUCUAUAGAGCUCUUUUUUGCUAAGCCUUCGGACUCAGGACAGUAUGUCUGUGAAGUUAGUAAUGACGUUGGAUCAGAUUCUUGCCAAGCAACUCUCUUCGUGAAAGAACCUCCUAAGUUUACCCGCAAGCCUGAAAAAAUAACAGUGGUGAAACCAAGCCAACUGGUAGUUUUUGAAUGCCAGAUUACAGGCACUCCGGAGAUAGACACGUACUGGUUCAAAGAUGGGAAUGAUAUAAGCCCAAGUGACAAGUAUAAAAUGACCUUUGUCGAUUCUCUUGCACGGCUUGAAAUAAUUAGCAGUGAUAUCAAAGACAGUGGUGUGUACUACUGUGAAGCUCGCAAUGAGGCAGGCAGUGAGAGUUGUAGUAUGGAUCUAAGAGUCAAAGAGCCCCCAGUUCUUGUCAAGCCAUUGAGUCCUCUUGAGGUUGUGAAUGGCUCAAAUGCAUAUUUUGAAUGUCUGGUAAAAGGCACAGCUCCUUUUGAAGUGACCUGGCAAAAAGAUUCAAAGGACAUCAAAUCGAGCCUUAAGCAUGUGAUUUUGCAGAAAAAUGACUCCAUAAUUACUCUGGAUGUACAGAAGUGUGAUGCUUUAGAUGUUGGAGAAUAUCAGUGCGUUGUUGCAAAUGAAGUUGGAAGUUGUUCGAGUCAGAGUACACUCAGCAUAAAAGAGCCCCCAUCAUUUGUGGAGAGAAUUGAGAAUGUUGUCACAGUUCUUGGAAAAAUGGUUGAGUUUAAAUGUGUUGUAAGAGGAUCUCCACCCCUGUCCAUACAAUGGCAGAAAGAUGAGAGCUGGAUCUUGGAGGAUCCUUCAAUUCAGAGGACUUUUGAGAACAAUGUUGCUACUUUGACAAUCCCUGUGUGUGAGUCCAUCCACAGUGGAAAAUACACGUGUCAGGCUAUGAAUGAAGCAGGGCAAGAGAAGUGUUUUUCUACCCUGGUAGUGCAAGAGCCGCCUCAGAUAAUUGAAAAGCCUGAGGUGAUUAAUGUCACUGCCGGAGAUCCAGUAAGUUUUGAGUGCAAAGUGUCAGGCACUCCUGAGCUGAAAGUAAAAUGGAGUAAAGAUGGCAAGGAAGUGAUCCCUUCAAGACAGCACAGCCUCAGCUAUAUCAAUAAUGUCAGCCAACUUAAACUUCAGUCGGUCCAACUGGAAGAUAAAGGGACUUAUGUGUUUGAGGUCUCCAAUCACAUCAGUGCCUGCCAGUGUAAAGUGACACUAAAUGUGCUAGAGCAAAUAAUCCCCCCAUCCUUCAUUAAACCUUUGAUGGAGAUGGAAGAAAUAAUUGGUAAAAAUGUGCAAAUUGGAUGUAAAAUAUCAGGUUCGCUCCCCAUAACUGUGGAGUGGGAAAAAGAUGGAACUAAACUUUCAGGGAGAACCAAACACAAAAUUCUUCAGGAUGAGAACAGCAUGUCUUUGGAUAUCGAGUGUUUAGAAAAAGCUGACACUGGAACUUAUACUUGCAAACUUGCAAACAAAGCAGGAAGUUGUGAAUGCAGUGGUACACUGAGGGUGAAAGAGCCACCAAGCUUUGUGCUGGUUCCAGAAUCACAGGCUGUCAUACCAAAUACCACUGUUCGCUUUAAGGGUUCUUUUAAGGGAACUCCUCCAUUCACAGUGAAAUGGUUCAAAGAUGAUACUGAGUUGAUUUGUGGACCUUCCUGUUUUACUGGCCUGGAGGGCCUCUCAUGCUUCCUAGAUCUUUUUGCCGUUGGAAUAUCACACAGUGGAACUUACUCUUGUCAGAUAAGCAAUGAUGCUGGUACUGCAAAAUGCACCACAACCUUGUUGGUAAAAGAACCUCCAGAGUUUGUACAGAAACUGCCAGCUGCAAAAGUCGUAAAAAUGGGGGAGCCGCUGCAGCUUGAAUGCAAAGUUACUGGGACAGCUCCUCUGAGAAUAAGCUGGUACAAAAACGAUGCCAUACUCAGUGAUGGUGGCAACUUGAGAAUGACUUUCGAUAACUCUGUGGCAGUCCUCGAAAUUUCCACAUCAAGCUUUGAUGAUAAUGGUGUCUAUACAUGUGAAGCACAGAAUGAUGCUGGGACUAAGAGUUGUAGUACAGCUCUCACAAUCAAAGAACCACCAAGUUUCUACAAACUGCCAACACCAGUUGAGGGGCUGAAAGGCAAAGAUGCCAGUCUUAACUGUGAGCUGAAAGGCUCUGCACCAUUUGAGAUAACAUGGUUUAAAGAUAAAAAACAGUUAAAGGAGAGCAGGAAGUAUAAAUUUGUUUCUGAGGGAUGUUCAGCAACUCUCCACAUUCUCGGACUGGAAGCAUCAGAUGCUGGAGAAUAUGAGUGCAAAGCAACAAAUAAUGUUGGAAGUGAUUUGUGCCAAGGCUCUGUAAAGCUACGAGAACCACCUGCAUUUGUGAAGAAAUUAUCCAAUACGACAGCCAUCUCUGGUGAGGAGGUAGUUUUGCUGACAACAGUCAAAGGCUCUCAGCCUAUGACUGUAUCUUGGGUUCAGGAUAAAGACCACAUACUCAGAGAUGGUGAAAACAGAAAAAUUACAUUUGAGAAUAAUGAGGUCACCUUGAAGGUCUUUAAAGCUGAUUCUACUACUGCUGGAAAGUAUACAUGUCAGCUAAAAAAUGAUGCUGGAGUAGCUGAAUGCACAGCGAACCUAACUGUCUUAGAACCUGCAGCAAUUGUGGAUAAGACAGAUUCAAUCAGUGUAACUGCUGGUGAAGCCGCAGCCUUAGAAUGCACUGUAUCUGGAACUCCAGAACUUAAACCAAAAUGGUUUAAGGAUGGUGUGGAGCUGUCUUCAGGGAAAAAAUACAAAAUUACCUUUUCAAAGAUGAUUUCCAGUCUUAAGUUAUUGUCAACAGAGAGGAGUGAUACUGGAGAAUACACUUUCAGUAUCAAGAAUGAAGUUGGCAGUGACAGCUGUGCAAUGCAGCUAACUGUUUUGGACAAAAUUGUCCCGCCUUUGUUCUCACGAAAAUUGAAAGAUACGCAGAGUAUUGUUGGAAAAUCUAUGGAAUUGGACUGUAAAGCUUCGGGGUCUGCACCUCUCACAAUCUCUUGGUUUCACAAUGAAGUGGAGAUCAUGAGUGGACCAAAUUAUGAGAUUACUUUCACUGAAAAUACCUGCACCCUGAAAGUGCCUACUCUGAAGCUUUCAGACUCGGGUACAUACAAAUGUAAAGCAGUGAACAGUGCAGGAGCAGCAGAGACAUCUGCUUCCUUAGUUGUUAAAGAACCACCCUCUUUUGUGACAACACCUCAACCAGUGGAAGCCCUUCCAGGCACAACUGUUACUUUUACAGCAACUGUUCAAGGAAGUACCCCAAUGAAACUGAAAUGGUUUAGAGGCAGUAAGGAAAUAGUGUCUGGAAGAAGCUGUGAGAUUGCGUUAAGAGGAGAUACUGCAAUUCUGGAGCUCCACAACAUUGACAAAUCUCAUGCUGGCGAGUACACUUGCCAGAUCAUUAAUGAUGCAGGGAAAGAAAACUGCCCUGUGAAUCUUUUUGUUAAAGAGGCUGCACACUUUGUCAAGAAGCUAAAGAACCUCUCAGUUGAAAUGGGCAAGUCACUGAUACUUGAAUGCACAUAUGCGGGGAGCCCAAAGAUUCUUGUGAAAUGGCAUAAAGAUGGCCAGGAGAUUUACUCUUCAUACAAGUACAACAUUACGACCACUGAGAGCUCCUGCAUACUAGAAUGUCUAAACAGCGAUAAAGAGGCUGCUGGGAAAUACACUUGUGAGGUUUCCAAUGAUGCUGGACACGACAUUUGUGAAGCAGCAGUGUCCAUAUUAGAACCACCUUUCUUUAUUGAGAGUUUGGAGCCUAUGGAGGUCACUGCUGGGGAUGCAGUUUGCCUGAAGUGCCAGAUUGGUGGCACUCCUGAAAUAAAAAUAUCAUGGUUCAAGGCAGACGGCAAAGUUCGUUCUUCUCCGACCUGCAAGAUGGAGUUCUUCAAAGGCAUCGCCUGCCUGAAACUAGCUAAAGUCGCUAAAUCUGACAUUGGUGAAUACACAUGUAAGGCAGAAAACAGCAUAGGAUCUGCCACUUCCAGCUGUCACUUAACUGUACAAGAUGUGAAAACACCCCCGUCUUUCCCCAAAAAGAUCACUAGCAUCAUGCAAAUUGAAGGACAGCCUGUCCAGUUUGAGUGUCGUGUUGCAGGAUCCUCUCCUAUGGAGGUCUCUUGGUUAAAAGAUGGUGAAGCUCUUAGGAGCGACUCAGAAUACACAAUGUCUUUUGAUGAUAACUCUGCUGUCCUAAACAUAGCCAAGGGUGAAAUGAGACAUUCUGGAGAAUACACUUGCGUUGCAACCAAUAGUGUUGGAAGUGCUUCUUGUAGAGCCAAACUUACACUUCAAGAGCCAAGAUAUCCACCUGUGUUUGAUAAAAAGCUCGUACCUGUGGACGUGUCAGUGGGCGAUACUGUCGAACUGGAAUGCCAUAUGACAGGAUCAAUGCCAAUAAAAGUCACUUGGUCCAAGGAUCACAAAGACAUCCGUACAGGGGGCAAUUAUAAGAUAUCAUGUGUGGAGAACACCCCCCAUUUGACUAUUUUGAAGGCUGAUAAGGCAGACUCUGGCCGUUAUUCAUGCCAUGCUAGUAAUGAUGUUGGAAAGGACUCUUGUUCCACUGAGGUUUCUGUGAAAGAACGCAAAAUUCCACCUAGUUUUACCAAAAAGCCUUCAACAACUAUUGAGGACAUUGAGGGCAAAGUGGUGAAGAUCGAGGGCCGUGUAGCUGGAUCACAGCCCCUGACUGUCAACUGGUAUAAAGAUGGGAGAGAAAUCUUCACUUCUGACUUUUAUGAUGUAACCUUCAAGAGCAGCCUGGCUGUCCUGUGCAUCAAAAAAUCUCAGCUGUCAGAUAGUGGCACGUAUGUGUGCAAAGCCACCAAUGAAGCUGGCACUGCCUCUUUUGAAGUGUCAGUUCACAUUACAGCACAAAAGGUUCCACCAAGCUUUGACUUGCCUCUUAAACCUGUGACUGUGAAUGAGGGUGAGACACUUACCCUCAGCUGCCAUGUACGUGGGUCUCCUCCUUUAAAGAUUCAGUGGAUGAAGGACAGGCGGGAGCUUUCUUCAUCUGCAAACACAAAGAUCACAUUUGUUGACGGCACUGCCACAUUGGAGAUGACCCGUGUGUCUAAAACAGAUAGCGGGGAUUAUCUUUGCAAAGCUACCAAUGAGGCUGGUAGUGAGUUCUGCAAGUCUAAAGUCACUAUCAAAGAUAAACCAGGUGCUCCUGCCCCAGCACAGGCGGCACCAUCACCACCACAAGAAGUUAAGAAAUUUGACAACUUGUUCUUCAUUGAGGUGCCAAAGAGUGUCCACAUCGUCGAGAAAGGUACAGCUACCUUCAUUGCUAAAGUUGGUGGUGAUCCCAUUCCCAAUGUGAAAUGGAUGAAGGGAAAAUGGAGGCAGAUGACUCACGGUGGCCGCAUCAGUAUUGAACAAAAGGGCCAAGAAGCCAAGAUGGAGAUCAAAGAGGUGACCAAAUCUGACUCUGGCCAGUAUAGAUGUGUCGCCUCCAACAAACAUGGAGAAAUUGAGUGCAGCACUGACUUGAAUGUUGAUGAGAAGAAAGAGACGACUGUAGAAAUGGUCAAACUGAAGAAGACACCAUCCAAGCAGAAAAGCCCUAAAGAGGAAAAGGAUAUUGACAUUGUUGAGUUGCUUAGAAAUGUUGAUCCCAAGGAGUAUGAGAAAUAUGCUCGCAUGUAUGGCAUCACAGAUUUCCGGGGUCUCCUACAAGCUAUCGAGUUUUUGAAGAAGGAAAAAGAACUAGAAAGUGGAAGACCGGAAGGGGAAAUUGUUGGAAGAGAGUCUGAAGAGGAUUUGGCUAAACUUGUUGCUGAUUUGCAAAAGAGGAUGGAACAAACUGAGCCUGUCACUGUGGCACGUGACAUCACAGACCAGACAACUACUGUUAAGAAGGAAGCUGUGUUUGAAUGUGAGAUCAAGAUUAACUACCCCGAAAUCACUCUGUCCUGGUAUAAAGGAACACAAAAACUUGACAGUGGCGACAAGUAUGACAUCAAAAUUGUGGGUGAUCGUCACAUUUUAAAAAUCAAGGACUGCCAGACAAGAGAUGAGGGAAAUUACCGUAUUGUGUGUGGCCCACAUAUCUCCAGUGCCAAACUGACAGUGUUGGAAGCUGAGGUGGAAAAGCCUAUGCAGGAUGUGGCUGGUAAGGAAGGCCAGACAUGUACAUUGACUUGCCAGUUGUCUGUACCUAAUGUAAAAACCCAGUGGUUUAGAAAUGGGAAGCUUUUAGAGCCUCACAGCAGAUAUACAUGUGCUGUGGCCAAUUACACUCAGAAGCUCUCAAUCAAAGAUGUUAGGCCAGAAGAUCAAGGAGAGUAUACCUGCAAAUAUAAAAAUCUUGAAACGACUGCCAAUCUUUGGAUCGAAGCUGAGCAAAUACAUUUCACCAAACGCAUCCAGAACAUUGUGGUGAGAGAACAUCAGUCCGCCACUUUUGAGUGUGAGGUGUCUUUCGACAAUGCAGUUGUAACAUGGUAUAAGGACACUUGGGAGCUUAAAGAGAGCCCCAAAUAUACAUUCCGAAGUGAAGGGCGACGCCACUUCAUGAUCAUCCGCAAUGUUUCCUCUGCCGAUGAAGGCGUGUACUCGGUCAUUGUCAGAUUGGAGCCCAGGGGUGAGGCUAAAAGUACAGCUGAGCUUUACCUGUCAGGCAAAGAAAUUGAAAUAGAAAGGGUUCCUUAUGACAUCCCAGAUACAUCAAUACAAGUGCCUGAGGCAGCUACAUUAACCAUUGAAGCGGAGUCUUCAAUGGAGUACUAUCAUUAUGAGGAAAAAAUGGAAACGCAAGAGUAUGUGAGCUGGGCAGAGGAGAGUGUUGUAGAGGAAAUAUCAUGCACAGCUCCAAGGGUCCCGAUCGAAGAGUCCGUCACUAGAAAAACCAUGGGAAUGAGAGAGGAGGCUCGAACCACAGAAUUCGAGGAACCUGAACCAUCUAAACCAGUGGAGCUAAUACCUGAAGUACCUGAGAAAGCCAAAAUUCCUGUGGAAGAAAUAGUUACUGCAGUUACAGUGCCAGAGCCAAUUGAACGCCCCUCAGCAAAAGUGCCACAGCCUCCUGUGGCUCCAGCACCUAAACCUGAAGAGCCUAAAGCUGUACCAGUAGCUGAGCCCAAACCAGAACCAAAGCCUAAACCUGAAAUUAAGCCAGAGCCUAAGGCUACGCCGGUGAAGAAACCUGAGUCACCUCCAUCCAAAGUUCUUGAAGAGGAAACAAAGCCAAAAACACCCAUCCAAGAACCACCAAAGAAAGUGCCAGCUAAACCUGUGGAAGCCAUUACAGUUCCAACUGAAGAACCUCCAAAGAAAGUUCUUGUAGAAGAAAAGAAACCAAAACCACCAGUCCAAGAACCACCAAAGACAUUGCCUACUAAACCUGAUGAAGCCAUUGCUGUUCCAAUUGCAGUACCUCCAAAGAAAGUUCUUGUGGAGGAAAAGAAACCAAAACCACCAAUUCAAGAACCCGCAAAGAAAUUGCCAGCUAAGCCUGAUGAAACCAUUGCAGUUCCCAUUGAAGAACCUCCAAAGAAAGUACUUGUGGACGAAAAGAAACCAAAACCACCCAUUCAAGAACCACUAAAGAAAUUGGCAACUAAGCCUGAUGAACCCAUUGCAGUUCCCAUUGAAGAACCUCCAAAAAAAGAUGUGGACGAAAAGAAACCAAAACCACCCGUUCAAGAACCACCAAAGAAAUUACCAGCUAAGCCUGCUGAACCCAUUGCAGUUCCCAUUGAAGAACCUUCAAAAAAAGUUCUUGUGGAGGAAAAGAGACCACAACCAAAAAUUCAAGAACCAACAAAGAAAUUAUCAACUAAGCCUGAUGAAACCCAUGCAGUUCCAACUGAAGAACCUCCCAAGAAAGUUCUUAUGGAAGAAAAGAAACCAAAACCAGCAAUACAAGAACCACCAAAGAAAGUGUCUGUGAAACCUGAGCAGGCCUUCACAAUAGAAGAACCUCCCAAAAAAGAACCUUCCAAGAAGCCAGGAGCCCCUCUGUUAUUGGCUACACAGAGAGAAGAUUUGGUUGAGGAAAAACGGCCUAAAAAAGAGACUGUUGCUAUGCCUAAAAAGCAGGAAAUUGUUUCCCAAAUGGAAGAAAUGGAACCUCAAAAGAAAGAUGUUCCACUAUUUCCUAAAAAGGAUGAGAAAAGUUUACCUGAAAAGAAAGAUGUACAUCUUACAAAGGAUGAGGAAAUUGUUCCUCCAAAGAAAAAGGCAACAAUUCCUGAUAAAAAGGAUGAGGCAGGUGUACCUAAAAAGAAAGAUGUUUCUCCUAGAAAGGAUGAGAAAAUUAUUCCUCUAAAAACGGACAUCACACUUCCUUCUAAAAAGGAUGAGCCAAUUGAAUAUAUAAAGAAAGAUGUUGUUAUUCCUGCUAAACAGAAAGAUAAAAUUGUUCCUCAAAAGAAAGAGGUCACUCCUCUUUCUAAAAAGGAUGAGGCAACUGCACCUAAAAAGACAGAAAUGCUUCCUCCUGCUAAACAGGAUGAGGAAAUUUUUCCUCAAAAGAAAGAAGUUGCUCUUCCUUCUAAAAAGGAUGAAGCAGUUGAAUCUAAAAAGAAAGAUGUUUAUUUUUCUGCUAAACAGGAUGAGGAAAUAAUACCUAAAAAGACAGAGGUUCUUCUUCCUCCUAAAAAGGAGGAGGCAAUUGAACAUAAAAAGAAAGACGUUUCUUAUCCUCGUAGAAAGGAUGAAGAGCAUGAACCUAUAAAGAAAGAGGGUCCUCUUCCUUCAAAUAAGGAGGAAAUUGUAAAUCAAAAGAAAGAUGUUCCUUUUCCCACUAAACAGAGCGAUGAACUGUUGCUUAGAAAGAAAGAUGUUCCACCUUCUCCUAAAAAGGAUGACAUAGUACCUCAAAAGAUUCCUAAACAAGAUAUAUCUCAGACUAAGCCUCAUAUGAAAGAGAUGAUUCCCACACAAAUUCCAGAGAAGACAGAAGAAAAAGAAACUUUCUCCGUACAAGUAGUUACACGUCUACAGAAGGAAGUGGUACUUGCUGCAGAAAUUCUUUCAGAAAAAGAAGAAACGGAAGAAAUUUUCCUUAAAGAAGAAAUUAAACAUCUUCAAAAGGAAGCUUCUCUUAAACCAAAGCUGGAAGAAAAAGAAGAUAUAUUGCCUAAAAAGAAGGAAGUAAUUGCCAUGACUAAAAAAGAGGAGGUCAUAAUGCCCAAAAAGAAAGAAAUUCCUCUUCUUGCUAAAAAGGAUGAAGUACCCCAAAAGAAAGAGGUGACCCCUACAAAAGUGGCAGAACCAGAGAGGAAACCAUCUCCUGAUAAGAUACCAGAGACACCUGUUUCUGUGAAAGAAGUUGCACCCCCAAAAGUUGAAAAGAAACCAUCUCCAGAACCUGAAAGAAAGAAAGAACCUUUGCCAGAGCCUAAGGCAAAGACGGUUUCACCAGAAGUUAAAGAGGUCGAUAAGAAAGCUGAAGAUAAACUCAUCUCAAAACCCAAGGAAGAGAAGACAAUUCCAACAAAAGUACCUACACCUAAAGAACCAGAGAAACCAAAACCUGCUUCAAAAGAAGAACCAGUACCAAUUGUCCUACCAGCGGAAGAUGGUGAGAAGGAACCAGUUUCUGCACCUGGAGCAGUGAAGAAAGGCAAAGUUCUUAAAAUUAAGGAAGAAGAAGGAAGAUUUGAAAUUCCCACAUUGAAAAAAGCUAAAAGAUUAUCUAAAGAUAAAGACGAAGAUCCAGAAAUGGUAAAACUGAAAAAAGUUCUCAAACCAGAAGAAGAGGAAUAUAAGGAAAGUCCAAAAGUGUAUGCUGAGGCUCGCAGAGAAGUUGUGAUAACUGAAAGUUAUGAGGCAGAAAUGCAUUUCGAGACUUAUGAAGCUACCAAGAGGGAUGUGAAAAUUCAGCCUGAGAUUGACAAAAAGAGAUCUGCCGAACCUGACCGAGCACCACCUGAGAUAAAACCAGAAAGUGAAGUAGAAGACAAAGCAAAGAAAACAGCAGUUGCGAGGGUUCCAAAAAAAGUCACACCAGAGGAGCCUGGCUUAGCACUAAAAAAGGUUAAAAAGUUACCAUUAGACACAGGAGAACCUGAAUCUGUCAAAUUAAAGCCGUUUGAAAAACCUGUGAAAACGCAUCCUGAAACCGAGAAAGACACCAAAAAAGACGAAAAAGGAAGGGAACCUGCAACUUUUGACAAAAGUAGGGAACCGAUUACUUUUCAGAAAGGAGAGCUGCCUUUAAAGGAUGAGAAGACAAAGGAACCAGAUGUGCCUGUGAAAAAAGAAAAGCCUUCUAUUCCUGACAAAAAGGAGCCAGAUGAAGUCGCUGUUAAAGCUGUAACCAGACCUGCAAAAGAUGAAGUCCCUACAGAGCCUAAAGAGAAAUUAGUUAAGGGUAAAGGAAAGAUUCCAUCUAAAGACCAGGACCCUGAGAAAGUUCAACUAAAACCUUUUACGAAGAAGCCUUCAGCUGGAUCACCUAAAGAAAAGGAGGCCGCAGAGCCAAAAGACAGAAAACCAAUUGAGUUGUCACCGCUAAGUAGGGCACCAAAAGAUGAUAUUAAAAAAGAGCCAAGUAUUCCAACCAAAAAAAUUGACAGUCAAGAAACUCCAGACAAAGCUAAAGAGGUUGAGAAGAUUUCAACUCCAGUCCCUGUAGAAGACAAAACGACACCUCCUAAAAAGGUUACCCCGGUAAAGAAGAUUACACCCAAGGAAGAUGAGAAGAAGCCUAUUGUUAUCAAAAAAGGUGUUUUACCCAAGGAGGCUGAGGAGAAAGAAGAAAUAAAACUAAAACCAGUUGAACGUACAAAGAGUGGAAUAGAGCCUGAAAAGAUUCCUUCACCCAAGGUUGAGAAAACAAAGCCAGCUGAAUCAGUUCCUGUACAGAGGAAACCUAUUGAUGAUUUAACAAAAACACCAAAGACAAUUUCACCAAAAGACUCAACUGAAGCAGUUAUCUUGAAAAAAGUACCGCAUAAGAUUUCACCCAAGCAGGAAAAAUCUGAGGAAACUCCUCAGAUUUCUGGAGACGACAAGAUACCAGUCCUGAAGGAGCUAUCUCCGGGAGCUGUAGAGUUAAGAAAAGUCUCAACUCAGUUUGAGGAAGAAGUAUUUGAAGAAGAGUUUGAAUAUGAAGCUGAAUAUGAAGAUGAAGAAGAAGAAGCAUGGGGAUGGGAGCUUGCUUCUCGAGACAGUUAUGGUUCAGAGGGCUCUGAAGAACAAUAUUUGGAGGAAGGGGCACUUGAGACUCCUGGAAUGCCAGGGGGUAGACGAGAGGGAAAGCCCAAAGAGGAAGCUGGAAGAGGCAGAGGCUUGAAACCAAAACAAACUCCUUCUCCUGGUGAAGGUGGAAAGGGUAGAGGGCUGAAGCCUGGCGCUGGUGGUGACAAACCUCCAGGAGAUUCACCAUUUGGUUUCCAGCUCAAAGCUGUCCCCUUGAAGUUUGUGAAGGAGCUCAAAGAUAUUGUGUUGCAGGAGGCUGAGUCGAUUGGCUCCUCUGCUGUAUUUGAGUGCCAGAUCUCUCCGUCUACUGCUAUCACCACCUGGAUGAAAGAUGGAAGCAAUCUAAGGGAGAGUCCAAAGCACAAAUUCACAUCUGAUGGCAAAGAUCGCAAGCUGCAAAUCAUUGAUGUACAGCUUUCAGACACUGGAGAGUACACGUGUGUUGCAAAGCUUGGCAACAAGGAGAAGACCUCAACUGCUAAGCUUAUUGUUGAAGAAUUACCAGUGAAAUUUACUAAGACUCUGGAGGAGGAAAUGUCUGUGAUUAAGGGACAGCCGAUGUACUUAACCUGUGAGUUGAGCAAGGACAGAGAUGUGGUCUGGAAGAAGAACGGAAAAGAGCUCAAGCAAAUUGCUGGCAAAGUUCAAGUCAAUGUUAUUGGACUGCAGCGAUCAGCAACGAUCCAGGACACCAAUGAUGAUGAUGCUGGUGUUUAUACCUGCGAGUGCGAAGACAUCAAAACACAAGCCAAUGUCAAAAUUAUAGAAAUAAUCAGAGAUUGGUUGACAAAACCUUUGAGGGACCAGCAUGUAAAACCAAAAGCUACCGCCACAUUCAAAUGUGAACUCUACAAGGACACUCCCAACUGGAAGUGGUUCAAGGGAGAUGAAGAAAUUCCCACUGACCCUACGAACAAGACUGAUGUCAAAAAAGAUGGCAAAGAGAUCACACUUACAGUCAAGAAUGCUCAACCUGAUGAUAUUGGAGAGUAUGCCAUAGAAGUUGAGGGCCGCAGAUAUACAGCAAAACUCACUCUCGGAGAGCGUGAAGCUGAGAUUCUGAAGCCUCUUGCUAGUGUGGAGGUGGUUGAGAAAGGAGAAGCCAACUUUGAUACUGAAAUUUCAGAAGAUGAUAUUCCUGGAGAAUGGAAACUUAGAGGGCAGGUUCUGACAAGAUCACCGACAUGUGACAUCAGAGCUGAGGGAAAUAAAAGAUUCCUUACUUUGAAAAAUGUUCAACUUGACCAGGCUGGAGAGGUUUCUUACCAAGCUUUGAAUGCCGUGACCAGUGCAAUGCUAACAGUCAAAGAAAUUGAAAUGGACUUCACAGUCCCAUUGAGGGAUGUUACUGUGCAUGAAAAGAAACAGGCUAAGUUUGAGUGCACGAUCACGAAAGAUGUGCCAAAAGUAUUGUGGUUGAGAGGAUCUGAUAUUGUAACAUCAGACCAAAAAUAUGAUAUCAUUGAUGAUGGAAAGAAACACAUGUUGGUCAUAAACCACUGUGAAUUUGAGGAUGAGGGAGAAUAUACUAUUGAGGUGUUGGGUAAAACAUCAACAGCCAAACUGACAGUUGAGGGUAUGCGGCUGAAAUUCGUCUCACCAAUAUCGGAUCAAACUGUAAAGGAAGGUAAAACGGCUCGGUUUGAGCUUGAACUAUCUCAUGAUAGUGUACCGGUGACAUGGUACAAAAAUGAAACAAAACUGCAUCCGAGCAGAACUGUACUUACGCAUGUUGAUGGAAAGAAACAUAUAUUAGAAAUCAAGGAUGUCACUCUAGAUGAUACUUGCCAAAUAAAAGCAGAAGCUAAAGGAAUGUCGACAACAGCAAACUUGACGGUGCUAGAGGGAGAUGCCUGCUUCACAGUUAAACUACAAGAUUACACUGCAGUUGAGAAAGAUGAAGUCAUUCUUGACUGCGAGUUAAGCAAAGACGUACCUGUGAAGUGGUUCCACAAUGAGACUGAAAUUAAAGCCUCCAAGAUGGUUGCCAUAAAAGUUGAAGGAAAACGAAGAAUCCUAAACAUCAAGAAGGUUGAGGACAAAGACAAAGGUUUAUAUGUUUGCGACUGUGGAACAGACAAGACUUCAUCCACACUGAACAUUGAAGCCCGUGAUAUCAAAGUGGUGCGACCAAUGUAUGGUGUUGAGCUCUUUGAUGGUGAGACGGCCCGAUUUGAAGUGGAAAUUUCUGAAGAUGAUGUCCAUGGCCAAUGGAAACUGCAAGGAGAAGUUCUCUCUCCAUCACCUGAUGUUGAAAUCAUCGAAGAUGGUGCCAAACACACCUUAACUUUGUACAACUGCAAAGUGUCCCAGUCUGGAGAGGUUUCCUUCCAGGGUGCCAAUGCAAAAUGUUCUGCAAAUCUAAAAGUGAAAGAGCUUCCAAUUUCAUUUGUAACACCUCUUGCUGAUGUGCAUGUAUAUGAGAAGGAUGAAGCACGGUUUGAGUGUGAAAUCUCAAGACAAGCGAAGAGCUUCCGCUGGUUGAAAGGAUCUCAAGAGAUUAAGACUGAUGAUAAAUUUGAGGUACUUCAGGAGGGCAAGAGACACAUUCUGGUAGUUAAAGCUGCUGCCUAUGAAGAUGAAGCGAAGUACAUGUUUGAAGCUGAGGACAACAGAACAUCUGCCAAACUUGUUAUCCAGGGAAUUCGUCUGGAAUUUGUCAGACCCAUUAAAGAUGUCACUGUUAAAGAGCGUGAAACUGCAGAGUUCAGCAUUGAACUCUCACACGAGAAGGUUCAAGUCACCUGGUACAAGAACGAUGUUCGUCUGCAUCCAAGCAAAGUGGUCCACAUGUCUGAGGAUGGCAAGAUUCAUACUCUGUCCUUCAAAGAGGUGUCUAUUGACGACACAUCUCUCAUUAAAGUUGAGGCUCUCGGAAAAACCUGUGAGGCAAUGCUCACUGUACUUGAGGGAGAACCUUACUUUACCACCAAGUUGCAGGACUACACCGCAGUCGAGAAGGAUGAGGUUGUCCUGAUGUGUGAAGUGAGCAAAUCAUCUGCUCAGGUGAAAUGGUUCAAAGAUGGCAAUGAAAUCACUCCCUCCAAGAACGUCCUCAUCAAGGCUGAUGGAAAGAAACGCAUCCUGACAGUAAAGAAGGCAGAAAAGGGAAACAUUGGCGAAUAUGUGUGUGACUGUGGCUCUGACAAAACCGCAGCCAAACUUAACAUCGAAGAACGUGAUAUUAAGAUUGUCCGUCCACUGUACAGUGUGGAGGUCACAGAGACAGAGACUGCUCGCUUUGAGACUGAAAUCUCUGAGGAAGAUGUUCACGGUCACUGGAAACUCAAAGGAGACGCCCUGCACCAAUCACCUGACUGUGAAAUUAAGGAGGAAGGCACCAAACACAUGCUUAUCCUUUACAAUGUUCGCAUGGACAUGGCUGGUGCUGUGGACUUCAGUGCUGCUAAUGCUAAAUCCAAAGCUCAGCUCAGAGUUAAAGCACGAGUGAUAGGCCUCUUGAGGCCUCUCAAGGAUGUAACGGUGACAGCGGGAGAAACUGCAACCUUUGACUGCGAACUGUCUUAUGAGGGCAUACCUGUGGAAUGGUUCCUAGGGGGUACAAAGCUGGAACCAAGUGACAGAGUGGUGACCCGGGCUGAAGGCAGAUCUCACACGCUAACCCUUAGGGAUGUAAAGCUGACAGAGGCCGGGGAAGUAAAACUCACCGCUAAGGACUUCCUGACACAGGCUCAGCUCAUUGUAAAUGAACCACCAGUUGAAUUCACCAAACCUUUGGAGGACCAGACUGUAGAGGAAGAAGCCACUGCUGAAUUGGAGUGUGAAGUCUCCAAAGAGAAAGCAGAGGUCAGGUGGUUUAGAGAUGGACAAGAAAUUCGCAAAACCAAGAAGUAUGACAUGGUCGCUGAUGGCUGUAAAAGAAAACUCGUUAUUCAUGACUGCACACUUGACGACUCUAAGACGUACACCUGUGAUGCUAAGCAUUUCAAGACUUCAGCCUUCUUAAAUGUUGAGCCUCCAUAUGUUGAGUUCACAAAGCCACUCCAUGAUGUUGAGGUCAAAGAGAAGGAAUCUGCCAGAUUUGAAUGUGAAGUGUCUCGUGAGAGUGCAAAGGUUCGCUGGUUCAGAGAUGGCAAUGAAAUCAGAAAAGGCAAGAAAUACGAGAUGAUUUCUGAAGGAGUAAAACGCAUUCUCAUCAUAAGCAAGUCUGUCUUUGAUGAUGAAGCAGAAUAUGAAUGUGAUGCCAGGACCUCCAAAAGCUCUGGCAUGUUGACUGUCGUUGAGGAGGAGGCUAGAUUCACAAAGAACUUGGCUAACAUUGAAGGCACUGAAACCGACAGUGUUAAACUGAUUUGUGAGGUUUCCAAACCCAGUGCAGAGGUUACAUGGUACAAAGGUGACCAAGAAUUGCCUGAAGUUGGUAGAUAUGAGCAUAUUACAGAUGGCAAAAAGAGAAUCCUCAUUAUUAAGGGUCUCCGUAUGGAUGAUGCUGGAGAGUACCACUGUAAACUGCCCACCUCACAAACCACAGGAAACCUGAGGAUUAAUGAACUUGCCGCUGAGUUCAUUGCCAGGCCUCAAAACCAAGAGGUGGUUGAAGGUGAAAAGGCACAAUUUGUGUGCUCUGUCUCCAAAGACACAUAUGAAGUAAAAUGGCUUAAAGGGAAUACAGAACUUCAAUCGGAUGACAAGUAUGAAAUUAUUUCUGAGGGCAAAAAGAGAGUUCUUAUUGUCAAAAACUGUGAACUCAAAGAUGAGGGAGGCUUUGUAGUCCUCAUUGGAACCACAAGAGCUUCAGCUGAUUUGACUGUUCUUGAAAAGCUGAGGAUUAUCACUCCUCUCAAAGACACAAAGGCAAAUGAAGGGCAAGAGACUGUCCUCAAUUGUGAAGUUAACACUGAAGGGGCCAAGGCCAAAUGGCUAAAGAAUAAUGAGACAUUAUUCGAAAGCAGCAAGUUCAUCAUGGUUCAGAAGGACAAUGUAUUCUCUCUGAGAAUCAAAGAUACCCAAAAGUCAGAUGAGGCAAACUACACAAUUACACUGACCAACCAGCGUGCUGAACAAGCCAAGAGCUCUGCCAACAUCACUGUGCAUGAGGAAGAUCUUAGAAUUGUUGUUCCACCUGAGGAUGUUGACACGCAGGAGAAAAAGGCCAUCAGUUUCACAUGCAAGGUGAAUAGACAAAACGUAACUGUACAGUGGAUGAAAGCAGGCCAGGAAAUCACUCUUAGCAAGAGAAUUCUGUAUCGCGUGGACAAGGAAAAGCACACUUUGACAAUCAAAGACUGCAGCCUUGCAGAUGAAGGUGAAUACACUGUAAUUGCUGGUCCUGACAAGGCCACAGCCGAACUGAUCAUCAGUGAAGCUCCCACUGACUUCACCGCUCAACUCAGUGACCAAACCAUCACUGAAUUUGAGGAUGCUGAAUUCAGUUGUGAACUUACUAAAGAGAAGGCUGAUAUCAAAUGGUACAGAGAUGGCAGGGAGAUCCGAGAAGGGCCCAGGUACCAAUUUGAGAGAGAUGGCAAAACAUGCAGACUGCGUAUAAAGGAGUGCAGACCAGAUGAUGAGUGUGAAUAUGCAUGUGGUGUAGAUGACAAGAGAACCAGAGCUCGUCUCUUUGUCGAGGAGACCCCGGUGGAGAUUGUUAGACCACCCACAGAUGUGUUUGAGCCACCAGGCUCAGAUGUUGUAUACGAAGUUGAGCUCAACAAAGACAGAGUUGAGGUCAAAUGGCUGAGGAACAACAUGACCAUUGUUCAAGGUGAUAAGUACCAGAUGAUGAGCGAGGGUAAGAUUCACAGGCUUCAAGUGUGUGAAAUUAGGCCACGUGAUCAAGGCGAGUACAGAGUCAUUGCCAAGGACAAAGAUGCUAGAGCAAAACUUGAGCUUGCUGCUGUACCAACAAUUAAAACAUUGGAUCAAGAUCUGGUGACAGAUGCUGGAAAGCCUUUUGUUAUGGGGGUUCCAUACAAUGCUUACCCCCUUGCAGAGGCUGAGUGGUUCUACAAUGACAUAAGUCUUCCAAAAGACAAUAUUCACACCUCUAUUGAUAGGACAGAAUACAGGCUUAAGGACCCUAAGAAAUCAGAAGAGGGACGCUAUAAGAUCAUCGUCCAGAACAAACAUGGAAAAGGAGAGGCUUUCAUAAACCUCAAAGUUAUCGAUGUACCUGGGCCUGUGAAGAACCUUCAGGUUGUUGACACUGCUGAUGGUGAGAUCAGCAUUGCUUGGGAGGAGCCAGAAAGUGAUGGCGGCAGCAAGAUCUUGGCUUAUGUGGUAGAGAGACGUGAUGUUAAACGCAAGACGUGGACUCUGGCCACUGACUGUGCCGACAGCACAGAAUACACUGUAACUGGCUUGCAGAGAGACUCCAAGUACCUGUUCCGUGUCUGUGCACGCAACCGAGUUGGAAGUGGACCUAAUGUUGAGACAGACAAAGCUGUUCAAGCAAAGAAUAAAUUUGAUGUUCCUGAUGCACCACAGAAUGUUAUUGUUGGAAAUGUCAACAAGUUUGGUGCUACAGUUUCUUGGGAACCACCACUGUUCGAUGGUGGAUCUGAAAUCACAUCAUACAUUAUUGAACUUCGUGACAGAACCUCUGUGGUCUGGGCUCCAGUUAUGGUGACCAAGCCACAUGAACGUUCAGCCAUCAUUAAUGAUGUUAUUGAAAACAAAGAGUACAUCUUCCGUGUUAAGGCUGAGAACAAGGCUGGAAUUGGGAAACCAAGUGCUGCUACUAACCCAGUGAAGAUCAUGGACCCCAUUGAGAGGCCGAGCCCUCCCCUAAAUCUGACCCAUUCUGAGCAGACUAAGGACUCCUGUUUGUUGACAUGGGAGACUCCCUUAAAAAAUGGAGGCACAGCUAUCACUGGCUACAUCAUUGAAAGAUGUGAAGAAGGUACAGACAAGUGGCUCAGGUGUAAUGCCAGGCUUUGUCCAGACCUGCUCUACAGGAUGUCAGGCCUGAAGUUUGGGAAAAAAUACAGCUAUAGAGUAAUUGCUGAGAAUGCAGCAGGGCAGUCUGACCCCUCAAACAUAGUUGGACCUGUGCUGGCAGAUGAUCCACACUAUGCACCUACUCUUGACUUGAGUGCUUUUAAGGAUGGUCUGGAGGUUUUUGUCCCCAACCCUCUCUCAAUCCGCGUCCCUAUCACUGGGUACCCAGUUCCAACUGCAAAGUGGACGUUUGGCGAAAAUGCACUGACAGCUGGUGAUCGUGUAUCUAUGGUCACAAAGUCAACCUUCACAGAGCUUGUUAUAACCCCAAGUGUGCGUGCUGACAAAGGAACAUACUCUUUGACCCUGGAAAAUGAUGUGGCCAGUGUCUCAGGAGAGAUUGAAGUUAAUGUCAUUGCAUCUCCAAGUGCACCCAAAGACUUAAAGGUUGCAGAAGUAACCAGAAAGCAUGUCCACUUGAUGUGGGAGGCACCUGAACAUGACGGAGGCAGUCCUAUUACUGGCUACCAGGUUGAGAAGCGUGAAGUGUCCAGGAAGACAUGGGUGAAAGUGAUGUCUGGUUUGCAAGACCAGGAAUAUACAGUCACAGAUGUGGUUGAGGGCAAGGAAUACUUGUUUAGAGUAAUUGCCUGCAACAAAUGUGGACCAGGUGAACCUGCCUACAUUGAGGAUCCAGUGAAUGUGUCUUCACCUGCAACUGUACCAGACCCACCAGAAAAUCUUAAAUGGAGAGACAAGUCUGCUAGCAAAAUCUUCUUGUCAUGGGAGCCACCCAAGUGGGAUGGUGGAACUCCUAUCAAAGGUUAUAUUGUUGACAAAUGUCAACGAGGCACUGACAAGUGGGAGCCAUGUGGAGACCCUAUGCCUGAGCUUAAGUUCGAAGUCACUGGUCUCAUUGAAGGACAGUGGUAUGCUUAUCGUGUGCGGGCUUUGAACAAACUGGGUGCUAGUAAGCCUUGCAAGUCAACAGAUGAGAUCUUGGCUGUUGAUCCUAAAGAGCCUCCUGAGAUUCAGCUGGAUGCAAAACUGCUAGCUGGUCUGACUGCUAAAGCUGGCACAAAGAUUGAACUUCCAGCUGACAUCACUGGUAAACCAGAGCCUAAAGUCAAAUGGACCAAGGCUGACCUAGUCCUUAAGCCAGAUGACAGAAUCACCAUUGAUACAAAGCCUGGCCAUUCAACUUUGUCCAUCGCUAAGACCAAGAGGGAUGACACAGCCACGUAUAUCAUUGAGGCAGUCAACAGCAGUGGCCGUGCAACUGCAACUGUGGAUGUCAACAUUUUAGAUAAGCCUGGUCCUCCAGCUGCCUUUGACAUCUCUGAAAUUACCAAUGAGUCCUGCGUGUUGGCUUGGAAUCCUCCAAGAGAUGAUGGUGGGUCAAAGGUGACCAACUAUAUUGUUGAGAGGAAAGCUGUAGACAGUGAAAUCUGGUACAAGCUGUCCUCCACUGUGAAGCAGACCACCUACAAGGCCACCAAGCUUGUGGCUUUCAAGGAGUACAUCUUUAGGGUGUAUGCUGAAAAUCAGUUUGGCAUUGGUGCCCCAGCUGAACAUGCCCCAAUAAUUGCCAGAUACCCUUUCGAUACCCCUGGUCCUCCAUACAAAUUGGAACCAUCGGAUAUUGCAAAGGAUGCCGUAACUCUGUCCUGGUAUGAGCCUGAUGAGGAUGGUGGAAGUCCUAUUACUGGAUAUUGGGUAGAAAGAUAUGAGCCUGACCAUGACAAAUGGAUCAGAUGCAACAAGUUGCCUAUCAGGGAUACAAACUUUCGAGUGAAAGGACUACCCACAAGAAAGAAGUACAAGUUCCGUGUUUUGGCAGAGAAUCUUGCUGGACCUGGAAAACCAAGCAAAGAGACAGACCAAAUUUUGAUUAAAGAUCCAAUUGAUCCCCCAUGGGCUCCUGGGAAGCCCACUGUUAAGGAUGUAGCCAAAACCUCUGCUUUCCUGCAAUGGACAAAGCCUGAACAUGAUGGUGGUGCAAAGAUCGAGUCUUACAUUGUUGAGCUCCUCAAGAGUGGAACUGAUGAGUGGGUCCGUGUAGCUGAUAAUAUCCCCUCUCUUGAGCACUUCCUGAAGGGAUUGAUGGAAAAGCAAGAGUACUCAUUCCGUGUCAGAGCUGUCAACGUAGCAGGCGAGAGUGAACCCAGUGAACCAAGUGAUCCAGUGCUCUGCAAGGAGAGACUCAAUCCUCCAUCACCACCAAGAUGGCUUCUAGUAGUUUCUAGUAGCAGGAACAGCGCUGAACUGAAAUGGACUGCACCUGAGAGAGAUGGUGGCUCUCCUAUCACAAACUACAUUGUUGAGAAGAGAGAUGUCAGGCGCAAAGGCUGGCAGGCUGUGGACACCACAGUGAAGGAGCUGAAGUACACUGUCACCCCACUAAAUGAAGGAUCUCUAUAUGUGUUCCGUGUUGCUGCUGAAAAUGCUGUAGGGCCGAGUGAAUUUUGUGAACUUGAAGACUCUGUUCUUGCCAAGGAUACUUUCGGUACCCCUGGACCUCCAUAUAAUCUGACUAUCACUGAAGUUUCCAAGACUCAUGUUGAUCUGAAAUGGGAAGCACCUCAGAAUGAUGGUGGAAGACCUGUUUUGAGAUAUGUCAUUGAGAAGAAGGAGAAACUUGGUACCCGUUGGGUGAAAUCUGGAAAGACUUCGGGUCCUGACUGCCAUUACAGAGUGACUGAUGUAAUUGAGGGCACUGAAGUGCAGUUCCAGGUCUCUGCUGAAAACGAGGCUGGAGUUGGUCACCCAAGUGAACCUACUGACAUUGUAGUCAUUGAGGAUCCAACAGGCCCACCAUCACCACCACAGGAAUUGCAUAUCACAGAGGCAGCAAGAGAUCAUAUCUGUAUUGCCUGGAAGGCACCAGAAAAGAAUGGAGGAAGUCCCAUUAUUGGUUACCAUAUUGAACUAUGCGAGGCUGGAACAGAGAAGUGGAUGAGAGUCAACUCUCGUCCUGUCAAAGAGUUAAAAUACAGAGCAGGAGAUGAAGAGGGAAUUGUUCCUGAAAAGGAGUAUACCUUCAGAGUUCGUGCUGUUAACUCUGUGGGUGCCAGUGAGCCCUCUGACAUUUCUGAGAAUGUAUUUGCCAUAGACUCUGACUGUAGCCCAACACUAGACUUCCAGACCAAGGAUCUUGUUGUUGUAGAAGGUGAAAAGAUGCACCUCCCAAUUCCAUUUAGGGCUGUGCCAUCACCUAAGAUUACAUGGCACAAAGAUGGAAAUGAAAUGAAGGCUGAUGACAGAACCUUCUUCAGAGCUGAGUACACAUCCUGCCAUCUGGAAGUUCCAAGCUGCUUACACGCUGAUGCUGGCCAAUACAAAGUUACCUUGGAAAACAGAAAUGGUGCCACUAGUGGAACGAUCAAUGUUAAAGUUAUUGGUCUUCCUGGACCAUGUAAAGAUAUUGUUGCUAGUGAAAUUACCAAGAGCUCCUGCAAGGUGUCCUGGGAACCUCCAGACUAUGAUGGUGGUAGCCCUAUUCUCCACUACGUGCUGCAACGCAGAGAAGCAGGCAGGAGAACCUAUGUCAAAGUUAUGUCUGGCGAAAACAAAUUGAGUUGGCCUGUAAAGGAUCUCAUUCAGAAUGGAGAGUACUACUUCCGUGUCAGAGCUGUCAACAAGAUUGGUGGUGGUGAAUUUAUUGAGCUUCGCAACCCUGUAAUUGCAGAAGAUCAGAAACAACGUCCUGAUCCACCAGUUGAUGUGGAAACCCAUAACCCAACAUCUGAGAGUGUUACCCUUACUUGGAAGCCUCCCAUGUAUGAUGGUGGAAGCAAAAUUAUGGGUUACAUUCUUGAGAAGAUGAUGAAAGGGGAAGAGAACUUCCAGAGAUGCAAUGACUUCCUUGUGCCGGUGUUGUCUUAUACUGUUAAGGGGUUGACACAUGAAAAACAAUAUCAGUUCCGGGUUCGUGCAGAGAAUGCAGCUGGUGUCAGUGAUCCUUCUCGCAGCACACCUUUGAUCAAAGCCACAGAUGCAACUGAUCGUCCUAAGGUAUUCCUUAGCGGUAGUCUACAAUCAGGCUUGGCUGUGAAACGAGGUGAAGAAAUCAGAUUGGAUGCCAACAUCUCUGGAUUUCCCUACCCCCAAAUUACAUGGAUGAGGAACAAUGCAACAAUUUGGCCAGAACCACUAAAGAAGAGGCCAGAAAGGCCCAUUAAGAAGAAGAAGGAAAAGGAGGAAAAGAAGGAGGAGGGAGCAGAAAAGAAAGAGGCAGAUGCAGAAAAGAAGGAGGAAGACAAAGAGGCAAAGGAGGAGGACAAAGAAAAGAAAGAGGAAAAGAAGGAGGAAGAAAAGGAAAAAGAAAAGGAGGUGGAGGAACCCGAAGAGCCUGAAGAAGAAUACCAUCCAAGCUUAAAUGAACGUCUUACCAUUGAAUCAAAGAGAAAGGGUGAAUCCUAUAUUAUUAUAAAAGAUACUAUCAGAGGCGAUCAUGGUGUUUUCACAAUAAAAGUGGAAAAUGAUCAUGGAACUGCCUCUGCCUCCUGUGAAGUUAAUAUCCUUGAUACUCCUGGACCUCCAGUAAAUUUCAAAUUUGAAGAGAUAAGGAAGAACUCCAUCCUCUGUAAGUGGGAUCCUCCUCUGGAUGAUGGUGGUAGUGAAAUCCUUAACUACAUAUUGGAGAGAAAAGAUAACUCCAAGGCUGAGCUUGGAUGGAUCACUGUAACAUCCAUCCUUAGAGGAUGUAAAUUUCUUGUGCCAAAACUUAUUGAGGGCAAAGAGUACCUCUUCCGUGUCACUGCAGAAAACAAAUAUGGUCCUGGAAAACCAUGCAUCACCAAACCAGUCAUUGCAAGGAAUCCAUUCGAUCCUCCAGAUGCACCGGAGAAACCUGAAAUUAAGGAUGUCACUGCCAGCAGCAUGUGUGUUACCUGGUUAGAACCCAAUGACAAUGGCAGCGCCAUUGAGGGAUACUGGGUAGAGAAACGAGAAAUCAACAGCACACACUGGGCAAGAGUCAACCGCACUAUGGUUCCUGACUUGGAAAUAAAUGUUGAAGGCCUUCUUGAAGGUCUGACAUAUAUUUUCAGAGUAUGUGCAGAAAAUAUAGCUGGACCUGGAAAGUUCAGCCCCCCGUCAGAACCAAAAACAGCACAGGCACCAAUCAUGCCUCCUGGUCCACCAAUUCCAAGAAUUGUUGACACCUCAGACUAUUCAAUUGACAUUGAAUGGGAUCCUCCUGCGGACAAUGGUGGCGCAGAGGUCUUUGGUUAUCAUGUUGACAAACUUGUUGCUGGUACCAAGGACUGGUCACGGGCUACAGAGAGACCUCACAAAACCCGCACAUUUACUGUAUAUGGUGUUAGAGAAGGGGCUAAAUACAUAGUCCGUGUUGUGGCAAUCAAUUGUGCUGGUGAAGGAGAACCUGGUUUGACUGAUGCAGUAAUUGUGAGAAACCCUGCAGAGGUUCCAGUCAUCGAGCUUGAUAUCUCUGUGAGAAAUGGUGUUGUCGUUAGAGCUGGAGAAAUGCUGAGAAUUCCAGCACAUGUGACUGGUAGACCCCCUCCAUCUUUGAAAUGGACAAAGGAUGAUGGUGACUUAGAAAAAGAUCGUAUGGAGGUUGAAGAAGCUGGACAGGACAGCACCGUUGUCAUUAAAACCACAAAGAGAAGUGACCAUGGCAAAUACCAAAUCCAAGCAGCAAAUCCAAGUGGUAUUAAAUCUGCAUGGACCAGGGUUGAAGUCAUGGAUGUUCCUGGACCAGUUCUUGACCUGAAACCUGUUGUGGUUACCAGGAAACUUAUGAUGUUAAAUUGGUCAGAUCCUGACGAUGAUGGUGGUAGUGAUGUGACAGGGUUUAUCAUUGAAAGGAGGGAACCAAAGAUGCACACAUGGAGACAGCCCAUUGAGACGCCUUCAUCCAAAUGUGAGAUUGUAGGUAUUAUUGAAGGACAGGAAUACAUUUUCCGUGUUGUGGCUAAGAACAAGUAUGGAUGUGGACCUCCAGUCGAUCUUGGACCCAUCCGUGCUGUGGAUCCACAAGGUCCACCAACUUCUCCUGAAAAGUUCCACUAUACAGAGAGAACCAAGUCCUCUGUUACAAUUGAAUGGAGGCCUCCCCGUAAUGAUGGUGGUAGUCCAAUCAUUGGCUACAUCAUUGAGAAAAAGCGACAAGAUCAACCGGCCUUCCAGCGGGUCAACCCAGAGCUGUGCACUGUUCAAAUUAUGACAGUUGACAAUCUAGAUGAGCUUCAUAUGUAUGAGUUCCGUGCAAAGGCUGUCAAUGCAUUUGGUGAAAGUGAGCCUUCAAUAACCAUGACUGUUGUCAUUCAGGAUGAUGAAGUGGCUCCAAGUUUGCGUAUGCUGAAACACUUCAAGGGUGAUUUGAUUCGAGUAAGGAAAAAUGAGCCUAUUGAGAUGCCUGCAGAAGUCACUGGUUUGCCAAUGCCAAAGAUUGAAUGGCUGAAGGAUGAUGUUGUUAUUGAAAAGCCUACUGAGAAACUUCUAUUUGAAACCAAAGAGAUUGACAGAGUGACGUCACAUACAAAACUGUCCAUUCCUGGUGUUACAAGACUAGACAAGGGCACAUACACUGUUACUGCCUCCAAUCGUUUGGGAACGCUGAGUCAUUCGGUCACAGUGGAAGUGUUGGAUCGCCCAACGCCACCAAGAAAUGUUGCUGUUUCAAGCAUCAAAGCUGAGUCUUGCAACCUUAGUUGGGAUGCCCCAUUGGAUAUAGGUGGCAGUGAGCUUACCAACUACAUUGUUGAGAUGAAAGACCUUAAUGUUGAAGAUCCUGAAAAGGCUGAGUGGGUGCAAGUUACUAAGUCUAUUAUUGAAAAGAGAUAUGGGGUGUGGAACCUGGUAACUGGUGGCAACUAUAAGUUCAGAGUUAAAGCUGAGAACAAGUAUGGAAUAAGUGAGGCAUGUGAAACAGAGGAGGUUGAGAUUAAAGAUCCUUCUGCUCUGCCUGGCCCGCCUGAGAAGGUCACAAUUGCAGAGCGCUCCAAGACACAUAUGCUAUUGACAUGGGAACCACCUAAGGACAGUGGUGGUUCUAUGAUUACUGGCUACUGGCUUGAGAAGCGUGAAAAAGGCACUUCGUAUUGGUCUCGUGUGAAUAAGAUCCUGGUUUCAAAACGUGGCAUGAAAGGCUGGGAAUACCAGGUUACACGUCUCUUUGAGGGAGUAGAGUAUGAAUUCCGUGCAAUGGCUUGCAAUUCUGCUGGUAUUGGGCCACCUAGUGCCAUCUCUGAGUCUGCUGUUGCUGACGAUCCCCUGACUCCACCUAGCAUGCCUGCAGCUCCUGAGAUUGCUGACAAAACCAAGCAUAGUGUCACCCUUGCAUGGACCCCACCAGCUAAAGAUGGUGGCCGCCCCAUCAAGGGUUACAUUAUUGAGAUUCAAGAUGAAGGUACUUCUGAGUGGGCCAGGGUCAAUGAUGCUGAAAAUCUACAUCCUUCUACUGUGUUCACCAUUCCAAACCUCCCAGAACUUAAGAAAUACAGAUUCAGAAUCAUUGCAGUCAAUGAAAUUGGAGAGUCUGAGCCUAGUCCCAGAACCAGCGAAGUUCGCAUAGAAGAUAUUAAAACUGCACCAAAGAUCUUCAUGGAUAUCAGUGCUGAUGAACUGCUGUGUGUUCGGGCUGGAACUCCAUUUAAGAUUCCAGCUACCAUCACAGGACGUCCCGCUCCUAAAGUUACAUGGGAAUUUGAUGGAAAAGCAAAGACAGAAAAGAAGGAUCGUCUCCAUAUUUUACCAGUAGAUUCACAGGUUGAAUCUACAGAUACCACUUCAGUUGUUACAGUUCCUGUGAGUUUGAGAAGUCAUUCUGGCAGGUAUACAAUUACAGCAAAGAACAAAUCAGGACAGAAACAUGUCAACGUCAGAGUAAAUGUGCUAGAUGUUCCUGGAGCACCUAAAGAGCUUAAAGUUACUGAUGUCACCAGAACCACAAUGAGACUCAUUUGGAAGUUGCCGGAUAACGAUGGUGGUGAGAGAAUCAAGAGUUACUUUAUUGAGAAGAAGGCUGUUAAUGGAAAGGCUUGGACGGUUGCCAAUGCUACUUGUGCCAGCAUGGCCUUUGUCGUGUCCAACCUCCUUGAGGGACAGGACUACUUUUUCCGUGUUCGUGCGGAGAAUCGCCUUGGAUUUGGACCAUUUACAGAGACUACAGAACCUGUUCGGGCUAGGGAUCCUAUUUAUCCUCCCGAUCCUCCAACCAAAGUUAAAAUUAACCUUGUUACCAAAAAUACUGUUACCCUUACAUGGGUGCCUCCCAAGAAUGAUGGUGGUGCACCAGUAAAGCAUUACAUUAUUGAACGUCUGAGCUGGGACACAAGUGGUCCACAGAAAGAGACUUGGAAACAGUGCAACAAGAGAGAUGUUGAAGAGACUACCUUCAUCAUUGAAGACCUUAAAGAGGGUGGCGAGUAUGAGUUCCGUGUUAAAGCUGUAAAUGAAGCUGGUGCAAGCAGACCUUCUGUUACCGCUGGACCAAUUGUCAUUAAGGACCAGACAUGUGCUCCAAGUAUUGAUCUCAGAGAGGCUUUGGAAGGCGCAGAAGGAUUUGAUGUCAACAUUGUUGCCAGGAUUCAAGGCUGUCCAUUCCCAUCUCUUGUCUGGCACAAAGCUCCACAAGACAAGCCUGAUGACAAAGUUCCUGUACAGUAUGACAAACAUGUCAAUAAACUUGUCUCUGAUGAAAAAUGCAGCCUGUUUAUCCAGCAGUCAAAGAGAGAUGACAGCGCAAUGUACACACUCACAGCAACCAACAGCUUGGGCACAGCCACCAAGAGCAUUAAGCUCAGCAUUUUGGGACGUCCUGGUGUACCUGUAGGACCAAUUAAGAUUGGGGAAGUUUUUGCUGAAAGGAUUGGCCUCUCCUGGAAUCCACCAGCAGAUGAUGGUGGUUCCAAGAUCACAAACUAUGUUGUUGAAAAGCGUGAGGAAAACAGAAAAACAUGGGUCCAUGUCUCUAGUGAUCCAAAGGAAUGCCAGUACAUAGUACAAAGGCUAACAGAGGGCCAUGAAUAUGAGUUCCGUGUUAUGGCUCAGAAUAAAUAUGGAGUUGGACCACCUUUGUACAGUGAACCCGAGAAAGCACGAAAUCUCUUCACUGUGCCUGGCCAAUGUGAGAAGCCAACUGUAACAGAUGUUUCAGCUGAAUCAAUGACAGUUAACUGGGAUGAGCCUGAAUAUGAUGGUGGCUCUCCUGUAACUGGCUACUGGCUAGAGCGCAAGGAAACUACAGGCAAGCGCUGGACAAGAGUGAAUCGUGAGCCUAUCCGAAUUAGGACUCUAGGUGUUUCACAUAUUGUGACAGGACUCUUGGAGGGAGCGAUCUACCAGUUCCGUGUUAUUGCAAUUAAUGCAGCUGGAUGUGGCCUACCUAGUUUGCCUUCAGAUAUUGUUGCAUGUAGAGACCCCAUAGCACCUCCAGGUCCUCCAACGCCAAAAGUAACAGACUGUACCAAGUCAACUGUUGAUCUUGAAUGGAUUCCUCCUCUUAAUGAUGGUGGAUCUAUGAUCACCGGUUAUUUUGUAGAGUACAAACAAGAGGGGCAAGAGGAAUGGGAGAAGGUUAAAGACAAGGAAAUCAGAGGCACCAAAUUUGUUGUUCCUGGACUUAAAGAGCUUGGACUUUAUAGAUUUAGAGUGAGAGCUGUAAAUGCUGCCGGUGUUGGAGAACCUGGUGAAGUUGCUGAUGUGAUUGAAGUCAAGGACAGGACAAUCCCCCCAGAGGUAGACCUGGAUGCAACUGUCAAGGAAAAGAUAGUUGUUCAUGCUGGUGGGGUAAUCCGCAUCCUAGCUUAUGUUUCUGGAAAGCCUGCACCAGAGAUUAUUUGGAAUAGAGAUGAUGCCGAAUUGCCAAAGGAGGCUGCUGUUGAGACAACUUCUAUAAGUUCAGCUUUAGUUAUCAAAAGUUGCCUGAGACAACACCAAGGCAUUUAUACAUUAACUGCUAAGAAUGCAGGUGGAGAAAGGAAAAAAGCAGUCAUUGUUGAAGUAUUGGAUGUUCCUGGUCCUGUUGGUCUACCCUUCUCUGGUGAGAAUCUUACCAAUGACUCUUGUAAAUUGACAUGGUACUCCCCUGAAGAUGAUGGUGGCUCAGCUAUCACCAACUAUAUAAUUGAGAAGAGAGAAGCUGACCGCAGAGGCUGGACUUCAGUGACAUAUACUGUCACAAGACAUAAUGCUGUUGUCCAGGGUCUCAUUGAUGGAAAGGGUUACUUCUUCAGAAUUGCAGCUGAAAAUAUAAUUGGAAUGGGUCCAUUCACUGAGACUGCAGCUCCAGUCGUCAUCAAGGAUCCACUCUCUGUACCCGAGCGCCCUGAGGAUGUUGAGGUGACAGCCAUCACAAAUGAUUCAAUCAGUGUCGCAUGGAGAUCUCCAAAAUAUGAUGGAGGGUCAGACAUUACAAGCUAUGUUCUUGAGGUUCGUCUAAUCGGGCAGGACAACUUCAGCCGCAUUGCCAAAGAGGACAAACUCAUGGAUCGUAAAUUCACCCAUGCUGGUCUUAAAGAGGGUUCUUCUUAUGAAUUCCGUGUUAGUGCUGUUAAUCAAAUUGGUCAAGGCAAACCGUCAUUCAGCACAAAACCAGUUACAUGCAAAAAAGAGUUUGAACCACCAAACCUUGAUUUGGAGUUCCGUGACAAGCUUGUUGUUCGUGUUGGGGAAACUUGCAUCAUUCAAAGCCGAUACACAGGCAAACCGGAACCAACUAUUAAGUGGUUCAAAAAUGAUGAAGAGCUUCAGGCAAAUGAAGAAAUUGCUCUUACCACUGCAAAGAACAGAUUGAGCCUGACUAUCGAAAAGGCAAAACGUGAUCACAGUGGAAAAUACAUGGUGGUUUUGGAAAACUCUAUUGGGACACGCAAGGGAAUAUGUACUGUCAAUGUUGUCGACCGUCCACAACCUCCAGAAGGCCCUGUUAUCUUUGAUGAAAUCUACAGGAAUUAUAUGGUCAUUUCUUGGAAUCCUCCACUAGAUGAUGGUGGAGCUGCUAUUUCUAACUACAUUGUUGAAAAGAGAGACACCAACAGGGAUCUGUGGAUGCCUGUUACAGAAUCUUGCACAAGGACAUCAUGCAAAGUUCCAAAACUGAUUGAGGGAAGAGAAUACAUUAUUAGAAUCUGUGCUCAGAAUAUUCAUGGUAUUAGUGAUCCAUUGCUCUCUGCUGAGACAAAGGCAAAGGAUGUUUUCAAGGUUCCAGAUGCUCCACAGGCACCUGUAGUAAAAGAAAUCUAUAAAGAUACAGCUCUGAUUUCAUGGCUUCAACCAGCUGAUGGUGGCAAACCAAUCACAAACUACAUUGUAGAAAAGAAGGAAACCAAGGCCAACAUGUGGGCUAGAGCUGGAAAAGAUCGCAUUUUCCCCAACACAGAAUACUGGGUUCCUGAUCUUCUCAAGGGUUGCGAAUAUGAAUUCCGUGUCAUGGCAGAGAAUGUGAUUGGCAUUGGGGACCCCAGUCCAUCUUCAAAGCCAAUCUAUGCUAAAGAUCCUAUAGUGAUUCCAAGCCCACCUGUACUUCCAGUUGCAAUUGAUAAGACAAAAGAGUCUGUUACUCUUUCUUGGCAGCCUCCAAAAGACUGUGGCAGAGGCAAAAUCUUUGGUUAUCUGCUAGAGUAUCAGAAAGCUGGUGAUGAGGAAUGGCUUCAAGUUAAUCAGACACCUGACUCCUGCCCGAGCACUACAUUUAAGGUUAUCAACCUUGAGGAUGGUGCACUUUAUAGAUUUAGAGUGAAGGCAGUGAAUGCUGCUGGUGAAUCAGAGCCUGCAUAUGUUCCAGAGCCUGUUCGAGCACAAGACAGAUUUGAGCCCCCAGAACUUCAACUGGAUUUGGGCAUGCCUCGUGAGUUGAAAGCAAUGGCUGGAACCCAUAUUAAUAUCAUGGCUGGAAUCAAAGGGAUGCCUUUCCCUAAAGUCACCUGGAAGAAAAAUGAGGCGGAUGUUCCCACAAGAGCAGAGAUUGAGACAUCUGGAACUACAACUAAACUAGAGAUGCGCUAUUGCAACCGUACUGAUUGUGGAGAUUACACACUUACUGUUGAAAAUCCAGCUGGGUCAAAGAUAGCCACAUGCACUGUUCUUGUACUUGACAAGCCUGGACCAGUUCAGCACCUCAGAGUAUCUGAUGUCAGAAGUGAUUCUGCCCAACUGUCUUGGAAAGAUCCAGAAGACAAUGGUGGUGCACGCAUCACCAAUUUUGUUGUUGAGAAAAAGGAUGCAGCAUCUCCUCAAUGGGUGCCAAUCUGCUCAUCAUCUAAAAAACGUAGCAUGAUGGCUAAACAUUUGAUUGAAGGAACGUCGUACAUGUUCCGCGUGGCAGCUGAAAAUCAGUUUGGAAGGAGUGAAUAUGUCGAGACAACAAAAGCUAUCAAAGCAAUGAAUCCACUGUUCCCACCUGGUCCACCAAAAGACCUUCAUCAUGUAGAUGCUGACAAGACUGAGGUGUGGCUUCAGUGGAACUGGCCUGAUCGCACAGGAGGAAGUGACAUCACAGGGUUCUUGGUUGAGUAUCAGGAAGAAGGUGAAAAGGAUUGGAUAGUUUUUAAGACUGUCAGCAUUCCUGAGUGCCAUGUGACAGGACUGGAAGAGGGAAAGACCUACAGGUUCCGUGUUAAGACGGAAAAUGCAAUUGGUCUAAGUAGACCAGACACCACUGUGCCAGUUCUUUGUCAGGAAAAACUAGUACCGCCCAUUGUUGAGGUGGAUGUUAAGUUGAUUGAGGGAAUCAUUGUGAAAGCUGGAAGCACAAUUAGAUUGCCUGCUUUAAUGAGAGGCCUUCCUGUUCCCACUGCUAAAUGGGUCAUUGAUGGAGAGGAAAUCAAGAGUGAAGGCAAUACCAAAAUUGACACUGACAACUUCUCCACUGUUUUGAGCAUUGCAGACUGCACAAGAAAUCACACUGGAAUAUAUAUACUCACAGUAUCUAACUCUGCAGGAAGUAAAACUGUUUCUCUGAACGUCACUGUGCUUGACGUACCAGCUGCACCUAUAGGCCCUGUUAAUAUUCUUGAGGUAACUCCUGACUCCAUGGUUAUUGACUGGCGCCCUCCCAAAGAUGAUGGUGGAAGUCCUGUCAUGAAUUAUAUUGUUGAGAAGAGGGAAUCAAAUAAGGAAACUUGGGGAGGAGUAAGUUCUGGCAGCACUUCUACAAGGCUGAAGAUUUCUCGUCUGCAGCAGGGAGUUGAAUAUGUUGUGAGAAUUCGUGCUGAAAAUAAAAUGGGAAUUGGUGCAGCUCUUGAAAGUGCACCAACUGUAGCUCGGCACCAGUUUGAGGCCCCUGGCCAUCCUGGAAAACCUGUAGCUUCUGAUUUGUCUGAAGAUGCGCUUACACUUGGAUGGACAAUGCCUCUGUUUGAUGGUGGCAGUCCAAUCAGUGGUUACAUUAUUGAGCGAAGACAUAAAGGUGGCAAAUGGAUUAGAGUGAAUAAAACUCCUUGCAAAGAACUUAGAUAUAGAGUGCUUGGUCUUUUUGAAGGUAAUGAAUAUGAGUUCAGAGUAUUUGCUGAAAAUAUUGCUGGCUUUAGUGGACCUUCACCUGUCUCAGAUCCUGCCAAACCUUGCAGACCAAUAACUGUUCCAGGACCUCCAGUUAACCCUAAGGUAAAAGACUACAGCUGCACAUAUGCUGACUUAGUCUGGAUCAAACCCACAAAAGAUGGAGGCAGUCCAGUCUUGGGAUAUAUUGUUGAAUGCCAGAAAGGAGGUGCUGAGUGGGAGAAAGUCAAUAAGGAUGAUCUGAUUAAACAGUGUGCUUAUAGGGUGAAAGGACUGACUGAAGACACUGAGUACAGGUUCCGUGUUAAAGCUGUGAACAUGAUUGGAGAAGGUGAGACCAGAGAAAUCCCAGAGUCCGUUAUUGCUAAGGAUAUCAUCAUUCCUCCGGAAAUUGAGAUGGAUGCCACAUGCCAUGAACGUGUGACUGUUCGUGUUGGUCAUAACAUUAAUGUUGUAGGAUAUGUAAAAGCAAGACCUGAUCCAGAAAUCACUUGGAGCAAAGGUGAAAGCAUUUUGGAAAGGGACAAGCGCACCAUGCUUACAAACAACUUCCCAGUCGUGCAAAUGCGUAUCAAGGAAGCAACCAGAGCAGACCAUGGAAAGUAUGUACUAAAGGCUGUUAAUGAAGCUGGAGAGGCCUCAGCAACUAUUACAGUAAAUGUUCUGGAUAGACCUGGUCACUGCCAGAAUCUAAAGAUGACAUAUGUAACUAAGAAUUCUUGCAUGGUGUCCUGGGAUGCUCCUGAGGAUAAUGGAGGUAGUGAGAUAACAAAUUACAUUGUGGAAUGCCGAGAGCCAAGUAUACGAACCUGGGCAAUGAUCUCAUCUGACUGCACAAAUCGCAUGGUAAAAGCCAAGCUCAUGGAAAACCAUGAAUAUUUAUUCCGUGUGUCUGCUGAGAACAAGUGCGGUCCAGGACCAGCUACAGAAACCAAAACUCCUAUCCUUGCAAUUGACCCACUUCAGAAGCCAGGCGAGCCAGAGAAUUUCCAUGUCGGUGAUAUUGGUAAAAACUUUGUUUUCCUUAAAUGGAGAAAACCAGAUUAUGAUGGUGGCAGUCCUAACCUUGGCUACUAUCUGGAGAGAAAAGCAAAAGACGCUGAAGCAUGGGAGAAGUUACAUGAAGGAGUUCUGAAAGAGACAUUCUUCAUGGUAGACAAAUGUGUUGAGAACCACAUCUAUCAAUUUAGAGUCCAGUCAACCAAUGAUGGAGGAGAAAGUGCAUGGGUUAGCACUUCUGAUAUUGUCGUCAAAGAAGAAAUUCAGAAACCAGUUCUUGACAUGAAAUUUGUUGGCACUAUUGUGGUCAAAGCAGGUGAAUCAGUUAGACUUGAAGCUGGACUUAGAGGAAAACCACAGCCCACGGUUACUUGGGUGAAGGACAAGGCUACGGGUGAUAAUCCAAGGAUCAGCAUUGACACCGGACAUGAUUACUCCAAAUUCCUUCUGACUAAAACCAAGCGUAGUGACACUGGAAAAUAUGUAGUUACUGCUACAAACCCAGCUGGUUCAUUCACAGCAUAUGCCAACGUUACAGUGCUAGAUAUACCAGGACCUGUCAGAGAUAUGAAAAUUUCUGGCAUUUCCACAGACAAGUGCAGAGUUGCAUGGGAUCCUCCAGAGGAUGAUGGUGGUUGUGAAGUGGACAGCUAUAUAAUAGAAAAAUGUGAGACCAGAAGAAUGGUUUGGUCCACUUACUCUGCAUCUCUCGUCACAAACUACUGUAAUGUAACACGCCUUGUUGAAGGAAAUGAGUACAUAUUCAGGGUCAGAGCAGAAAACAAGAUGGGAACUGGGCCACCAAUGGAGAGCAGGCCUAUUAUUGCUAAGACACAAUACAACAGGCCUGGUCCACCUGAUGCACCUGAGGUAACCAAAAUUGGUAAGGAUGAGAUGACAGUGGUAUGGGCUCCACCUGAAAAUGAUGGUGGAAAGUCUAUUACUGGUUACAUUCUGGAAAGAAAAGAAAAACGUGCCGUUCGCUGGGUCCCAGUCACAAAGAGCCCUAUUUCUGAGAGACGUAUGAAGGUUACUAAUCUGAUCCCUAACCACGAUUAUCAGUUCCGUGUCAAAGCUGAAAAUGAAGUUGGAUUGGGAGAACCAAGCAAAGCAUCUAGACCCAUCACUGCAAAAGAUCCAAUUGAGCCUCCUGGCCCUCCUGGUAGCCUUAAAGUAGUUGACAGCACAAAGACAUCGAUUACACUUAGCUGGGCAAAGCCUGUGUAUGAUGGUGGAGCUCCAGUUAUUGGAUAUUUGGUUGAAAUGAGGGAUAAGGUGGAAAUGGAAGGUGAACAAGUACGUGAUCCAGAGGAAGGCUGGAAGAAAUGCAAUACUUCUGGACAGCUUGUCUUAACUGAAUACACAAUCAGUAACUUGGAUGAGAGACAGGAAUAUGAAUUCCGUGUGUCUGCUCAAAACCAAGUUGGUAUGGGCCGUCCUGCAAAUGUCAAGGAUGCUGUAUCUCCAAAGGAGGUCCAUGAACAUCCAGAGAUUGAUCUUGAUGCCAGUCUAAGAAAGGGUCUUAGUGUCAGAGCAGGAUGUCCUAUCAGACUUUUUGCUACAAUAAGAGGAAGGCCAGCACCUAAAGUUACUUGGAAGCGCAUUGGUGUUGACAAUGUCAUAAGGAGGGGUCACGUGGAUCAGAUUGAUACAAUGACCUUCCUCGUCAUUCCCGAAUCCUCACGAGAAGACUCUGGCAAAUACUCUUUGACUCUUUCAAAUCCCUCUGGAGAGAAGGCUGUGUUUGUCCGUGUCAAAGUCUUAGAUACUCCUGGACCUGUUGGUGGACUGGACGCAACUGAUAUCACAAAGACAUCCUGCCAGCUUGCAUGGUUGCCUCCAGAAAAUGAUGGUGGUAGUCCAAUCCUAAACUAUAUUGUUGAGAAGCGUGAAGUUGACAGGAAAACAUGGACAAAUUGCACAAACGAUUUGAAGAAGACAAGUUUCAAAAUCACAAAUCUGACUCCAGGAAUAGAGUACUACUUCCGAGUCAUGGCAGUUAACAAGUAUGGUAUUGGGUUACCUCAAGACUCACCGAAAUCAUACUUGGCUACAGAUCCUAAGAGUGAGCCUGAUCCUCCAAAGAAGAUGGAUGUAUUAGAAAUUACUAAAAACAGCGCAACCCUUGGGUGGUUGAAACCACUCAGAGAUGGUGGAUCAAAAAUUAAUGGCUACAUUGUUGAAUACCAGCAGGAUGGCCAACCUGAAGACAAGUGGACAUCAUACUCUGUUGUGAAAGACUUAACAAUUGUUGUUGCUGGACUGAAAGAAAACACUAAAUACAGGUUCAGGGUUGCAGCAAGAAAUGCAAUAGGAUGCAGUUUGGCAAGAGAAGCUGAAGGCAUAUUUGAGGUCAAGGAACAGCUAAUGGCUCCAAAGAUUAUCGUGUCUGAUGUGGUUACUGCAAGAGCAGGAUCAAAACUUAUUGUUGAUGCUCUUGUGUCUGGAAAACCUGCACCAGUAACAAAAUGGAAAAGAGGAAGUGAUGACAUAGUUACUUCUGAUCGUGUCGUCAUACAAAAGACACCAACCACAAGUUUACUCAUGGUCAAAGAUGUCACAAGGAAGGAUAGUGGUUAUUACAGUUUGUCUGCUGAAAACAGCACAGCUAAGGUCAACCAGAUCAUCAGAAUAAUCAUUAUGGACAUUCCUGGUCCCCCACAGGGUCCUCUACAAAUUCUUGAGGUGGAUGUAGAUGCCUGCACACUUGCAUGGGAUACACCUGCUGAAGAUGGUGGCAGCAACAUUACAAACUACAUUGUUGAGAAGUGUGAUGUGACCAGAGGUGAUUGGGUCACAGCUGUAUCUUGCACCAAGACCAGCUGCAGAGUUGGGAAGCUCACAUGUGGCAAGGAGUAUGGGUUCCGUGUCCGUGCUGAAAACCGUUUUGGCAUUUCAGAACCAAUUUACUCAGAGAAAAUGAUUGCAAGACAUCCAUUUGAUCCACCCAGUGAACCAUUGAACUGUUGUGUUAACAAAGUCAGCAAGGAGUUUGUUGUGUUGUCAUGGGAGAAACCUGUAAAUGAUGGUGGCAGUGCCCUCACUGGAUACUUCAUAGAACGUAAAGAAAGAAAUAGCCUCCUGUGGGUCAGGACAAAUGAAGUUCUUGUUCGGUCAACUGAAUACACAUGCUCUGGUCUCAUUGAGGGUCUGGAGUACACAUUCAGAGUGUCUGCUGUCAACAAGGCAGGACAAGGAAAACCAAGCAAGCAGACAGAUUUUAUCACUGCAAGAAGUCCAGUUGAUCCACCUGGAAAACCGGAAAUUAUUGAUGUGACCAAAAGUUCUGUCUCCCUUGUCUGGAGCCGUCCAAAACAUGAUGGUGGAAGCAAACUCAUUGGUUAUUAUGUUGAAUUUCUCAAGCUUAAAGAAGACAAAUGGGUGCGUGUCAACUCAAACAGCCAAAAUGUACCAAAGGAAGAAUACAUUGUUCCUGGACUUGAGGAGGGAGCCCAGUACAAGUUCAGAAUAAUUGCAAAGACAGCAAUUAAUGUUAGUGUGCCAUCAGAGGAAUCUGAUGUUAUCCCAAUUAUUGCAGAGCAUGUUCCACCCAGAGUGGAGAUUAGUCUUGAAAUGAAAAACUUAAUUGUUGUCAAAGCUGGAGCAAAUGUCUGCCUGGAGGCUGAGGUUUAUGGCAAACCAAUGCCAAAGGUUGUUUGGAAAAAAGAUGGUGCUCCACUGAAAUUGGCUGAAGGUAUGAAAAUGACUCAAAAGGUGCAUCACCUCUCCCUGGAACUUUUCUCUGUUACAAGAAAGGAGUCUGGAGAGUACACAAUUACUGCUGAGAACCCAAGUGGAUCAAAGUCUGCCAACAUAAAAUUAAAGGUUCUGGACAAACCUGGACCCCCAGCAUCAGUGAGGAUAAGCCAUGUGUUUGCUGACAGAGUGAAACUUAGGUGGGAGCCACCUCUUGCGGAUGGUGGUUCUGAAAUCACAAAUUACAUCGUUGACAAACGUGAAACAAGCAGAGCAAACUGGGCACAAGUUACUGCUAAUAUUAAUGGUCAGAUAACUGACUGUUCUGUGGAGAAAUUGAUUGAAGGCCAUGAAUAUGAGUUUCGCAUCAGUGCUGAGAACAAGUAUGGUGUUGGAGACCCAAUUGUGACUAGCUCUGUGAUGGCCAAGAAUCCAUUUGAUGUCCCAGGACCAUGUGAACCUCCAGUUAUCACCAAUGUCACCAGAGAUCACAUGACUGUUACUUGGAAAGCUCCUGCUAAUGAUGGCAAAGCCACUAUUCUUGGAUACAUGGUUGAGAAGCGUGAAACUCAAGACCUCAAUUGGGUUAAAGUGAAUAGAAGACCAGUUAUUGACAGAACAAUUAAAGCCGGAGGCCUCACUGAGGGAACAGAGUAUGAAUUCAGAGUCAUUGCACUAAAUAAAGCUGGUCUUGGUAAACCAAGUGAUCCAUCAUCUGGUGUUCUUGCUUUAGACCCAGUGUAUCCUCCUGGACCACCUGCUUUUCCAAAGGUUGUUGACUCUACACACAGUUCAAUCAGUUUGUCCUGGACCAAGCCCGCAUAUGACGGUGGAUGUGAAAUUCUGGGCUACCUUGUUGAAUUCAAGCGAGCAGAUGCAGAAGAAUGGAUGAAGUGCAAUGUGCCAAAGAAUCUCCAGGCAACAAAAUUUAAUGUUACUGGUCUAAUAGAUAAUACUGAGUACCAGUUCCGUGUUAGUGCCGUAAACAAGAUAGGAUUUGGUGAGCCAAGUGAAGUUCCUGAAAAACAUUUGGCAAAGGAUAUCUUACUUGCCCCUGAGGCUGAACUUGAUGCUGAUCUCAGAAAAGCACUUGUUUUACGUGCUGGAGUAACAAUGAGAAUUUACGUGCCUCUAAGAGGGCGUCCUGCUCCAAAGGCAACAUGGACUAAGGUCAAUGCAAAUUUGAAAGAGAGGCAAGGUCUUAUGAUUAAGACAACUGAAUGGGAUACCUUCCUUUAUUGUGAGGAUAUCAACAGAUAUGAUGCUGGCAAAUAUGUUCUAACUUUAGAAAACAGUAGUGGUACCAAGUCAUACACCAUUGUUGUCAAAGUACUAGACACACCUGGACCUCCAGUCAAUCUGAUUGUUAAGGAGACCUCAAAGGACCAUGUAUCCAUUACUUGGGAUGCUCCAUUAAUUGAUGGUGGAAGUCCAGUGAAGAGCUAUGUGGUUGAAAAACGUCUGGCUGAGAGAAAGGCAUGGACUUGUGUUGCUCCUGAGUGUCCCAAGACAUCUUUUAGGAUUACUAAUCUUGAAGCUGGUCAAGCUUACUGCUUCAGAGUCCUUGCUGAAAAUAUAUAUGGAAUUGGGGAAGGUUGUGAGACAGCUGGGCCAGUCAAAGCCUCAGAACAACCUGGACCAGUUGCAGAAUUUAAAUCAAUGGAGAUCACCAAGAAUUCCUGCACUCUUGGCUGGAAGAAACCAAUUAGUGAUGGUGGAAGCCAUGUUGUUGCAUAUGCUUUAGAGAUCUGUGAAGGGGAGGACAAAUGGAAGUUGCUAAUGAAGUCUAAGGUCACACAGUACACAAUUGGUGAUCUAGUAGAAGGAAAGGAGUACAGCUUCAGGGUCAAGGCCAUUAAUGAAUCAGCUGAAGGACCCCCGACUGAGCUCACUAUCUUGGCUAAAGAUCAAAUAGUCCCUCCAAACUGUGACCUUAAAGGCUUGCCAGAUUCUAGCUAUGUGGCAAAAGAGGGGACCACUGUUCGUCUUAAUAUCCCUAUUACUGGAAUCCCAGCUCCAGCAGUCAUAUGGAAAAAGGGUGAUGUUACUUUAUCAGACAGUGGAAGAAUCUCAGUUGAAUCAACCACAACAAACACAGUCUUGCUGAUUCGGGAUUGCCAUAGAGGAGAUGCUGGCAAGUUUACUAUCAUUUUAAGAAAUAGUGCUGGAACUAAAGAAGCAGCCAUUGACAUUAAAGUGGUUGGAAAGCCUGGAAUCUGCUCUGGGCCAAUCAAAUUUGAUGAAAUCACAGCCGAAGCAAUUACUGUAGAAUGGGGUCCACCCAAAGAUGAUGGUGGAUCAGAAGUUACCAACUACUUUUUGGAGAAAAGACAUUCUACUGCUAACAAGUGGGUCACAGUUGCCUCUGCAAUUCAGAAGAACUCUAUGAGAGUUACCAGACUUCAUGAUGGAACAGAAUACAUCUUCAGAGUUUGUGCUGAAAAUAAAUAUGGAAUUGGAGAGUUUCUCAGAUCUGAUCCAGUGCUUGCUAAACAUCCAUUCAAUGCACCGGGGGCUCCAGCACCACCUGUAGUUGUGAGCAUACGUCACGAGUGUGCUAUGUUAACAUGGUCUGAUCCAAAUGAUACUGGAGGCUCACCCAUCACAGGAUAUUACGUGGAAUUCAAAGAUAGAAAUAGCUUGAUGUGGAAAAGAGCCAGCAAAACCCAGUUGAGAGUGAAGGAAUGCAGAGUGACUGGCUUGGUUGAAGGCCUUGAAUAUGAAUUUAGGGUCAUAGCUAUAAAUGUGGCUGGACUUGGAAAACCAAGCCGAACAACUGAAUCACUUGUUGCUCUUGAUCCAAUUGAUCCACCUGGCAAACCUGAUGUGAUCAAUGUCACAAGGAACAGUGUGACACUUAUGUGGACUGCACCAAAGUAUGACGGUGGCCACAAACUUACUGGCUACAUGGUAGAGAAAUUAGAGCACCCUGGAAAGACAUGGAUGAAGGCCAACCAUGUGAAUGUCCAAAGCUGUGCCUACACUGUUACAGAUCUACAGGAGGGAUGCACUUGUGAAUUCAGAAUCAGGGCUAAAAAUGCAGCUGGAGCUAUCAGUGCUCCCUCAGAGACAACUGAGCCUCUUGUUUGCAAAGAUGAAUAUGAACCACCAACAAUCACAAUUGACCCAGAAAUGAAGGAUGGAGUGACUGUGAAAGCUGGUGGAACAAUUGUCAUCACAGCAUCUAGUAUUCUAGGAAAACCUCCUCCCACUGCUGUGUGGUCUAAGGCUGGAAGAGAAUUCAAGUCCUCAGAUAUUGUCCAAAUUAGUAGCACUCCGACAUCUUCAACUUUGUCGAUCAAAUAUGCCAGCCGAAAGAAUACUGGAGAGUACACAAUUACAGCAAGCAAUCCAUUUGGUAUCAAAGACGAAAAAGUUAAAGUGAAAGUUCUGGAUGUUCCAGGACCUCCAGGUCCUAUUGAAGCCAGCAGUGUCUCAGCUGAAAAAUGCACAUUGACAUGGUUGCCACCUGAAGAAGAUGGUGGUUGCAGUAUAAAAUCAUAUAUCUUAGAAAAGAGAGAAACCAGCCGCCUUCUCUGGACAAAGCUUGCUGAAAAUGUUAUGGAUUGCCGCUAUGUUGCCAGCAAGCUGAUAAAGGGAAAUGAAUACAUAUUCCGUGUUUCAGCUGUCAAUCAGUAUGGCACUGGCGAUGUGACACAGUCUGGACCAGUCAAAAUGGUUGAUAGCUUUGGACCCCCAGGGCCGCCAUCAAAACCAGAAAUUGAUAAUGUCAGCAAAAAUGCUGUAACAAUUUCCUGGAAAAGACCAACUGUAGAUGGAGGAAGUGACAUUAGAGGCUAUAUUGUUGAGAGAAAAGAGAGAAGAGGAAUGAGAUGGGUCAGAGCUUCAAAGAAGACUGUUUCUGAUCUACGUUUUAAGGUCUCAGGCUUGUCAGAGGAAAUUGAAUAUGAAUUCAGAGUGACUGCAGAGAAUAAAGCUGGUUUUGGUGAACCCAGUGAGCCAUCACAACCUGUAAUGACAAAGGAUAUUGCAUAUCCACCAGGGCCUCCAUCAAACCCACGGAUUACUGACACCACUAAAACAACAGCAACAUUUAACUGGGGUAGACCCUUUUAUGAUGGUGGACUUGAUGUGACAGGAUACAUUGUUGAGCAUAAAAAGGAAGGUGAUGAUGACUGGGUUCAAGACACAACUAUUCCCUUGAGAAUAACAGAAUUUGUGGUAUCAAAUCUACAGUCAGGAGGAAAAUAUCACUUCAGAGUCAGUGCGCUUAAUUCUGAAGGGCUUGGUGAACCAUCUGAAGUAGAGCAAGUUGUUGAACUGGUGGAUCGAGAGGAGGUUCCUGACUUUGAGCUUGAUGCAGAGCUGAGAAAAACACUUGUUGUGAAGUCGGGUGCUUCAAUCCGUAUAUUUGUGCCAAUUAAGGGCCGGCCAGCUCCUGAAGUAGUAUGGUAUAAGGAAAAUGUACCUCUUAAAGGGCGUGCUCACAUUGAUACUACGGAAUCAUACACUUUAGUAGUCAUCCCGGAAUGUACACGAUAUGAUGCAGGUAAAUAUGUCUUAACAUUAGAAAAUGUUGCUGGAAAGAAGACAGGAUUUGUCAAUGUCCGUGUUGUGGACACCCCAGGACCUCCAGUAAAUUUAAAACCAAGAGAAAUCACAAAGCAUAGCAUUACUCUCCAGUGGGAAAUUCCUCUUAUUGAUGGUGGCUCAAAGAUAAAAAAUUAUAUUAUUGAGAAGCGUGAGGCAACGCGAAAAGCCUACUCAGUUAUCACAACAAACUGGCAGAAAUGCUCAUACAAGAUUCCAGACUUAGAAGAGGCUGCUGAAUAUUACUUUAGAGUUUCAGCUGAAAAUGAAAUGGGCAUCGGUGAACCAGCAGAGACACCUGAUCCAAUAAGAGCUUCCCAGGCUCCUUCUGCACCAGAUGAUCUUAUUGUCACUGAUGUUUCCAAGGACACUGCAACUCUUGCAUGGACAAAACCUAAACAUGAUGGUGGUAGUCGAAUCACUGGGUAUGUAAUUGAGGCUCAACUGAAAGACUCUGAUCAAUGGGCCCAUGUGACAACAAUAAAAGCUUUGGACUACAUUGCAACAGAAUUGGUGGAAAAUGCAGAAUAUGUGUUCCGCAUAUUUGCUGUAAAUAGCUCAGGCAGAAGUGAACCUCGAGAAAGUCGACCAGUUGUAAUAAAGGAGCAAACCACAGCUCCAGAAUUUGACCUCAGAAGUAUAUAUCAAAAGACAGUGGUAGCUAAAGCAGGUGAUAAUCUUAAAGUUGAGAUCCCUGUUCUUGGUCGUCCUAGACCACUUGUUGUAUGGAAGAAAGAAGAUCAGGAACUGAAGCAAACUCAGAGGAUAAACAUUGAAAAUACUGCAAGUUCUACAAUUCUUAACAUUAAUGAAAUUAAGAGAAAAGAUGGUGGACAGUAUUCUAUGACAGGAAAGAAUAUCUUAGGAACUGUGACUGAAAACAUUACUGUUCAAGUACAUGAUAUCCCAGGACCUCCAACUGGACCAAUUAAGCUGGAUGAAGUUUCUUGUGACUAUGUUCUCAUAUCAUGGGAAGCUCCUGAAAAUGAUGGAGGAGUACCUAUUAAUAACUACAUUGUUGAGAUGCGUGAGACCACGGGUACUUCCUGGAUGGAACUGGCAGCUACUGUUAUCCGUACAACAUUCAAAGCUGCUCGUCUUACAACUGGUAUCGAAUAUCAAUUCCGAGUUAAAGCUCAAAACAGAUAUGGUGUUGGUCCCUACAUAACAUCAGGACCAGUGGUGGCUGCUUAUCCAUUUGAUGUUCCAGGACAGCCUGGAAUUCCACAGAUAGUUGCCUUUACCAAGGAUGCAAUGACAAUCAGCUGGAAUGAACCCUCUUCAGAUGGAGGAAGCCCAAUUUUAGGAUACCACAUUGAGAGGAAAGAGAAGAACAGCAUACUCUGGCAGAGGAUAAGCAAAGCUGUGGUUGUUGGCAAUAUGUUUAAAUCAUCAGGUCUAAUGGAUGGUAUAGCAUAUGAAUUCCGUGUUAUUGCAGAAAAUUUGGCUGGUCUCAGCAAAGCAAGCAAGCCAUCUGAGAUGACAUAUGCACUUGAUCCUGUAGACCCUCCAAGUCAACCAGUAGCACUUAACAUAACUAGACAUGAAGUUACACUUCAGUGGACAAAACCAGAAGGUGAUGGUGGUUUCUCUAUAACCGGAUAUACAGUUGAAAAAAGAGAACUACCUAAUGGUCGUUGGCUCAAGGCCAACUUCAGCAACAUUCUUGAAACAAAUUUUACUGUGAGUGGUCUCACAGAAGAUGUUUCUUAUGAAUUCCGUGUGUUAGCAAGAAACUCAGCUGGAGCUGUCAGCAAACCAUCUAAACCUUCAGAAGUUAUUGUGUGCAGAGAUGACAUUGAAGAACCAAAGAUUGAUGCAGAUGCAAGUUUCAGUAGUGUUGUGGUUGUGAAAGCAGGAGAUAUCUUUAAGCUAGAUGCACAUGUUACAGGCCGACCAAUACCUUCCAUAGUUUGGACAAAAGAUGGCAAGGAACUCGAGGACACUGCAAAAAUGGAGAUCAAAACAUUAGAUUUCUACAGUUGUUUGAUCAACAAAGAUUCUUUGCGUAGAGAUGGUGGUGCAUACACUCUAACUGCUAGCAAUCCUGGAGGAUUUGCUAAAUUUGUCUUCAAUGUUAAAGUUCUUGACAGACCUGGUCCUCCUGAGGGCCCAUUGCAUGUCACAGACAUGACAGUAGAGAAAUGCGUUCUGUCAUGGCUACCACCACUUCAUGAUGGAGGAGGAAAGAUUGAAUAUUACAUCAUUCAAAGACGUGAAACAAGUAGACUUACAUGGACAAAUGUAGCUACAGAUUUACAAGUAAACCGCUAUAAAGUUACCAAAUUGCUGAAGGGAAAUGAAUAUAUCUUCAGAGUCAUGGCUGUGAACAAGUAUGGAGUGGGAGAACCUCUUGAAUCUGAACCUGCUGUUGCUACUAAUCCGUAUGUGCCAUCUGAUCCUCCACAGGCACCAGAAGUAACUGCUAUCACAAAGGAUUCAAUGGUGGUAUGUUGGGGACAUCCUGAGUACAAUGGUGGAAGUAGCAUUAAUACCUACAUCAUUGAGAGGAGAGAUAAAACUGGUCUUCGUUGGGUAAAAUGCAACAAAAGGACUGUUACUGAUCUGCGCUUCAAAGUGUCAGGAUUAACACCUGGACAUGAGUAUGAAUACAGAAUCCUAGCUGAAAAUGCUGCUGGCUUAAGUGCUCCAAGCCCUUCAAGUCCAUUCUACAAAGCCUGUGACACGAUAUUCCAACCUGGACCACCUGGAAACCCCAGGGUUUUGGAUACAACUAAAUCAUCUAUUACUAUUGCUUGGAAUAAACCAGUUUAUGAUGGUGGCUCAGAUAUUACAGGCUAUAUUGUUGAGACAUGCCUCCCAGAGGAAGAUGAAUGGACAAUUGUUACCCCAAUGGCGGGACUGACAGCAACAUCAUUCACCAUAACCAACCUUACUGAAAACCAGGAAUAUAAGAUAAACAUUUCAGCACUUAACUGUGAAGGUGUUGGAGAGCCAGCUUCUGUGCCUGGUUCGCCUAAAGCAGAGGACAGACUCCUUCCACCUGAAAUUGAGCUUGACUCAGACCUUCGCAAAGUUGUGAACAUCAGAGCAUGCAGUACCUUAAGAUUAUUUGUACCAGUUAAAGGAAGACCUGCGCCAGAAAUCAGAUGGUCAAGGGAGAAAGGAGAACCCCUUGAUAGAGCAUCCAUUGAAAUUACACCUUCUUUUACCACACUGCUCAUUGAAAAUGUAGAUAGAUUUGAUGGUGGAAAAUAUAUGUUAACAGUGGAAAACAGUUCAGGAACAAAAACAGCAUUUAUCAAUGUCCGAGUUCUUGACACUCCUGGUGCACCACAAAACCUUACCAUCAAAGAAAUCACAAAAGAUUCUGUUUCACUCAUCUGGGACCCUCCAGUCAUUGAUGGUGGAUCAAGAAUCAGGCAUUACAUUGUGGAAAAACGUGAAUCUACAAGAAAAGCAUAUUCCAUUGUCAAUGCCUCUUGUCCUAAAACAAGUUGGAGAAUUGGAGAUUUACAAGAAGGAAAUUUGUAUUUCUUCAGAAUUUUGGCAGAAAAUGAGUAUGGUGUAGGUCUUCCAGUAGAGACAAUGGAAGCUAUAAAAAUCUCUGAGAGACCUCUUCCUCCAGGAAAAGUUACUCUAAAAGAAGUAACUAGCAACAGUGUUACACUUUCUUGGGAGAAGCCAGACCAUGAUGGAGGAAGCAGAAUUACCGGUUAUAUUGUUGAAAUGCAAGGAAAAAACAGUGACAAAUGGACCCAGGUAAUGACUGUUAAAGUAACAGAAGCAGUUGUUGUUGGCCUUACACAAGGUGAAGAAUACUCCUUCCGCAUUUCUGCAACCAAUGAAAAAGGAAUAAGUGAUCCGCGUCCACUUAGCGUCCCUGUCAUUGCUAAGGAUGUUGUUAUUGCCCCUGCCUUCAAACUGUUAUUUAGCACAUUCAGUGUUCUGGCAGGUGAUGAUCUGAAAAUUGACGUGCCUUAUGUUGCUCAGCCCAAGGCAGCAGUUGUUUGGCAAAAAGAUGGCAUUUCUUUGAAGGAGACAACAAGAGUAAAUACUGAAGUAGCAGAGAGACAUCUUUACCUUUUAUUAAAGGAGGCAACAAGGGAUGAUGUGGGUAAAUAUACUAUUAAAAUUACAAACUCAGCUGGUGAAGCAACAGCAGACAUCAAUGUUAUUGUACUUGAUAAACCUGGACCACCAACUGGCCCAAUCAAAAUAGAGGAGGUAACUGCAGACAGUGUUACAUUGUCAUGGCAGCCUCCAGAGUAUGAAGGAGGAUGCAGCAUUAAUAACUACAUUGUUGAAAAGCGAGACACAUCCACCACAAAUUGGCAGAUUGUUUCUGCAACAGUGGCAAGAACAACAACUAAAGCGGCAAGACUCAAGACUGGCUGUGAGUAUCAAUUUAGGAUUGCUGCGGAAAACAGAUAUGGAAAGAGUUCAGUUAUUGUGUCUGAGCAUGUUGUGGCGCAGUAUCCCUUUGAAAUUCCACAUCCACCCGGAAUUCCAGCUGUUCAGUCUGCUACUAAAGAAAGCAUGGUUGUUGUAUGGAACAAACCCAGCAGUGAUGGUGGAAGCAAGAUUUUGGGAUAUCACAUUGAAAGUAAAGAAAAAAACAGCUUGCUGUGGGUGAAACAAAACAAAACAAUCAUUCCAGACACACGAUUCAAGAUAGGUGGUCUUGAAGAAGGCAUUGAAUAUGAAUUUAGAGUGUAUGCUGAGAAUAUAGUUGGUCUAAGCAAAGCAAGCAAAGUGUCUGAAAUUCAAGUGGCUAGAGAUCCAUGUGAUCCUCCAGGCAAACCUGAAGCAGUUAUCGUGAAAAGAAGCUCUGUAACACUCAGGUGGACACCCCCACAGUUUGAUGGUGGAAUCAAAAUUACUGGAUAUGUUGUUGAAAAGAAAGAACUGCCUAAUGGUCGAUGGAUGAAAGCCUCUUUUGCUAACAUUAUUGAGACUGAAUUUGUUGUCAGUGGGUUGGUAGAGGAGCAACAAUAUGAGUUCCGUGUCAUUGCAAGAAAUGCUGCAGGUGUCUCUAGUGUUCCAUCAGACAGCACUGGUGCAAUAACAGCAAAGGAUGAAGUUGAUCCACCCCAAAUUGACUUGGAUGCCAAAUACUCUCAAAAUGUUGUUGUUAAUGCUGGUGAAUCAUUCAGAAUUGAUGCAGGGAUACUUGGCAAACCUAUUCCUUCAGUGCACUGGAUAAAAUCUGGCGAAGAACUUACAAAUACUGCAAGGCUUGAAAUCAAGAAUACUGACUUCACGACAACUUUAAGUGUCAAGGAGGCUAUCCGUGUUGAUGGAGGCCAGUAUACAUUAUUACUGAAAAAUGUUGGUGGAGAGAAAUCAGUAAUCAUCAAUGUCAAGGUUCUGGACAGGCCUGGGCCUCCAGAUGGUCCAAUUUCAAUCUAUGGAGUUACAAGUGAAAAGUGUUGCAUUUCCUGGAAAACUCCAUUGCAUGAUGGAGGUGCAGAGGUGUCUCAUUACAUUGUGGAAAGAAGAGAAACCAGUCGAUUGGUUUGGACUGUUGUAGAAUUAAAGGUACAAACCCUUAAUCUCAAAAUUACAAAACUUCUUCCUGGAAAUGAGUAUAUUUUUAGAGUAAUACCUGUGAACAAAUAUGGAAUUGGUGAGCCUUUGGAAUCUGAUCCAGUGAUUGCAGCAAAUCCGUUUGUCACACCUGAAGCACCAAGUAAUGUUGAAGUGUCAAACAUAACAAAGGAUUCCAUGGUUAUCACAUGGGAAAGACCCACUAAUGAUGGUGGCAGUGCAAUUACGGGAUAUAUUGUUGAAAAAAGAGACAAAGAAGGUGUUAGGUGGACAAGGUGCAACAAACGUGUAGUGAGUGAACUACGAUUUAGAGUAACAGGACUUCUUGAAAUGAGAAGUUAUGAAUUCCGUGUGUCUGCUGAAAACGCAGCUGGAGUUGGUAAGCCAAGUCCACCCACAGUGUACUUCAAAGCAGCGGAUCCAGUCUUUAAGCCUGGCCCACCCAACAACCCUAAAGUAGCUUAUGUGUCAAGAGCAUCUGUUGUACUGCAUUGGAGCAAGCCAAUUUACGAUGGUGGCUGUGAGAUUCAAAGUUAUAUUGUUGAGGCAUGUGAAGUCACUUCAGAUGAAUGGGUGAUGUGUACACCACCAUCAGGAAUAACUGAAACAAGAUUUGAAGCUAAAAAACUGCUUGAAAAGCAUGAGUACAAAUUCCGAAUUUGUGCUGUUAAUAAGAUUGGCGUCGGAGAAACUGCUGAUAUCCCAGGAUCUGUUAUCAUUGAGGAUAAACUUGAGGCACCAGAUAUUGAUCUUGAUGCUGACCUGAGAAAGAUGAUCACUGUCAGAGCUGGAGGUUCUCUUAGAUUGUUUGUUCCUAUCCGGGGACGACCAACUCCUGAAGUCAAAUGGGGAAAAACUGAAGGUGAAAUCAAUGAGGCAGCACAGAUUGAUAUUACAAGCAGUUUUACCUCACUUGUAAUUGAAAAUGUUAACAGGUUUGACAGUGGAAAAUACACUUUGACCCUGGAAAAUGCUAGUGGAACAAAAUCUGCAUUUAUUAGCGUCAGAGUAUUAGAUACUCCUGAUAUGCCUGCGAACUUCCGUGUGAAGGAAAUAACAAAGAACUCGGUUACUCUUACCUGGGAGCCUCCUUUGCUGGAUGGUGGUGCUAAAAUAAAAAGCUACAUUGUUGAAAAACGAGAGAGUACACGAAAGGUAUAUUCUGCUGUUACUACUUGCAACAAGAUGACAUGGAAAAUUGAACCACUUGAAGAGGGAAGUAUCUACUUCUUCAGAGUUCUUGCUGAAAAUGAGCAUGGCAUUGGAUUGCCCGCAGAGACUCCAGAACCACUGAAAAUUUCAGAGGUGCCACAACCCCCUGGCAAAGUUUCUGUAGUGGAUGUAACACGGAAGAGUGUUUCUCUAAAAUGGGAAAAGCCAGAGCAUGAUGGAGGCAGCAGAAUCACUUAUUAUGAAGUUGAAAUGCAAGCAAAGGAUCAAGAUAAAUGGUCUCUUUGUGCUCAAGUAAAAGCCCUUGAUACUGUUGUAACUAAUUUAGCACAGGGUGGGGAGUACAUCUUCAGAGUCAUUGCUGUCAAUGACAAAGGAAAGAGUGAUCCCAGACUUCUGGCAAGUCCUGUUGUUGCAAAGGACCUCGCUAUUGAGCCCACAGUAAGAACAAAACUAAGUACAUACAGUGUACAGGUUGGAUAUGAUUUGAAAAUUGAAGCACGAAUUUCUGGUCAUCCAAAACCAACUAUUACAUGGAACAAAGAUGGUUCAGCUUUGAAACAGACCACAAGAGUAAAUGUUGCUGACACUGCACAUCAUACCACUCUUACCAUAAAAGAUGCAACAAGAGAAGAUGGUGGUAUGUAUAACAUUGUUGUGGCUAAUGUACUUGGACAACAAGAAGCUACUGUUGAAAUAAUCAUCCUGGAAAAACCUGGCCCACCAACAGGCCCAGUAAGAAUUGAUGAAGUAAGUGCAGAGAGUAUUACAUUGUCUUGGGAUCCACCAACAUACACUGGAGGCUGCCAGAUUUCAAAUUAUAUUGUUCAAAAGAGAGACACAACCACCACAAACUGGGUAGUUGUUUCUGCCACAGUAGCAAGAACUACACUCAAAGUUGGUAAUUUAAAAACUGGAGCUGAAUACCAGUUUAGAAUCUUUGCUGAAAAUAGAUAUGGUAAAAGCUAUGGCAUUGACUCUGAUCCAGUUCUUGCCCAGUAUCCUUUCAAAGAGCCCGGGCCUCCAGGAACUCCAUUUGUGUCUGCUUUCAAUAAAGAGUCUAUGGUUGUUGAAUGGCACAAACCAGUCUCAGAUGGUGGAAGUGCUAUUCUCGGAUAUCAUCUUGAGAGAAAAGAGAAAAAUAGCAUUCUUUGGACAAAGAUUAACAAAAUACUCAUUCAAGACACACGAUAUAAAACAUCUCCAUUGGAAGAGGGCAUUGAAUAUGAGUUUAGGGUAUAUGCUGAAAACAUAGUUGGAAUUGGAAAAUGCAGCAAAACCUCUGAGGGUUGCAUUGCACGUGAUCCCUGUGACCCACCAGGUACCCCUGUGCCAGUCAUUGUGACAAGACACUCAGUGAAACUUAGAUGGACACCACCAGAAUAUGAUGGAGGCAGCCUUGUAACUGGAUAUGUUGUAGAGAAACGAGACCUGCCAGAGGGCCGUUGGAUGAAAGCCAGUUUUGCAAACAUUCUUGAAACUGAAUUUACAGUCACAGGUCUUAUAGAAGACUGCAAAUAUGAUUUCAGAGUAAUAGCAAGAAAUGGAGCUGGAUCGGUCAGUAGACCCUCUGAGAGCACAGGCUCAGUUACAGCUAAGGAUGAAGUUGAACCACCAACCUAUGAGGUUGCUUCAGAGUAUAGUCAGAUUUUGACAGUGAAUGCUGGAGACACAUUUUCCCUUGAAGCAUCUGUGCUGGGAAAGCCAAUUCCAGCAAUGCAGUGGUUUAAGGGUGACGUGGAGGUUGAAAACUCAGCAAGAGCUGAGAUCAAGAACACUGACUUUAAAGCAGUUCUUGUUGUCAAAGAUGCCAUUCGAAUUGAUGGAGGACAAUACACAUUGCACCUUUCCAAUGUGGCUGGAUCAAAAUCUGUUUCCUUCAAUGUGAGAGUGCUUGAUAGACCUGGACCUCCAGAAGGUCCAUUGACUGUUUCUGGUGUGACAAAUGAAAAAUGUUCAUUGUCAUGGCUGCCUCCCAGACAUGAUGGUGGCAGUAGCAUUUCUUAUUAUGUUAUACAAAAGAGAGAAACAAGUCGUCUUGCUUGGACUGUAGUUUCAGGUGAUUGUGGAGCAACCAUGUUCAAAGUUACAAAGCUUCUAAAAGGAAAUGAAUAUAUAUUCCGUGUCAUGGCUGUCAACAAAUAUGGAGUUGGUGAACCACUUGAAUCUAGAGCAGUGAUUAUGAGAAAUCCUUUUGUUGCACCUGGCCCACCUCAAGAUCUAGAAAUAACAAAUAUUUCAAGAGACUCUAUGACUGUAUGCUGGACUCGUCCUGAGAGUGAUGGCGGAAAUGAGAUUGUUGGUUACAUUGUAGAGAAAAGAGACAGAGCUGGAAUUCGAUGGACAAAAUGUAACAAACGCAGAGUCACAGACCUACGUUUCAGAGUCACAGGUUUGACAGAGGAUCAUGAAUAUGAAUUCAGGUUAUCAGCAGAAAAUGCUGCUGGAGUUGGACAACCAAGUCAACCAACAGUUUAUUACAAAGCCUGCGAUCCAACAUUCAAGCCUGGCCAGCCAACUAAUGCACACCUUGUUGACACUACAAAGAAUUCAGUCACAGUUGCAUGGAGUAGGCCAAUAUAUGAUGGUGGCUUAGAUAUUCAAGGCUACGUUGUUGAGAUAUCUAAAGCUGAUGAAGAAGAAUGGAUCACAUGUACUCCACCAACUGGAUUAAAUGAUACUAAAUUUUCGAUAACUAAACUCACUGAACACCAAGAAUACAAAGUCCGCAUAUGUGCCUUAAAUAAACUAGGUGUUGGUGAGCCAGUGCCCAUCCAAGGCAGUGUCAAACCAGUGGAUAAAAUGGAUGCACCUGAAAUUGAACUUGACUCUGAGUUAAGGAAAGGCAUUGUUGUGCAUGCUGGAGGAUCUAUGAGAAUCAACAUACCAUUCAAAGGACGGCCUAUUCCUGAGAUAAACUGGACCAAGGAUGACGGAGAUUUACCAGAUAAAGCCCAAAUAGACAAGGGACCAGAUUUCACCCAUCUGACAAUUAAUAUAUGCGACCGAAAUGAUGCUGGAAAAUAUACAUUGACUUUGCAAAAUAGUGCUGGCACCAAAUCAGCAUUUGUCUCAGUAAAAGUACUUGACACACCAGGUGCUCCACAGAACCUUUUUGUAAAGGAUAUAACAAGAAACUAUGUUACACUUGUUUGGGAACCUCCACUUAUUGAUGGUGGUUCAAAAAUCAAAAAUUACAUUAUUGACAAGAGGGAAUCAACUAGACAAGGAUUUACAAACAUUACUACUAAGUGCUCGAAGACCAGCUUCCGUGUUGGUGAUCUGACAGAGGGUGGUAUUUAUUACUUCAGAGUCAUGGCAGAAAAUGAAUUUGGAAUUGGCCUGCCUGUAGAAACAGAAGAAUCUGUUAAGACAGCAGACCCCCCUUUAUCAGUUGGCAAGGUCACUUUGACUGAUGUCACAAAAACCACAGCAUCACUAUCCUGGGAUAAACCAGAUCAUGAUGGUGGCAGCAGAAUAUUGGGUUAUUACAUUGAAAUGCAGCCAAAAGGAUCAGAGGAAUGGAUUGUUGCCACAGUCUGCAAAACAUGUGAGGGUACAGUGGCUGGACUUAGUUCAGGACAAGAAUAUCUCUUAAGAGUUUUAGCUUACAAUGAGAAGGGAAAAAGUGAUCCCAGGCCAUUAGCUUCUCCUGUCAUUGCCAAAGAUGUUACUAUUGAACCAAGCUUCAAACUAACUUUCAACACAUACAGUGUUCAAUCUGGCGAAGAUCUCAAAGUGGAAAUACCAUUUAAAGGGCGUCCAACUCCAAAGAUUGGAUGGAUGAAAGAUGGACAAGCACUUAAAGAGACAACCAGAUUAAAUGUCUCAAGCACUGCAACGUCAACGGUUCUUAAAAUUAAAGAAGCAAAUAGAGAGGACUCUGGCAAGUACACAAUCACAGCUACAAACAAUAUAGGUACAGUCACAGAAGAGGUUGCCAUAAUCAUUCUUGAUAAACCAGGUCCACCAACUGGACCAGUCAAAAUCGAUGAAGUAAGUGCCACCUAUGUUGUCAUUUCCUGGGAGCCACCAGUUUACACAGGAGGUUGUCAGAUAAACAACUAUGUAGUGGAAAAACGUGAUACAACCACGACUAACUGGCAGACCGUUUCUGCAACAAUUGCUCGAACCACAAUCAAAAUCUCAAAGCUGAAGACUGGUUCUGAAUAUCAGUUUAGAGUGUUUGCUGAGAACAGAUAUGGAAAGAGCGGAUCAAUAGAUUCAACGCCAGUUGUGGUCAGUUAUCCUUUCACUGAGCCUGCAGCUCCUGGUGCACCAUUUGUUUCAUCAGUCACAAAAGACCACAUGACAAUUGAAUGGAAACCCCCCAGCAAUAAUGGAGGCAGCCCUAUUAUUGGAUAUCACCUGGAGCGUAAAGAAAAGAACAGCAUCUUAUGGACCAAACUUAACAAACUUCUUAUCACUGACACUCGAUUGAGAACAAAUGGUCUGGAGGAGGGAAUUGAAUAUGAAUAUAGGGUUUUUGCUGAAAAUAUUGCAGGAAUCAGUCCAUCAAGCAAAGUGUCAGAAAGUGUUGUUGCACGUGACCCAUGUGAUCCACCUGGAACUCCUGAAGCUAUUGUUAUCACAAGAAACCUCAUAACUCUUCAAUGGACUAAACCACAGUAUGAUGGUGGCAGUGUAAUUACAGGAUACAUAAUUGAAAGGAAGAAGUUGCCUGAUGGUCGUUGGAUGAAGGCCAGUUUUACAAAUAUUAUAGACACACAAUUUACAAUAACUGGAUUACAUGAAGAACAAAGAUAUGAAUUCAGGGUAAUAGCCAGAAAUGCAGCUGGUAUUUUAAGUGUUCCAUCUGAAAGUACUGGACCAAUUACUGCUCAGGAUGAGAUUGAAGCUCCAUCUGUCUCCAUGGAUUCAAGAUUUAAAGAUGUUAUUAUUGUAAAGGCUGGUGACUCCUUUAGUAUUGACUCUGACAUUGCUGGCAAACCUCUACCUGAUAUUGUGUGGCUUAAGGAUGGAAAGGAAAUUGAUAGUGCUACACCCAGAAUGGAGAUUAAAUCCACCAUUACCCGAACAGUUUUGACUGUUAAAGACUGCAUCAGAGUAGAUGGUGGUCAUUUUGUCUUAAGUCUCAGUAACGUUGGUGGAACAAAGCAGGUACCCAUUAAUGUCAAGGUUCUUGAUAGACCUGGUCCGCCUGAUGGCCCUCUAAAAGUAACUGGUGUCGCUGCAGAAAAAUGUUAUUUGCACUGGAGCCACCCUUCACAUGAUGGUGGAGCUAGUAUUUCACAUUACAUUAUUGAAAAAAGAGAAACUAGCAGGCUGUCUUGGACAGUAGUGGAACCUAAAAUUCAAGCAAUCAGUUACAAAGUUACUAAACUCCUACCUGGUAAUGAGUAUAUUUUCAGAGUAAUGGCAGUGAACAAGUAUGGUAUUGGUGAACCACUUGAAUCUGAACCCGUUCUUGCAAAAAAUCCUUUUAAUAAACCGGGACCCCCUUCAACUCCAGAAGCAAGUGCAAUCACCAGAGACUCCAUAGUCCUCACAUGGGAACGACCAGAGGAUGAUGGUGGAUCACAAAUUGAUGGCUUUGUUCUUGAAAAACGUGAUAAAGAGGGUAUUCGAUGGACAAAGUGUAACAAGAAAAGACUAAAUGACCUGAGAUUCAGAGCCACUGGGCUUACAGAGGGACACUUCUAUGAAUUCAGAGUAUCUGCUGAAAAUGCUGCUGGUGUGGGCACACCAAGUGAACCAUCUGAAUAUUACAAAGCUUGUGAUGCAACCUAUCCUCCUGGUCCUCCUAAUAAUCCUAAAGUGACAGAUCAUUCCAGCACAACUGUUUCUUUGGCAUGGAGUAGACCAAUUUAUGAUGGUGGAGCACCUGUCUCAGGAUACAUUGUUGAGGCAAAGGACAUUAACGAAGAUGAAUGGACUGUGUGUACACCUCCAACUGGUGUCCAAGCAACUCACUUCACCGUUAAAAAAUUAAAGGAAAAUGCAGAAUACAACUUCCGUAUUUGUGCAGUUAAUAUAGAGGGGGCUGGAGAACAUGUUGAUGUUCCAGGAUCUGUAAUUGCAGCUGAAAAACUUGAAGCUCCUGAAAUAGAACUUGAUGCAGAUCUUAGAAAAUGUGUUACUGUGCGUGCCAGUGCAACACUUCGGUUAUUUGUCACAAUAAGGGGUAGACCAGAGCCUGAGGUAAAGUGGAAAAAGGCAGAUGGCACCUUACCAGAGCGUGCUCAAAUUGAGGUUACAGGCUCUUACACUGGGCUUGUUAUUGACAAUGUUAACCGGUUUGACACUGGCAAGUAUGUUUUAACACUUGAAAACAAUAUUGGCUCAAAAUCUGCAUUUGUUAAUGUCAAAGUUCUUGACUCUCCAAGUGCUCCAGUCAACUUUGAAGUUAAGGAUGUAAAGAGAGAUUCUGUCCAGCUACAAUGGGAGCCUCCACAAAUUGAUGGUGGAGCCAAGAUAACCCAUUACAUUGUAGAAAAGCGUGAAUCCAAGAGACUAGCAUUCACAUCUAUAACAAACAACUGUGUCAGAAAUUCAAUCAGGGUUGAUGAUCUCCAAGAAGGAGGUCUUUACCACUUCCGUGUAUUGGCUGUCAAUGAACUUGGUGUUGGUUUGCCUGCAGAGACUACAGAGGCUGUCAAAAUUUCCCAAGCACCCUUACCACCUGGUAAAAUUACAGUUAUUGAUGUAACUCGACACACUGUUACUUUGUCAUGGGAAAAGCCAGAUCAUGAUGGUGGCAGCAAAAUCACAGGCUAUAUGGUGGAAAUGAUGACUAAGGGAUCAGAUAAAUGGACUGCAUGUGUCACAAUAAAGGCACUGGAAGCCACAAUUGAAGGACUUACAACAGGAGAGGAAUACAGCUUCAGAAUUACAGCAAUUAAUGACAAAGGAAAGAGCGAUCCUAAACCACUGGGAGCACCUGUUGUGGCAAGAGAUAUUACUAUUGAACCCAUUAUUGAUUUGAUGUUCAAUACCUACAGUGUAAAAGCUGGAGAUGAUCUCAAAAUAGAUGUUCCGUUCAGAGGCAGACCUUCUCCAGAGGUUACAUGGAAGAAGGAUGGUCACUCGCUAAAGCAAACAACCAGAGUUAAUGUUUUGACAUCAAAGACAUUAUCCAAGAUCACCAUCAAGGAUGCUACACGAGAAGAUGCUGGAAAAUAUGAAAUUACUUUAACCAAUACAUUUGGGGUCAAGUCUGCAGAAAUAUCGGUCAUCGUUCUUGAUAAACCAGGCCCACCAGGUGCAAUCAAGGUAGAGGAAAUAAGCGCUGAUUUUAUUUCACUUUCAUGGGACCCUCCGAUAUAUGAUGGUGGCUGUCAAAUUAAUAAUUAUGUAGUUGAAAAAAGAGAUACGACUACUACAGCAUGGCAAAUUGUUUCAGCAACAGUUGCAAGAACAUCAAUCAAAGUAUCUCGUUUGACACAAGGAACAGAAUAUCAGUUCCGUAUUGCAGCAGAGAAUCGUUAUGGUAAAAGCCAUGCUAUUGACUCAGCCCCAAUUGUAGCACAAUACCCCUUUACACCUCCAGGCCCUCCAACCAGUCUUCAGGUUUCUCAUGCCACUAAAUCAGGAAUGUUAGUUACAUGGAACAGACCAGCAAGUGAUGGUGGGAGUCCUAUUGUUGGAUAUCACAUAGAGUGCAAAGAUCAGAGCAGCAUUCUUUGGACAAAGAUGAACAGAGGACUUAUAACAGAAACUCAGUUCAAAGUAACUGGCUUGGAAGAAGGCCUACAGUAUCAGUAUAGAGUAUAUGCAGAAAAUAUAGCUGGCAUUGGACCAUGCACAAAGGCAUGUGAUCCUGUUUCUGCCCGAGAUCCAUGUGCACCACCCAGUCAGCCACGCGUUAUGAACAUCACAAGAACAUCUGUUUCUCUUUCUUGGACAAAACCGGAGUUUGACGGUGGAGCUAAGGUUACUGGCUAUAUUGUUGAGCGUAGUGAACUUCCAGAUGGACGUUGGUUAAAGUGUAAUUUCACCAAUCUUCAAGAAACAUAUUUUGAUGUGACUGGUCUGAUUGAAGAUCAAAGAUAUGAUUUCCGAAUCAUUGCUAAAAAUGCAGCUGGCUUAUUCAGUGAACCAUCAGAAAGCACUGGACCUGUAACAGUAAAAGAUGAUGUUGAUCCACCACGCAUAACAAUUGAGGACAAGCUAAGACAACUUGUUGUAAUAAAAGCUGGUGAAAUACUGAGAAUUGAUGCUGAAAUAUCAGGACGUCCAAUUCCUGUGAUUUCAUGGGCAAAGGAUGGAAAAGAAAUUGAAGCCAAGGCCAGAUUUGAGAUUUCUUCAACACUUACUAGUACAACGCUAAUUGUGAGAGAUGCCAUUAGACGUGAUUCAGGACAGUAUGUUCUAACGUUACAGAAUGUUGCAGGCACCAGAUCUUUGGCAGUAAAUUGUAAGGUCCUGGACAGGCCUGGUCCAUCAUCUGGACCAUUGGAUAUAACUGGUUUGACUGCAGAAAAAUGUACAUUGACCUGGGGACCACCUCAGGAAAAUGGAGGCGCUGAAAUUCAACACUACAUUGUUGAGAAACGUGAGACUAGCCGGCUUGCCUGGACUCUGGUCUAUGCAGACAUGAAGGCCACAACAUGUAAAGUAACAAAAUUGCUCAAAGGUAAUGAGUAUAUAUUUAGAGUUCGAGGAGUUAAUAAGUAUGGAACUGGUGAAGCUCUGGAGAGUGAUCCAGCAAAGGCAAUGGAUCCGUUCACAGUCCCUGCUGCACCAACAGAUGUUGAAGUCACAAGUGUUACAAGUGAAGCAAUGACAAUUUGCUGGGAAAGACCCAUCUCUGAUGGAGGCAGUAGUAUUUCUGGUUAUGUAAUUGAGAAACGUGAGAAAUCUGGUCUUCGUUGGGUACGUGUGAACAAAAAGCCUGUGUAUGACCUAAGAGUAAAAGCUUCUAAUCUCCGUGAAGGCUGUGAGUAUGAAUACAGAGUAUUUGCUGAAAAUGCUGCUGGUUUGAGUGCACCAAGUGUGCCUUGCCCACUGACAAAGGCAGAGGAUCCAUUGUUCCUGCCAUCACCUCCAGCUAAACCUAAAAUAAUUGAUUCUACUAAAACAUCAGUAACACUGUCUUGGAACAAGCCAUUAUUUGAUGGUGGUUCACCAGUAACUGGAUACAUGGUGGAAUACAGAAAUACCAAUGAUGAUGAUUGGACAGUUGGUGUCAAUAACACCAAGAGCACAGAGUUCACUGUUGUGGGACUCACAUCAGGAACAGAGUAUGUCUUUGUAGUCAGAUCAAUUAACAAAAUUGGCCCAAGUGAGCCAAGCCCUGAAACUGAUCCACAGGUAGCAAAGGAAAGAGAAGAUGAGCCAGUUUUCUUAAUCAGUAAUGAAAUGAGGAAGACACUGGUUGUGAAAGACGGAAGCUCAUUUACCCUUAGAGUCCCAUUCAAAGGGAAGCCUGUCCCACAUGUAAUGUGGAACAAACCAGAUGUUGAUCUGAGAGUGAGGGCAUCUAUUGACACAACUGAUACCUGCACAUCGGUCACAAUUGAGCAAGCUACAAGAGAUGACUCUGGGAAAUACACUGUAACUCUCCAAAAUGUUGCUGGAACUGCUACACUGACGCUGAGUGUAAAGGUCCUUGAUUCUCCAGGCCCACCAGCUCACAUUGAAGUAAAAGAAGUCACCAAGAGUUCAGCAACUAUUACAUGGGAUACUCCUGACAACGAAGGUGGUGCUCCAGUCAAAAACUACCUUGUUGAUCUCCGCGAGGCAACUAAGAUGGGCUGGAGCAGGAUUUCAAACAGUUGUCCCAGAUUGACUUAUAAAGUGACUAAUCUACAAGAGGGGGGUGUAUAUUAUUUCAGAGUUACUGGUGAGAAUGAGUAUGGCGUAGGAGUGCCACUUGAGACCAAGGAAGGAACAAAGAUUACAGAAAAACCAAGCCCACCACCCAAGCUUGGGGUAACUGAUGUCACAAAAGAAAGUGUCUCACUAGCAUGGCUUAAACCAGAACAUGAUGGAGGAAGCAGAAUAACAAACUACCUGGUUGAGGCCCUUGAAAAAGGACAACAAAAGUGGAUAAAGUGUGGUUCCACCAAAUCCACUCAUUUCGUUGUUGAUGGUUUGAGAGAAAAUGCUGAAUACUACUUCAGAGUUCGUGCUGAAAACCAUGCUGGGCUAAGCGACCCCAAAGACAUGGUUUUACCUGUGCUUGUUAAAGACCAGCUGGAGGCGCCAGAAAUUAAUAUGAAGGACUUCCAACACAAUACUGCCUAUGUUAAGGCAGGUUCAAAUCUCAAGAUUGAGAUCCCCCUUACUGGUAAACCUUUACCAAAAGUUUCCCUGUCUAAAGAUGGACAGGUUCUAAAGUCUACCAUGAGAUUCAACUUUGAUGUGACAACUGACUCCCUUAUAAUUUAUUUGCGUGAGAGUGUUGCUUCAGAUGCAGGCAGAUAUGAUAUCACAGCCUCUAACUCUAAUGGAACCACAAAAUCUUUUGUGAAUGUUGUGGUUCUUGAUAGACCAGGUCCAGCGGUUGGGCCUGUUGAAAUGUGUGAUAUCACAGAGGACAGUGUGAGUCUGAAGUGGUUGCCUCCUGCAUAUGAUGGUGGAAGCCCAAUCACCAACUACAUUGUUCUCAAACGUGAGACCACUACUGCCAACUGGAUAGAAGUUUCAUCUGCUGUUGCAAGGUGCACAAUCAAGAUCAUGAAGCUGAAUACUGGCGUUGAGUACCAGUUCAGAAUCAAGGCUGAGAAUCGCUUUGGCAUCAGUGAGCACAUUGAUUCACAAACUGUGACAGUCAGUCUUCCAUACACACUUCCUGUGGCACCUUCACAACCAUGGGUGUCAGCUGUAACAAAGGAAAGUAUCGUUGUAAACUGGAAGGAGCCAUCCUCAGAUGGUGGAAGCCAUGUCUUCGGAUAUCACCUUCAAAUGAAAGACAGAAACAGUAUUCUUUGGCAGAAAGUUAACACAACUGUUAUUCGUGCUACACACUUUAAAGUAACAAAUGUGAAUGCUGGUUUGAUCUACGAGUUCAAGGUUGCAGCUGAAAAUGCUGCUGGUAUUGGUCCAAUUAGCAAGUCCUCAGAUCCUGUGCUUGCAAUCGAUGCUUGUGAACCUCCCAACAGUGUUAGAGUCACUGAUAUCACAAAGAACUCUAUUAGUCUAGCCUGGCAGAAACCUUCAUAUGAUGGUGGAAGUAAAAUUACUGGAUAUUUAAUUGAAAUGAAAGAUGGUCCAAAAGGCAGAUGGUCAAAAGCUAAUUUGACAAAUGUUACUGACACCAAGUUUACUGUAUCAGGCUUGACUCAGAAUGAAUCUUAUGAAUUCCGAGUCAUGGCUAAAAAUGCAGUUGGUUCAGUCAGUAACCCAUCUGAAAUUGUUGGACCAGUCACAUGUGUGGACACUUAUGGUGCCCCUGAGGUUGAUCUUCCUCAGGAAUAUCUCGAUGUUGUGAAAUACAAAGCUGGUGCUACGGUUCAGCUUAAAAUUGGUAUUGUUGCUAAACCUCAACCAACAAUUGAAUGGUACAAGGACGGAAAAGAACUUGAGUCUGGAGCACAGAUUUCUAUUUCCAACACCACUGAGUUUACAUGCAUUUCAGUCAGGGAAGCCACUCGUCUGAAUACUGGAACAUACGAACUCAAGAUCAAGAACUCUUUAGGCUCUGCAUAUGCUGCGGUUAGAGUACUUGUUCAAGACAAACCUGGACCCCCUGCUGGAGAGAUACAGUUUAAGAAAAUCACAGCUGAUACUAUGACCAUCAUGUGGGAUCCUCCAGCUGAUGAAGGUGGCGCAAUGGUCACCCACUACAUUGUGGAGAAACGUGAGACAAGCAGAAUUAUGUGGUCCAUAAUCUCAGAAAAAUUACAAGACUGCAUUGUCACAGUCCCAAGGCUAAUUAAGGGCAAUGAAUACAUCUUCCGUGUUCGUGGCGUAAACAAACAUGGAGUUGGUGAUCCUUUGGAAUCUAGACCAGUAAUUGCACAGAAUUCCUUUGUUCAUCCUAGUCAGCCUUCUAAACCUCAAGUCACCAUGAUUACAAGGUCAACAAUGACUGUGGUGUGGGAAAGACCAAGUUUGGAUGGUGGCAGUGACAUUGAUGGAUAUUACUUAGAGAAACGAGAGAAGAAAAGUCUACAGUGGUUCAAGGUUAUAAAAGAUCCAAUCCGUGAUACCAGACAAAAAGUCCACAACCUCACAGAAGGAAAUGAAUAUCAGUAUCGUGUCUGUGCAAUCAACAAAGCUGGUGCAGGUCCAUAUUCUGAUGUCUCCAUCUUCUACAAAGCUUAUGACCCAAUUGAUCCACCAAGUGAGCCUACCAAGCUCAGAGUUGUUGAUUCAACAAAGACAUCAAUUACUCUUGGAUGGGUGAAGCCUGUUUAUGAUGGUGGGAGCGAAAUCACAAGCUACGUUAUUGAACAAAGAAUAGCUGAUGAGACAGAAUGGGUCACUAUAAGUUCUAAAGGAGAAGUAAGAACUACUGAGUUUGUUGUGUCCCAUUUAAAACCUGGAGUUUACUACUACUACCGUGUCUCUGCUGUGAAUUGUGUUGGAACUGGACGUUCGAUUGAGAUUGUGCAGCCAGUGCAGGCCAAAGAUAUUCUGGAGGAAGCUGAUGUGGAUCUUGACAUCUCAAUGUCAACUCAGUACAUAGCUAAGGCUGGUAGAGAUGUUGAAAUUGUAAUUCCUCUUAAGGGUAGACCUGCCCCAAAUGUUACAUGGCGAAAGGGAGACAAAAACAUUAGUGGUGAUGCAAGAUAUGCCAUCAGAAACACAGAAUACUCAACUACACUGAUCAUUCCAAAAGUCACAAGGGAUGACACUGGCAAAUAUCUUCUUGAAAUUGAAAAUGGAGUUGGGGAGCCAAAAACCAUCACAGUUUCUGUUAAAGUAUUGGACACACCAUCUGCCUGUAACAGGUUGAUAGUGAAGAAUGUGACAAGAGGUAAACUUACUCUAAGCUGGGAACCACCUUAUAUUGAUGGUGGCUCUCCAAUCACAAAUUACGUUGUUGAAAAGAAGGAUGCUAAAAUGAAGGCAUUCACUAUUGUGACAAAUGAAUGUGCCAAUACAACCUAUAAAGUUGAUGGACUGUCUGAAGAAAUUUCUUAUUUCUUCCGUGUUUCUGCUGAAAAUGAAUAUGGUGUUGGCGAUCCUUGUGAGACUGAGCAGCCUGUGAGAGCAACAGAGAUGCCUGGUGCUAUAAAAGAUCUUGUACUGGUGGACUCAACUAAUACAUCUGUAUCACUGGCAUGGACAAAGCCAGAUCAUGAUGGUGGAAGUCACAUUAAUGAGUACAUUAUUGAGAAAAAAACAAAGGAUGAAGAAACAUGGAGCUCUGGUGGCACAUGCAGACGUUGCCAGUGUGAAGUAACUGAACUUAAAGAGCUUUCUGAAGUUUACUUUAGAGUUUUUGCAAAAAAUGAGAAGGGUCGCAGUGACUUCUCUCAAAUCGGGCCAAUCACUGUAAAGGAAUUCCUUAUACCUCCUGAGGCAAACCUUAUUGAUUAUCCUAAUGGAGAAUUAAGUGUUCGCAUUGGACAAAAUGUGAAUAUUGACUUACCCUACAAAGGUAAACCCAAACCAAUUAUUCAGUGGAUGAAAGACGAUGUUAUACUCAAGGAAAGUGAACAAGUUCGUUUCAGGCAAACAGAGAACAAGGCAAGUCUCAUUGUAAGAAAUGCAAGAAAGGAAAAUGCAGGAAAAUACACCUUGGUACUUGAUAACAAACUUGUCAAGAACUUCUUUGACAUCAAAGUCAUUACACUUGGGCCACCAUCUCAGCCCAUAGGCCCAAUCCGUUUUGAUGAAAUUAAAGCCCAGAGUAUUAUUAUCUCAUGGGAUGUACCCCAAGAAGAUGGCGGAGGAGAGAUCACCUGCUACAGUGUAGAAAAGCGAGAGACAUCUCAAGCAGCAUGGAAGAUAGUUUGCUCUAGUGUGGUCAGGACAACAUUCAAGAUACCAAAUUUAGUUAAGGGUACAGAAUACCAAUUUAGGGUGCGUGCAGAGAACAAAUAUGGAGUAAGUGAUCCUCUAACCUCACCAGAUGUGGUCGCUCAACACCAAUAUAAGCCACCAGGUCCACCAGGAAAACCUGUAGUAUUCAAUGUUACAAGUGAUGGCAUGACUGUUCAGUGGGAUGCCCCAGGUUUUGAUGGUGGUUCUCCAAUCACUGGAUACCACCUUGAGAAGAAAGACAGGAACAGCUUAUUGUGGAUGAAAGUGAAUACCAGUGUUAUUUCUGGAAGAGAAUACAGAGUCAUUGGACUUAUUGAAGGUCUGGAAUAUUCAUUCAGAGUGUAUGCACAAAACAAUGCUGGAAUGAGUCCAGUCAGUGAACAGAGCAAACACAAACUGGCAAUUUCUCCUGUUGAUCCUCCUGGCACACCUAACUGCAUUGAUGUUACAAGAGACUCUGUAACACUUCAAUGGGAACCACCAAAACGUGAUGGAGGCAGUAGGAUUGUAGCAUACAGUGUUGAAAGACGUCAAGGAAGAGCACGUUGGUUGAGAUGCAAUUUCAUUGAUGUUAGCGAAUGUCAGUUUACAGUAACAGGCCUUGCUGCUGGAGAUCGCUUCGAAUUCAGGGUAAUUGCCAGAAAUGCUGUUGGAACAGUUAGUCCACCAUCCCAGUCCUCUGGCUACAUCAUGACCAAGGAUGAAAGUGUCAUCCCUCAGAUUGAAUUUGAAGCUGAGAAAUCCCUCACCAUCAAGGCAGGAGAAAAUAUUAAACUCAGCUGCAGUAUAAGUGGACGUCCUGUACCUCAAGUUACUUGGUAUAAAGAUGGAAAGGAAGUUGACAAAAUGCUUGUUGACAUCACAACUGUUAUUGGAUCAAGCUCACUGUUCAUCAGAGAUGCUGACCGUAACCAUCGUGGUAUCUACACAGUUGAGGCCAAGAACAGUUCCGGCACAACAAAAGUGGAUGUUCUUGUUAGAGUACAAGAUACUCCUGGACCACCCGAAGGCCCACUUCGCUUUACAAAUAUUUCUGCAGAGAAAGCAACUCUUUGGUGGAGCCCACCUGAAAAUGAUGGCUGUGCAGCCAUCAGUAAUUAUGUGAUUGAGAAGCGUGAGACUUCCAGAAUUUCAUGGGCACUUGUAACAUCCAAGUGUGAAGCCUGCUCCUUCAAUGCCACAAAACUGAUUAAAGGAAAUGAAUAUCAGUUCCGUGUAUCCGCUGUCAAUAAAUUUGGAGUUGGCAAGCCACUAGAGUCUGAUCCAAUCAUUGCUCAGAUGCAGUACACUGUGCCAGAUGCACCUGGAACACCUGACUGUACUCAUGUGACAGGAAACAGUAUUACUCUGUGCUGGACAAGACCAAGACAUGAUGGUGGAAAUGAAAUUAAACAAUACAUCCUUGAAAGACGGGAAAAGAAGAGUUUAAGAUGGGUGAAGGUUUCAGCUAAAAGACCAAUAACUGAGCUUAGGCACAGAGUAACAAACCUUACAGAAGGGAAUGAAUAUGAAUUCCGUGUUAUGGCUGAAAAUGGUGCUGGAAUUGGACCUGCAAGUGGUAUAUCCAGAUUGUUCAAGUGCAGAGAGCCAACAAGUGCACCCAGUGCACCAACUUUGGUGAAGGUCAUUGAUUCCACCAAGACGUCUGUUACCCUGGCAUGGACCAAACCAGUGUUUGACGGUGGUUUGGAAAUCAUUGGUUACAUUAUAGAGAUGUGCAAGGCAAGCCUUGAGGAAUGGCACCGAGUCAACAAUCAGACGUGCAUCCAGACACAUUACAGAGUAACAGAGUUAGAAUCAGGUGAAGAAUAUAAAUUCCGUGUUUGUGCUGUCAAUGGUGCUGGCAAGGGAGAAUUCUCUGAGACUCCACAUAUAGUACAAGCAGUUGACAGACUGACCUCGCCAGAAAUUGAUAUAGAUGCAGACUUCAAGCAAACACAUAUUGUAAAGAAUGGUGGAACUGUCAAACUUCAUAUUCCUUUCCGUGGAAAACCAGUUCCACUUGCCACAUGGACAAAGGCAGAUGGAGAUCUUGGUGUAAUGGUGGAUAUAAAUACAACCGAUACAUUCAGCACCUUGACAAUUGAAAAUUGCACUAGAUAUGAUGCUGGCAAAUAUACACUCUCUCUUGAAAACAACAGUGGCCGUAAAACCAUUACACUAACAGUCAAAGUGUUGGACACACCUGGACCUCCAGGACCUCUUUCAUUCAAGGAUGUGACAAGGGGUGCUCUGACACUUAUGUGGGAUGCACCAUCAAAUGAUGGAGGGGCACGUGUUCAUCACUACAUUGUUGAAAAGCGAGAGGCAAGUCGAUUAAGUUGGCAGGAGGUCAGUGAAAGGUGCACACGUCAAAUCCUGCGAGUCAUCAACCUUGAUAUUGGUGUGGCAUACUUUUUUAGAGUUACAGCUGAAAAUCAAUACGGCAAAGGUGAGCCAUAUGAAAUGACAGAGCCUAUUAUAGCCACAGAAGAGCCUGCAUCUCCCAAGCGACUGGAUGUCAUUGAUACAACAUCCACAACAGCUAGCCUAGUGUGGAUGAAACCUGAGCAUGAUGGCGGAAGCCGAAUUACUGGAUACAUUGUUGAGACUAGAAAGAAGGGCUCUGCUAACUGGGUUUUUGGAGGUCAAACUAAAUCUCUGAAAAUGGUUCUUGAAGGCCUGGUUGAGAACACUGAAUAUGAGUUCCGUGUAAAGGCUCAGAAUGAUGCUGGCAUAAGUCAACCACGAGAUGCACUAGCCUCUGUCAUUAUAAAGGAGCCACGUAUAGAGCCAACCGCAGAUCUGAGUAGUAUAGAUAAACAACUCAUUACUUGCAAAACUGGAAAUUCUUUUGCCAUUGAUAUUCCAAUAAGUGGCAGACCAGCCCCCAAGGUAACAUGGAAGCUUGAAGAAAUGAAACUUAAAGAAACAGACAGAGUCUCGAUUAAGAUCUCUAAAGACAGAACCACUCUGCUGGUUAAGGAUGCCAAGAGGGGCGACAGUGGAAAGUAUUAUCUCACGCUUGAAAAUGCAGCUGGAUCAAAGACAUUCACUGUUACGGUUAUUGUCAUUGGUAGACCAACCCCACCAACUGGACCUGUUGAAAUUUCAGGAGUAUCAUCAGAAUCCUGUGUGUUGACUUGGGGAGAACCUAGUGAUGAUGGUGGAACAGACAUAACCAACUAUAUUGUUGAGAAACGUGAGUCUGGCUCCACAACAUGGCAGGUUGUGAAUUCAAGUGUGAAACGGACCACCAUCAAAGUAACUCAUCUCACCAAGUACAUGGAGUACACUUUCAGAGUCUCUGCUGAGAACAAGUUUGGUGUUAGCAAGUCCAUUGAAUCUCAAGCUAUUGUUGCUGAACAUCCAUUCAUCUCACCAAGCCCACCAACUCGUCCUGAUGUAGUUUCUGUGUGUGCUAAUGCAAUUUCUAUUCGUUGGGAUGUGCCAUAUCAUGAUGGUGGAAGCCAAGUAACUGGAUACUGGAUUGAAAAGAAAGAGCGUAAUACCAUUCUUUGGGUGAGGGAGAACAAGAUUCCUUGUGUUGAGUGCCAUUACAAGGUCUCCACCCUUAUUGAGGGUCUUGAGUAUCAGUUCAGAGUAUAUGCAAUGAAUAUUGCUGGUUUGAGUAAAGCAAGUGAACCAUCAAGACCAGUAUUGGCUCUAAAUCCAGUUGAUCCACCUGGCACACCAGAAGUUUAUGAUGUAACCAAGACCUCAGUGUCUAUUAGAUGGUCUGUGCCAUUUAAUGAUGGUGGCAGCAAGAUUGUUGGAUAUGUGGUUGAACGCAAGGCAUCCAGUGAUGACGAAGAAGCUCGCUGGUUGAAGUGCAACUACACCACAAUCACAGAAAACUUCUUCACUGUUACAUCGCUCGUCGAGGGAGAGCAGUAUGAAUUCCGUGUUAUUGCCAGAAAUGGUGCUGGAGUUCACAGUAUGCCAUCUGCAUCAUCAGGACUUAUAACAUGCAAAGAUGAAUAUACACCACCAAAGGCCGAGCUGGACAGUAAACUUGUGGGUGAGACAAUCUCCAUUAGAGCUGGAUCAGACCUUGUUCUUGAUGCUGCUGUUGGUGGAAAACCAGAACCUAAAGUCUUUUGGGCUAAGGGCGACAAGGAGCUGGAUCCUGGAGAGAAAUACUCUCUGACAUACACAAGCACAAGAGCGAUGGCAAUCAUUAAAUCAUGUGACAGAAACGAUACUGGAAGAUACAUCCUUACUGUAAAGAAUGCAAGUGGAAUCAAAACAUCUGCUGUCAAUGUUAAAGUACUUGAUACACCUGGUCCACCUGCGGGUACAAUAACAAUCAGCAGGGUCACAGACGAGAAAUGCACAGUUUCCUGGAAGAUUCCUUUAGAGGAUGGUGGAGAUCAUGUCAGUCACUAUAUUGUUGAAAGACGCGAGACAAGCAGACUCAACUGGGUCAUUAUGGAAACUGAAUGCAAGACUCUGUCUUGUGUCAGCACAAAACUGAUCAAGAACAAUGAGUACAUUUUCCGUGUCAGAGGUGUAAAUAAAUAUGGGCCUGGUGUACCCCUGGAGUCUGAACCAGUUAUUGCAAGAAAUGCAUACACUGUUCCAACACCUCCGGGAACUCCAGAUAUUACUGCUAUUGGAAAAGAACACGUUAUUAUUGAGUGGUUUAAGCCAGAGAAUGAUGGUGGAAGUGAAAUCAAAAACUACCUUGUGGAUAAACGUGAGAAGAGCAGUGUUAGAUGGACAAGAGUAAACAAAACCUACACCAUUUAUGAUACACGCCUGAAAAUCACUGGUCUCCUUGAGGGUAGUGAUUAUCAGUUCCGCGUUUCAGCCGUCAAUGCUGCUGGCACCAGUGCUCCAAGUGACGCAUCUCAGUAUGCUCACUGUAAAGACCCAACAUAUACCCCAGCACCACCAUCAGUUCCUCGUAUUACAGAUACCACAAAGCACAGUAUUAGUAUGACAUGGACCCGACCAAUGUAUGAUGGUGGAUCUGAUGUCACAGGCUAUAUUGUUGAGAUUCUGGAGGAGGGAACAGAGCAGUGGUAUAGAGCCACACAGAAGACAUUGACCAGUACUCAGUACACAGUAACUGGUCUGGCAAGUAAUAAAAAAUACAGCUUUAGAGUGGCUGCUGUCAAUGCUAUGGGUACUGGGGAAUUCAGUGAAGGCAGUAUGGAAACUGCACCUUCUGAAAGAGUUGAAAUCCCUGAUAUUGAGCUACCUGAUGAACUUAAGAAGACUGUUUGCAUCAGAGCUGGCAACACUUUACGUCUUAAUGUAACUGUAUCUGGAAGACCUGCACCAGUUAUAACCUGGAGAAAGACUGGAAUUGACCUACAGUCCCGUGGUUUCAUAGAUACCACAGAAAACUCUACAUCAUUAAUAGUGGAGAAGGUACAUCGCUAUGAUGCUGGAAAAUACACAAUUGAGGCAGAAAAUCCCUCUGGCAAGAAAACUAUUACCAUUCUCGUCAAGAUUUAUGAUACUCCUGGACCAUGUGGUGCAGUAAAUGUUAAAGAUUACACUAAAGAGUCAGUUGUCAUCACAUGGGAUGUGCCUACUAUUGAUGGUGGUGCUCACAUCAACAACUACAUAAUUGAGAAGCGUGAAGCUUCAAUGAAAUCUUACAAAACAGUGACAACAGAGUGCAAAAAGACAUUAUACAGAAUCACUGGACUAGAAGAGGGAACACAGUACUUCUUUAGAGUGUUGCCUGAGAAUAUAUAUGGUGUCGGAGAACCUUGUGAAACACCUGAACCAGUACUGGUUUGUGAAGUUCCAUCUGUUCCUCAAGAUCUAUAUCUCAUUGAUACAACAAAGUCUACUGUCAUUCUUGGAUGGGAAAAACCACUUCAUGAUGGUGGUAGCAGACUUUCAGGCUUUGUCAUUGAAGCUUGCAAAACUGGAACUGAUCGAUGGAUGAAUGUUGCACAUGUGAAAUCAUCUGUGCUGCAACACACAAUUGUCUCACUGACUGAAAAUGAGCAAUAUCUCUUCAGAAUCAGAGCUGAAAAUAGCAGAGGUGUCAGUGAGCCCAGAGAUCUCAUGACACCUGUAACAAUUCAAGAACAGAGAGAAAUGCCAAAGAUUGACUUGACUGGUAUCCCACAAAAGAUUGUCAAUGUGCCAGCUGGUAAGCCAAUUGUGCUCAACAUUCCCAUUAAAGGAAGACCUGCACCAGUCUGUUCAUGGUCAUUUGGUGGAGUUAAAAUGAAAGACAAGCUUGACCGCAUUAAGAUUGAAACAACUGCGAAAUUCACCAAACUGACAGUCCGUGAAACCACAAUUGAUGAUACUGGUGACUACACUCUUAAUGUGAAAAAUGUGUCCGGAACAGCAACGGAGGUCAUCAGAGUUAUCAUUCUUGAUAAACCUGGAGUACCUGUUGGGCCUAUGAAAAUUGAAGAGGUUGAUGCCACAUCUGUGACAUGCAGCUGGGAACCACCACAAAAAGACGGAGGUGCAAAUGUCAGUGGCUACAUUGUUGAGCAACGUGACGCACAUCGACCAGGAUGGAUGUCUGUUUCUGAAUCGGUCACAAGACCCGUGUUCAAAUUUACAAGACUUGUGGAGGGAACUGAAUAUGUAUUCCGUGUUGCAGCAACAAAUCGCUUUGGUAUCGGCGGGUUCUUGCAAUCUGAGGUCGUUGAGUGCAAGAGUGUCAAAACUGUACCUGGAGCACCCAGCACACCUGAAAUACUUGAUGUGUCUCAUGAUGGCAUGACUCUUACUUGGACACCACCCGAGGAUAAUGGUGGUUCUACUAUUGCUGGCUAUAUUAUUGAACGCAAAGAGGCUGGAUCUGACAGGUGGCUUAGCAUCAAUAAGAAUCCAGUGACUAUGACAAGAUACAGAGCCACAGGACUUAUCGAGGGUCUUGAAUAUGAGUAUAGAGUGACAGCUAUAAACUCUAGAGGCACUGGAAAACCAAGUGCAAAUUCUAAACCAACUAUUGCAAUGGAUCCUAUUGAGCCUCCUGGUAUUCCACUAAAUCCGAGAGUUACAGAUACCACAAGAACAUCAGUUUCUCUUGCUUGGUCUCCUCCAGAAGAGGAGGGAGGUGCUGCUGUAACUGGUUAUCUCAUUGAGAUGCAAAAAGUUGACCAGGUUGAAUGGACAAAAUGCAAUACAACCCCAACAAAGAUUUGUGAAUACACUUUGACACAUAUGCCCCAAGGAGCUGAAUACAAGUUCCGUGUUAUGGCUUGCAAUGCUGGUGGAGCUGGUGAGCCAGCUGAGAUUCCAGGAGUGGUAAAAGUUACAGAAAUGCUUGAAUACCCUGACUAUGAGCUGGAAAAAAUCUACCAGGAAGGCUAUGUUGUCAGACAAGGUGGCGUCAUCAGGCUAUCAGUGCCCAUCAAAGGCAAACCCUUACCAACAUGCAAGUGGACAAAAGAAGGUCGUGACAUUUCUCACAGAGCUAUGAUUGCAACCAGUGAAGAACGUACUGAGCUUGUAAUCAAGGAAGCCCAUAGAGAUGACACCGGUACCUACGAUCUUGUGUUGGAAAAUAAAUGUGGAAGGAAGGCUGUCUAUAUUAAAGUAAAAGUUAUAGGUCGCCCAGAUCCACCUGAGGGUCCUCUUGAAUUUGAUGAUAUUCAGGCACGUUCAGUCAGAGUAAGCUGGAGACCCCCAUCAGAUGAUGGUGGCUCUGAUAUAUUUGGUUACAUUGUGGAGAGGCGUGAAGUACCUAAAGCAGCUUGGUACACUGUGGACUCACGUGUGGUUGAUACAUCACUUGUGGUGAAGGGACUGAAGGAAAAUGUUGAAUAUCACUUCAAGAUCACAGCAGAGAACCAGUUCGGCAUUAGCAAAUCUCUCAAAUCUGAUGAAUCUGUCACACCAAAGACACCUCUUUGUCCACCAGAACCUCCUAGUUUCCCUCCAGAAAUUAUGGAUGUUACAAAGACAACGAUUGGUCUGUCCUGGUCAAGACCAAAGGAUGAUGGAGGCUCUCGUGUCACUGGAUACUAUGUUGAAAGAAGAGAGAUUUCCACUGAAAAGUGGGUGCGUCAUAAUAAGACUCAUAUCACAACAACAAUGUAUACUCUCACUGGCCUAAUCCCAGAUGCAGAGUACCAGUUCCGUGUGGUUGCUCAAAACGAUAUUGGUCAAAGUGAGCCUGGUCCUGUGUCCGAGUCAGUUGUUUGCAAAGAUCCAUUUGAUAAACCAGGGCAGCCUGGUGAGUUUGAUAUUAUCUCUAUAACCAAGGACAGCAUAACCAUUCACUGGUUGCGUCCUGAAUCUGAUGGUGGAAAAGAGAUCCUUGGGUACUGGAUUGAAUUCAGGCAAGCAGGUGAAAGUGCCUGGAAAAAGUGCAAUAAAGAACGUUCAAAGGACAGGCAGUUUACCAUAGGUGGACUCAUGGAAGCAACAGAGUAUGAGUUCAGAGUGUUUGCUGAGAAUGAAACUGGACUGAGUAGACCAAGAAGAACAGCAAUGGGCAUUAAAACCAAACUGAGUGUUGGAGAGGCUCCAUGCCUGAAGGAGGAUAUCAAAGAUACUACCACUAAAUUAGGAGAGUCUGGAAUAUUAACAUGCCAGAUUAUUGGAAGACCUCUUCCUGAAAUUAAGUGGUAUAGGUAUGGAAAGGAGUUGAUCCAGAGCCGAAAAUACAAGAUGAGCUCUGAUGGCCGAAACCACUCUUUAUCAGUAAUGACAGAUGAACAAGAGGAUGAAGGCUUGUAUACUUGUAGAGCCGUCAAUGAGGCAGGUGAAAUUGAGACCAGUGGAAAACUUUUAUUGCAGGCUGCACCACAAUUCCAUCCAGGAUUCCCAUUGAAAGAAAAAUACUAUGCAGGCUGUGGAACUAGCCUACGUCUUCAUGUUGUUUACAUUGGUCGCCCUAUUCCACAAAUCAUGUGGUUCUAUGGCAAGAAGCCCCUCAAUCCAUCAGAGAAUGUUAUCAUUGAAAACACGGAAAGUUACACUCACUUAGUUAUCAGAAAUGUCCAGCGUAAAACAAAUGCUGGAAGAUAUAAGGUGCAACUCAGCAACAAAUUUGGCACAGUUGACACUGUCCUCCGUGUUGAAAUCCAAGAUAAACCUCUCUUGCCUGAAGGACCAGUCGUUGUUGAUGCUCUAUUGAAGAGUUCUGUGAUCAUUAGUUGGAAACCACCAAAGGAUGAUGGUGGAUCAAUGAUCACAAAUUACAUUGUAGAGAAACGUGAAGCGAAAGAGGGUGAGCAAUGGCAUCUUGUAUCAUCGGCUGUCUCAGGAACCACAUGUCGUGUUCCAAACCUCAUUGAAAGCUCUGGAUAUUACUUCCGGGUUUCUGCACAGAAUCAGUACGGAAUUAGUGAAUCUCUUGAGAUUCCAUCUGUUGUCAUUAUCAAGAGUCCAUUCGAGAAACCUGGAGUCCCACAACGGCCAUUUGUUUCAUCUGUAACCAAGGAUUCAUGUGUUGUUUCUUGGAAACCACCAACAAGUGAUGGAGGUGCCAAAAUUAAGAACUAUUUCCUUGAAAAAAGAGAGAAGAAACAGAACAAAUGGAUUGCAGUUACUACAGGAGAAAUCCAUGAGACAUCUUAUACUGCUAAAGGUCUUCUUGAAGGAUUUGAAUAUGAAUUCCGUGUCAAGUGUGAAAAUAUUGGCGGAGAGAGUGACUGGAGUGAGAUUUCAGAACCAGUCAUUCCAAAAUCAGAUACAGCUCUCCGUGCCCCAUUCUUCAAGGAUGAAUUGAGAGACAUGUGUGUAAAAUACAAGGCAAACGCAACCUUUGUCACAAAGGUUGUCGGGCAUCCCAAGCCAGUGGUUAAAUGGUACAAAAAUGGCAAAGAAAUUUUAGCUGAUGGAGCGAAAAUAAAGGUCCAAGAAUUCAAAGGAGGUUACUUCCAACUAGUUAUCAGCAACGCUGAUGAAAAUGAUGCAGCUGCUUACCAAAUUAGAGCUACUAACCAGCUUGGAUCAAUCUCGACAAGUAUGAACCUAGAUGUUGAAGUUCCUGCCAAGAUUUACUUACCAUUACACCUCCAAGGCAUGGGAGCUGUUCAUGCCAUUCGUGGUGAAGUGGUUACCAUCAAGAUUCCAAUUAGUGGCAAACCUGAUCCGGUAGUCACGUGGCAAAAGGGACAAGAGAUUAUUAACAACACAGCUUACCAUCAGGUUAUUAUCACAAGGUCAUUCACCUCCCUGGUGUUCCUAAAGGGAGUACAAAGGAAGGAUUCUGGCUACUACAUUAUUUGUGCCAAAAAUCGCUUUGGCAUGGAUAAGCAGACAGUUGAACUCGAUGUUGCAGAUGUGCCUGAUCCACCAAAAGAUGUUAAAGUCAGUGAUAUUGGCAGAGAUACACUCACUCUCACUUGGAGUCCUGGCAAUGAUGGUGGAAGUGAAAUUAUUAAUUACAUUAUUGAAAAGUGUCCUACCACUGGAGACCGAUGGAUUCGUGUUGCACAGACAUCUGAAUCCCAAUAUACCGUCAUGAGUCUCUUUGGCAAAACAAAGUACCAGUUUAGAGUGAUUGCAGAAAACAGGUUUGGGGUGAGUGAUCCAUCUGCACCAACUGACCCUGUGACUACCAAAGAAGACAAGUUAGCAAUUCGAAACUAUGAUGAAGAAGUGGACGAAACAAGAGAAGUUACAAAGGAAGAGGCACCACAUUCAAAAGUCAAACACGUACCAUCACUGUACACAGUUUCUGAGGAACUUGCACGUAAUGGACAGUUUGGCAUUGUCCAUCGCAGUAUUGAAAUUAGCUCUAAGAAAACAUUCUUGGCAAAAUUCAUCAAAGUUAAAGGUGCUGAUCGAGAGCUGGUUGCAAGAGAAAUUGAGACACUCAAUAUUGCAAGACAUAAAAACUUUCUGUAUCUUCAUGAAUCCUUUGAUAGCUUGGAAGAAUACGUUCUUAUUUAUGAAUUCCUUUCUGGUAUGGACAUCUUUGAGCGUCUUGGUAUAAACUUUGACCUCACUGAGCAAGAAAUUGUUCAGUAUCUGAGACAAGUCUGUGGAGCCCUGAAGUUCUUGCAUAGCAAAAACUAUUGUCAUUUUGAUAUCAGACCUGACAACAUUAUUUAUUCCACAAGGAAAAGCAAUACAAUCAAGAUCAUUGAAAUGGGCCAGGCUCGGUUGCUUACACCUGGAGAAAACAUUAGGAUUCAGUUUACUGCCCCAGAGUACUAUGCACCUGAAAUCCACACCAGUGAUUUUGUAACAACUGCCACUGACAUGUGGUCUGUAGGUGUUCUUGCUUACGUCCUCUUAAGUGGACUUAAUCCGUUUGCUUCUGAAUCAAACCAGAAAAUGAUUGAGCACAUUUCAAAUGCAGAGUAUAUGUUUGAUAGUGAAGCCUUUAAAGAGACCAGCCUUGAGGCUAUGGACUUUGUUGACAGACUGUUAACUAAAGACUCCAAGCUACGUAUGACUGCCUCAGAAGCUUUGGAGCACCCUUGGCUCAGGAUGAAAUUGGAACAUGUUAGUUCAAAAGUCAUCAAGACUUUGAGACACAAAAGAUACUACCAGUCACUUGUGAAAAAGGAAUGGAGCACUGUUGUUUCAUCAGCACGUGUUGCCUAUGGUGGUGGCUACAGAAACCAGAAAAAUGUUUCCAUUGGAAGAGUGAAAAUUGGACAUCCUCAACAAGGCUUGAGAGCAGGACCUAUCAUGCAUGGAUCUGCUGAAGAGGGAGGACAUGUCAGGUUUGUGUGCUGCAUUGAAAACUAUGAUCGAAACACUGAAGUGACCUGGUACUUUGGUUCCCGCAAAUUAACUGCAAGCCACAAAUAUGAAAUUACAUAUGCUAAUGGUGUUGCUAGCAUCUAUGUUAAAGACAUUGAAGAAUGUGAUGAUGGAUUAUAUAGAUGCAAGGUUGUCAGUGAAGACAGGGAGGACAAUGCAUAUGCUGAGUUAUUUGUUGAGACUGUCAGGUCCUUCCGUGAGUACUACCUUGGACGCUCGCUGAAGAAACCCAGGCGUAGAAUUGACAAAAGCAAAAUUUUGCAGAGGCCACCAGAGUUUACUUUGCCUUUAUUCAAUCGUUCAGCAUACAUUGGUGAAGAUGUGCGCUUUGGUGUGACCAUAACUGUCCAUCCAGAGCCAAGUGUUACAUGGUUAAAGGCUGGGCACAGAAUCAAGCCAGAUCCUAAAAAAUACACAUUCACAAGUGACAAGGGUCUUUAUCAGCUCAUGAUACACAAUGUUGACCUCAGUGAUGAUGCUGAAUACACUGUUGUAGCAAACAACAAGUUUGGCGAAGACAGUUGCAAAGCCCGUCUCAAUGUAGCACCACAUGCUGUUGCUGAGGAUACUAUGAGACCAAUGUUUAAACGUCUCUUAGCCAAUAUUGAUUGUGUUGAGGGGCAGAGCGUCCGCUUUGACUUGAGAGUAUCAGGAACCCCAGCACCAACUUUGAAAUGGGAGAAAAAUGGCAAACCUCUUGAGUUCAGACCACAAGUUGAAGUUGUUCAAGAGGAUGUAGACUAUUUCAUUCUACAUAUUAGAGAAACUCUCAUAGAGGAUUCAGGAACAUACAGAGUCACUGCAACAAAUACAGCUGGAUCAGCAAGCUGUCAAGCUACUCUCAAAGUUGAACGACUAACAUACACAAGGAGGGAGUUCAAGAGCGAGGAAGAAAGACAUAUAUAUGUAAGAAACCAAAUAGAAAAGACACUGAAAAUGGCACAAGAGUUCUCAAAAGCUGAAGUUGUUGCACUCAAUCCUGUAGCACAAGAGGCUUUGAAAGAAGCUGCGGAAUUAUAUAAACCGGCAGUUAGCACCAAGCAUGUGCAGGGUGAGUUUGAUAUCUCUGAUAAAGAGGAUCAAGAAAUAAAGAAAAUUAUAGAGGAAGAGAAGAAGAUACGUAUGCCUUAUGAAAUCCCUGAAGCCCGUGCACAUGAUCCAACAGUUCUUGAUGAAGAUAAAAUGAUUAAACACUUUGUGCCCCUAUCUGACAUGAAAUGGUAUAAAAAGUUGCGUGACCAGUAUGAAAUUCCUGAGAGAAUGGAAAGAAUAGUUCAGAAGAGACAAAGGCGGAUUCGUCUUUCCAGAUGGGAGCAAUUUUAUGUUAUGCCACUGCCUAGAAUAACUGAUCAGUACAGACCGAAAUGGCGCAUUCCAAAACUUACACAAGAUGAUUUGGAGACUGUUCGACCAGCCAGGCGUUCACCAUCCCCUGAAUCAGAGGCAUCAUUCAGACUGAGAAGACGCUCACUUGGUGAUAUUUCAGAUGAGGAGCUGCUUAAGGAAGAGGAGUAUCUGGCAACAAAAUUAUCAGAAAAAGAAAGACGAGAGCUUGAAGAAGAACUAGAACUGGGCUUCUCUGCCUCCCCACCUAGUGGAAGCCCUGUGCGCUUUGAGUUGUCUGCACUGCGACGUGCCUCACCAAGACCUGUUCACAGAGCUGAAGUGAGACGUGUAGAAGAGACAAAACAUGUAACAACGGAGCAAGCUCGAGGCUCUCCUCCUCCUAUAUCACAUUUCUUGAGAAGGAGAAGAUCCUUGUCUCCAACAUACAUUGAACUGAUGCGCCCUGUCUCUGAACUCAUCAGGCAACCUCGUGCACGCAUCCCAACAGAGGCUGAAGUUGAAAUAAUUGAAAGAAGAUCACCCACCCCUGAGAGAACUCGUCCUCGAUCACCAAGUCCUGUAUCCCCAGAAAGAAGAUCCUCCAGAUCCUCUUCUAGAUUUGAAAGGUCUGCAAGAUUUGACAUCAUGUCUAGAUAUGAAGCAAGGAAAGCUGCUCUUAAAUCUGAGCGCAAAUACCAGGUUGUAACACAGCAACCAUUCAGUCUUGACCAUGCUCCACGUAUCACUGUAAGAAUGCGCUCUCACCGUGUACCAUGUGGUCAAAACACUAAAUUCACUUUGAAUGUUCAGUCCAAGCCUGAUGCCAAUAUCCAGUGGUUCCACAAUGGACAACAAAUACAAGAGAGCCACAAAUACCAGUUUACAAAUAUGAGUGGAGUCCUAUCUCUCCAGAUUAAUGACUGUCAGGCUGAGGACACUGGCACAUACCGUGCUCUUUGCACAAAUUCAAAGGGUGAGGCAUCAGACUAUGCAACUCUUGAUGUUUCAGGUGGAGCAUUUACUACAUACUCUUCAAGACGUCGAGAUGAGGAGGCCCCGACACAAAUUGUACCUGAUAUAACAAAAACAGAUUAUUAUCAUUCAACAACAAUCAGAGCUUCCUCUGCCUCAAGAACUCACUUGGAGAUUCAAGAAUUCAAAACAAAGUUAACCGAGAGACAUGAAGUUUCUUCCUUUGAAAAGUAUGAAUCUCAGAGGCUUGCAUCAUCUCCAAUUAGAUAUGCAUCAACUGAAUACCUAUCAUCAGCUUCAUAUUCAUCCUCUGAGAGACAUACAACAUCAGAAAAGCAUGUGUCAUCUGAAUCAAAGUUAAAAGAAUCAGAAACAUCUGCUGAAGUAUCGGUAAAGAAAAUUAAAGCUACCCUUUCAGCCAAAAUACUCACAAAACCACAUUCUCUGAUUGUGUCUGAGGGUGACUCUGCACGAUUCGUGUGUGAUAUUGAUGGAGAGCCAGCACCAACUGUCACAUGGAUGCAUGAGGGAAGAACAGUUGUCUCUUCACAUCGUAUUCAUGUGUCUACCACACAGUAUAAGUCUACUUUGGAAAUUUCAUCAGUUGAAUAUUCAGAUGAGGGCAACUAUACUGUAGUUGUGGAAAAUUCAGAAGGAAAGCAAGAGGCAAGAUGUACCUUGGCUAUUAAUAAACCAAUACUUAAAGAGGAAGUAACACCAACACAAGUGAAGUCACCAGAGCCCUCAGUGGCAUCUCCGGUGCCACCAAUUAAAUCUCCAGAGUCAUCAGUUACUUCUCCAGUGCCAUCUGUAAAGUCCCCAGAGCCCUCUGUGAAAUCUCCAGUGCCAUCGGUAAAGUCUCCAGAACCUUUGGUAAAAUCCCCUGUACCAUCACUGAAAUCUCCAGAGCCUUCAGUCAAAUCCCCUGUGCCUUCCGUAAAGUCUCCAGAACCCCAAAUUAAAUCACCAGAACCCACUGGCAUUAAGUCUCCUGAACCUCGAAUUAAAUCUCCAGAGGGCAUCAAGUCACCAUUCAGAGUAAAAUCACCAGAGCCAGCCACCUCUCUUCAGAGAGUUAAAUCUCCACCUCCUCUUAAAUCUCCAGAACCAACCACACCUCAAGGAGUGAAGUCUCCAAUAGCUUCACCUCCCAGGGUAAAAUCUCCUCCUCCUAUUAAGUCUCCUGAGCCAAUUGCUUCGCCUCUGAGAGUAAAAUCCCCUACAGGACUUAAGUCUCCUGAACCUCAAAGAGCCAAAUCCCCACCAACAGUCAAAUCUCCUGAACCAAUUAUGUCACCUAAAAGAAUGAAAUCACCACUUACAGUGAAGUCCCCAACCCCAUCAAAGGAAGCACCACCAAAGAUCAUUCAGCAACUCAAAGCUGAGGCUUUUGAAGACAAAAUUAGGAUGAUCUUUGUUGCUGAGAGCUCACUGAGAGAAGUUGUGUGGUACAAAGACAGCAGAAAACUAAGCCAAAGCAGUCACUACCAGAUUCAUUCAUCUGCAGAUGGAACUUGCUGUCUCUAUAUAUCCGAUGUUUCAGAGGACGAUCAAGGUGAAUAUUCAUGUGAAAUCAUAAGUGAGGGAGGAGCAGUGUCAAGAACAUCAUUCUCUUUUGUUGGGCAAGUGUUUCAAGCAAUUUACACAAAAGUUACUGCAUUCGUCGCUGCACAUAAGGCUGUUCAAGAAUCCGUGUCUUCCAAAAUCCAAGGAGGAAGUGAAAUGGUUAUUAAGAGGGAAAGUGCUGCAGUUAGCAGCAUGCAUGAAAGUUUUACCUCAAAAUCCAUCCACAUGGAGAGCACAAUGCAAGAGGCAUCAUUCAGCAGUUCAGCAAUGGCUGAGAUGAAAUUUGAAACUAUGUCAAUGUCUAGCAUGUCAUCCAUGACAUCAGAGUCAGUGUAUGCAAUGAGCUCAAGCAGUAUAAUGUCAAGUCAUUCACAUGCUGAAGAAACUUCAGUCAGAGCAGCCCUUCACAGUGCUCAAGGCUUAGCUCCGAGAAUUGAAGCUCUUCCUGAAGAUAUCAGCGUUGAAACUGGAAAGGUUCUUACCGUGGCUUGUGCCUUCUCCGGAGAACCAGCACCUCAUAUUGAGUGGUCUCGAGGUGGAAAGAAACUGCCUGGAGAAGAAGAUAGCAGUAGGUUCCAUAUUGAGACAACCGAGGACCUCACCACACUCAUUAUCACUGGUGUGAAAGAGACCGAUGCUGGGGCAUACACACUCAAACUUUCUAAUGAGCAUGGAUCUGACUUGGCAACUGUUACCAUCAGUAUUCGAUCAAAGUAAAGCCAUAAUUUAUACCCCACCCCUUCCUACGUUAAGCAACUUUGUUUUUAUUAAAUGA